UUCCCAGCCUGGCCUGGGCUGAAGGGAGCGGCAGGAGGCAGGACAGAACUACACCGGGUGUAGUUGUGCUUUUUGGGUGGGGGCUUCCCGGGAAGUGACCAGUCUUUGGAGCAACUUAGAGGAUAAAGAAGCCCCUCGGCUUCACCAGUGGGGCGCCGUCCCAACCGCAGCCUUCCACGUGAGCUGCCGAGUAAGAUGACGAAACAGGCGCCAACGUUCACGCAGCCGCUUCAGAGCGUGGUGGCACUUGAGGGUAGUGCCGCCACCUUCGAAGCGCAAGUGAACGGUUCUCCAGUCCCUGAGGUGAGCUGGUUCCGUGACGGCCAGGUUCUCUCCGCUGCUGCCUUGCCCGGCGUUCAGAUCUCGUUCAGCGACGGCCACGCUGUUCUGAGGAUCCCCGCCGUGAACGCCACGCACAGCGGGAGAUUUUCCGUCCGAGCCACCAACGGAGCUGGACAAGCCACCAGCACCGCCGAACUGGUAGUGACAGCGGAGACAGCGCCUCCCAGUUUCCUGCAGAGACUUCAGAGCGCCACAGUGAGACAGGGGAGUCAGGUGAGACUCAGUGUCCGAGUCACCGGCAUCCCGGCACCGACGGUCAAGUUCUACCGAGAGGGAGCUGAGAUCCAGAGCUCGGCCGACUUCCAGAUCCUCCAGGAAGGAGACCAGUACAGUUUGAUCAUUGCUGAGGCUUUCCCGGAGGAUUCCGGGACGUAUUCCGUGACCACGAGCAACAGCAGCGGUCGAGCCACGUCUACGGCUGAACUGCUGGUUCAGGGCGAGGAAGCUGUGCCAGCCAAGAAAACCAAGAUGGUGGUUUCCAGCUCACAGACUCAUCAGACAAGAACAGAACAGAGGAUGGAGGAUGAUUUCCACAGCGCCGCCACCAUGGAGAUGCAAGCGGAGGCUGCAGAGCUGACAGACUUACUGUCUCACCAAACCCCACCCAGAGUAGCUCCCAGACCCGCGUCCUUGUCUCCGACCCAGACGUCGGUCACCCGGGUGACCGGAGGGCGGCAGCAGUCGCCGUCACCUGUGAGACACGUGAAAGCGCCGUCGACCGCACCUUUUGGGGCCAGCACGUCUCCGGUCAGCACACGCAAGCAGGCUGGCUCCGGUUCUGAUGUCCUGCCGCCCUGGAAGCAAAUGGGCUACCUGAGUGAGGAGCAGCAGGUCAUCUGCAUGACACAGGCUGGGGGAGAGAAAAGGUCUGGGGCUGUGGCCACGGUGCUCUCUGCCGUAGAUCUGGCUCGUGUUCGUCAACCUGUGCAUGAAGAGGGCGGGCCAGGGCAGGGAAGCGACUGGGCUUUCGAAGAAAAGUGGACGUCACAGGCCGAAACUGGCUGGACAACAACUCAGGAAGUUCUUCUUGACAACACAGUUGCUCAGGUGGUGGAAGAAGCUGCUGCAACUCCUGCCAACGACGGCGUAGUUCCACCUACUUUUGUUUUUGAUUUGAAGGACACAAAUGUGAUCGAAGGCGAGGCAGUGACCCUGGAGUGCCAGAUCUAUGGUCAGCCCGUUCCUGUCAUCUCCUGGUUCAGAGAAGACUACAAGAUCGAAAGCUCCAUCGAUUUCCAGAUCACCUAUGAGAAUGGAUUCGCCCGCUUGACCAUUCGUGAGGCAUUUGCCGAAGACAGCGGGCGCUUCACCUGCACCGCCACUAAUGAGGCUGGAACCAGCAGCUCUUCCUGCUACCUUCUUGUCCAGGUGUCUGAGGACAUCGAAGGCCGAGAGGAGGUUGCCGAGGAACUUGAAGAGAAACUAGUAACUGAAGAAGAGAUCAUGUCCCGCGUGAGCGCAGUUGAGUCAGAGUCCUCCACAGUUUCCGCCCCUUUCUUUGUUAGGACUCCCAGCUCACAGAAGCUGGUAGAGGGCGAAAGUGUAAUCUUUGAAUGCCAAAUCGGGGGAAACCCCCAACCACACAUUAUGUGGAAGAAGAAUGGCAUUCCACUCACGACCGGAUACAGAUACAAAGCUGCCUACAAGAAGGAGACCGGACAGUGUUUUCUAGAGAUCUCUAUGGCUUUUUCUGAUGAUGCCGGAGAAUACUCAGUCUUUGCCAGAAACCAGCUGGGAGAGGUGUCUGCCACCACCAGCCUGCUGGAAGAAGAUGACUAUGAAGCCUAUGUGAAGAAACAGGAGGCGAUGUUCAAGACGGACGUGGAAGUAACAGUGGAGGAGCCCAGAGUUGGAGACGUUCCUCCCACCAUGAUGACAUCUGAUAAGAUGACCACCACUUUUAUCUCUGGACAGGAUUUUCACAUCUCUAUCAUGGAGCAGCGUCUUAUCCAGGAGAUCGAGCGCCACAUCCAGAGAAUUAGCUACAAAGAACUGGUUACAGAAGAUGGAGAAGCGAUGGUGACAGCCACAGACGAGGAAGCAAUGCAUCCUACCUUUGACACGGCAGUUAAAAAUUACCGAAUCAUGGAAGGAAUGGGUGUCACUUUCCAUUGCAAAAUGGCUGGAAUGCCACUACCAAAGAUCGCUUGGUACAAAGAUGGUCAGCGUAUCCAUCCUGGUGGACGAUACCAGGUAGAAGUUCUUCAGGACGGACGGUCCAGCCUGCGUCUGCCAGUGGUUCUACCAGAGGACGAGGGUGUGUACACCGCCUGCGGUGCCAAUAUGAAGGGAAAUGCGGUCAGCUCCGGGAAGCUGUACGUGGAGCCCUCAGGAACAGUGUCACCUCAGAGAUACACGCCACAGCCAGCCAUGCAGAGGAUCCGGUCCACAUCUCCACGCUCUCUGAGCCGUUCACCGAGCCAUUCUCCCGGACGCUCUCCUGCCCGACGGCUUGACGACACGAACGAGGCUCAACUGGAGAGGCUCUACAAGCCCGUCUUUGUUGUCAAGCCAGUCUCAAAUAAAUGCUCCGAGGGGCAAACUGCCAGAUUUGACCUGAAGGUCGUAGGCAGACCUAUGCCUGAAACAUACUGGUUCCAUAAUGGACAACAAGUUCUCAGUGACUACACUCACAAGAUUGUGAUUAAAGAAGACGGUACUCAGUCUUUGAUCAUCGUCCCAACCAUGCCACAGGACUCCGGCGAGUGGACGGUAGUGGCUCAGAACAGAGCUGGACGCUCAUCAAUUUCGAUCACUCUCACCGUUGAUGCAAAAGAAAACCUGGUGCGUCCACAGUUCACGAACAAACUACGGAACAUCAGUGUGAAACAGGGCACGCUGGUUGAACUGGCAGUCAAAGCUAUUGGGAACCCGUUGCCUGACAUUGUUUGGCUUAAAAAUAGUGACAUCAUCACACCUCAAAAGCACCCACACAUCAGAAUUGAAGGAGCCAGAGGAGAAGCAAUGUUCCAGAUCCCUUCUGCAUCAGGUUCAGACAGUGCUUGGUACACAGCUACAGCCAUCAACAAAGCUGGCAGGGACACUACCCGCUGCAGAGUUAAUGUGGAGAUGGACUAUGCUGAGCCAGUCCCGGAGAGAAAGCUAAUUAUUCCUAGAGGAACGUACAAGGCCAAGGAGAUCGCCCCUCCAGAGCUGGAGCCUCUUCACCUUCGCUAUGGCCAAGAGCAGUGGGAGGAGGGAGACCUGUAUGAUAAGGAGAUGCAACAGAAACCACAAUUUAAAAAGAAACUGACCUCCAUACGAAUGAAGAAGUUUGGCCCCACUCAUUUCGAUUGCAGACUGACUCCUAUCGGGGACCCCUCCAUGGUGGUGGAGUGGCUUCAUGACAGCAAACCCCUGCAGGCUGCUAACAGGUUGCGCAUGGUCAGUGAAUUUGGCUAUUGUAGUCUUGACUAUGAAGUGGCUUAUGCGAGAGACAGCGGCAUAAUCACCUGCAGAGCCACCAACAGGUUCGGAAUGGACCAGACCUCGGCCACCUUGAUUGUCAAGGACGAAAAGGGUCUGGUCGAGGAAAGCCAACUUCCUGAAGGAAGAAAGGGAGCUCACAGAAUCGAAGAAAUUGAACGAAUGGCUCAUGAGGGAGGGCCUGCAGGAGUCACUGCAGAUGAGGAGACUGACAAAAUGAAACCGGAUAUUGUCCUAUUACCUGAACCUGUCAGGGUCCUUGAGGGUGACACAGCCAGAUUUCGCUGCAGAGUGACCGGUUAUCCUACACCCAAAGUUAAUUGGUACCUCAAUGGACAACUCAUCCGCAAGAGCAAGCGAUACCGACUUCGUUAUGAUGGCAUCUACUACCUGGAGAUUGUUGACAUCAAAACCUAUGACUCAGGUGAAGUCAGGGUUGUUGGGGACAAUAACUUGGGCUCGGCUGAACACACUGUUAAGAUGGAGGUUCAGCAGAAAGAGGACUUCAGGAUGCAUCUUCGCAAGGUUCCUGAGGCCAAAGCACCUGAGAUUGUACCCGAAACUGGAAAAACUCCAUUUGAAGUGGUAAAGGUGGAUAGAUCCCCGGAAGAGAGUCAGUCCAAAGAGGUGAUCACACUCAAGAAAGCCCAAAGGAUUGUCCAUGAAAAAUCCACUGAGGAGUCUGAAGAGUUGAGAGGCAAAUUCAAGCGCAGGACAGAGGAGGGCUACUAUGAGUCUAUUACCGCAGUGGAACUCAAGUCCCGAAAGAGGGAUGAGUCCUAUGAGGAUCUUCUAAGGAAGACAAAAGAAGAGCUCCUUCAUCAUGCUAAGGAAAGGGAGGAGGCAGAGAAGAAAAAAGAAGAAGAGCGACGUAAAGAAACCGCCAAAACAGUCAAACCGGAGAGGGUAAAACUGUCAGCUAGUAUGGAAGCUCCCAAAAUCUUGGAACGUAUCUCAAGUCAGACGGUGGCACAAGGGGAUGAAGUUCAUUUCAGAGUCCGAGUCGUUGGCCGACCAGAACCCGAGUGCCAAUGGUAUAAGAAUGGUGUUCAAAUGGAAAAGACUGAGCGGGUCUAUUGGUUCUGGCCUGAAGACCACAUUUGUGAGUUGGUAAUCAGAGAUGUCGUAGCUGAGGAUUCCUCUAGUAUUAUGGUCAAAGCCAUCAACUCUGCUGGAGAGACCUCAAGUCAUGCUUUCCUUUUGGUGCAAGCAAAGCAAGUCAUCACCUUCACACAAAAGCUGGAAGACAUUAGCGCCAAGGAGAAGGACACCAUGGCCACCUUUGAGUGUGAAACCAACGAACCUUUUGUCAAAGUCAAAUGGUUAAAAAACAACUCGGACAUCUUCUCCGGCGACAAGUACAGGAUGCACUCGGACAGGAAAGUCCACUUCCUGUCUGUGCUGAUGCUUGCAAUGAAGGACGAAGCUGAAUAUACCUGCGUUGUUGUAGACGACAACCAGGUCAGGACAAGUGCCAAACUAAUCGUUGAAGGAGCCCCACUGGAGAUCCUGAAACCCCUGGAGGGCGCCGAGGUGCCAGAGACCUACUCUGGGGAGUUUGAGGUCGAGUUGUCCCGUGAGGAUGUUGAGGGCAUGUGGUUCUUUGGAGACAAGCAACUUUCUCCUAGCCGGAAGCAUGUCAUCUCCUCACGACGCGGACGACAUAGCCUGUCCAUUAAGGACGUCAGGAAGGAAGACCAGGGCCAGUACUCCUUCAGAGUGGGUGAAAUGGAGACAACUGCUUACCUCAAGAUGAAAUUCCGCCCAGUGACCUUAAUGCAGCCUCUAGCUGAUCUGACCCUCUGUGAGGGUGACAUUGCUCAGAUGGAGGUCAAGUUCUCUCAGGAGAACGUUGAAGGAACUUGGAUGAAGGAUGGAAAAGGGAUAACUGUGUCGGACCGGGUACACAUUGUUAUCGACAAACAGAUCCACAAACUCCUGAUCGAGGACACCAGGAAGGACGACUCUGGCAUCUAUUCAUUUGUGGUCCCUGAUCAGGAGAUCACCACUACUGCAAAGCUGACUAUUCGAACUAUCGCCAUCCUGACCCCGUUGAGGGACACGAGCGCGGUUGAAGGCACCAAGACCGUUCUGGAGGCCAAGAUAUCUGUUCAAGACAUCAGCUCAGUCAAGUGGUACCACAACGACAAACUGAUGACCUCAAACGACCGAAUCCAGAUGGUGGUAAAGGGAGCCAAGCAGCGUCUGGUCUUCACCAGGACCUUUGCCUCAGAUGAAGGACAGUAUAAACUCGUGGUUGGCAGAGCCAACACCAGCUGCACAUUGUCUGUGCAGACCGUCCAACUCGUGGUUCCAAUGGCGGACAAGGAGUGCGCCGAGUCAGAAAACGUCAUUUUUGAAGUGGAAGUUUCCCACCCGGGCAUCGAUGCCUUCUGGACUUUUAAGAGGCAGCCGCUCAAAGCCGGAAGCAAAUACAAGAUGGAAUCUAAGAACAAGAGGCACAGUCUGACAGUUUUAAAUGCCAUGAAGGAUGAGGAGGGCGAAUACAUGUUUGCUGCUGGUGAAAAAACAUGCAGCGCUUCACUCACCGUCUCAGGUGGCGCGAUCAAAAAGCCGCUGCAGGACCUGGUGGUUGCGGACUCGCAGACCUCUGAGCUGGUGUGUGAGGUCGCCAACCCGUCCGUGGAAGGCAAAUGGCUGAAAGAUGGCCAGCCCGUGGACUUCAAUGACAAUGUGCUGAACGAGGUGAACGGCACCGUCAGGCGCCUCGUCAUACUCAUCACUAAAGCCGCCGACAUCGGAGAGUACACCUACCAGAUUGCCAGCUCCAAGACCUCGGCCAAUCUGAAAGUUGAAGCUGUGAAGGUGAAGAAAACAAUGAAGAACGUGAACGUGGUGGAGACACAAGACGCUGUGUUCAGUUUGGAGCUGACUCACGAGAACGUGAAGGGAGCACAGUGGAUCAAGAAUGGAGUUGAGAUCAAGAAAAGUGACAAACACGAACUGACUGUCCGCGGCACCAUGCACACCUUGAGGAUAAGGAACUGCAGCACACACGACGAAUCCGUCUAUUCUUUCAAGUUGGGGAAACUGUCGGCCAAUGCCCGCUUGAAUGUAGAAACCAUCAAGAUCCUGAAGAAACCCAAGGAUCUGACGACACUACUGGGAGCCACGGCCGUGUUCGAAUUGGGAGUCUCGGAGGAAAACAUUCCUGUAAAGUGGACGUUCAACAACAAAGAGCUGAAGGCCAACGAGCACUACAGGAUGACCUCGGAGAAGAAGACGCACAAACUGCUAGUGCAGGAUGUGAACGCCACCAAGGAGGGAGAGUACACGGCCCUCGUGGGUCAUCUACGCUGCAGUGCUCGCCUCACCGUAGAAUCUCUUCGCAUCACCCGACCCUUUAAGAGUGUGGAGGUCCCUGAGACACGGACCGCCACCUUUGAGUGCGAAGUGUCUCACUUCAAUGUCCACUCCUCCUGGCUGAAGGACGGCGUGGAGAUCGAGAUGAGCGAGAAGUUCCGGACGACGGUGCAGGGUAAAGUCCACCAGCUGAAGAUUAUGAACACCAGCGGGGACGACUCCGCUGAGUACACCUUUUCUUGCGGGAACGACCGAGCGUCUGGCACGCUCACUGUCAGCCCCAUUAUCCUCACAACCAUGCUGCAAGACAUAAAUGCUCAGGAGAAGGACACGGUCACCUUUGAGUUGAACGUCAACCACGAUGGAAUCUGCUACAAAUGGUUGAAGAAUGGCGCGGAGAUCCGCUCAACGGACAGAUGCCAAGCUCGCUGCAAACAGCUCACCCACACCUUGACCAUCAGGAAUGUUCAUUUUGGAGACAGCGCCGACUAUACCUUCAUGGCGGGAUCUUCCGUGGCCACAGCCCGGCUUUAUGUGGAGGCUCGUGUUGUUGAAUUUACCAAACACGUAAAGGACCUAAAGAUCACGGAGAAGAAGAGAGCCACUUUUGAGUGUGAAGUUUCAGAACCCAACGUGCAGGUGAUGUGGAUGAAGGACGGUCAGGAGCUGGAGGCGUCCGACAGAUAUAAGAUGACCUCAGAGCAGCUUGUUCACCGCCUAACUUUGCCCUCCGUCCGACUGUCCGAUGCGGGAGAAUACACCGCCGUGGCGGGGUCCAGCAUGUCCAAGGGAACGCUUGCAGUCGAGGGACGGGACAUCAAGAUCUCAGAGCCCACCAACAAGAAUCCUACUGUUGUUGAGAGACAAAGAGCCACUUUUGAGUUUGAAGUAAACGAGGACGAGGUAGAAGGCCACUGGAUGAGGAACGGCGUGGAGAUCCAGUUCUCUGUCGAGGAGCGUUUCAGCUACAUCACCAUCAGGAAGCUCCACCGCCUCACCAUCUCCGAAACCUACAGAAGCGACGCCGGCGAGUACGCCUUUGUCGCCGGAAAGAACAAGAGCUCCGUGAUGCUUCACGUGAGACUUCCCGAACCUCCUCAGGUAGCCCGGCGAAUGCAGCCCCAGACUGCCAUGUCAGGCAAAUCGGUUCGCUUCUCAGUGCUAGUUAGCGGCCUCCCGCAACCCCAGGUGACCUGGUACAAGGACUCCCAGGUUCUCUACACCAGUGACACAUGCAAGUUCCUUCACGACGAUGGAGAACACACAUUGAUGCUACUGAGAGUCCUCCCUGAGGAUGCUGCCGUCUAUAGCUGCGAGGUCAAGAAUGACUUUGGAGAGGCGUCAAGCUCCGCCUCACUCACUGUGGAAGUUCCUGAAGAAAGUAUGGUUCGGGUCUCUGCCCCAGUCCUCGUUUCUCCCUUGCAAAACAUCCUGGUGAAGUCGGGCCAUUCUGCCCAGUUGGAGUGCAUCAUCUCUGGGGAAGAUCUACAGAUAGGCUGGUUCUGGAACGACAGAGAGAUCAGGCAGUCCGCCGACAUUAAGAUGUCUCGCUUUGGCAACAUCUGCCAAUUGAACAUUUCCAGAGCGGUCUUCGACAAUGAAGGAGAAUACUCGUGUGUUGCAAGGAAUGCGGCAGGAAUGGUCACAUGUACUGCGAGUCUGAAUAUCGAUGAUGAUAAAACCUUAGCUAGCAUGACAAGAACCGGGGCUCAGACAUUGACUGAGUUUACCGAGUGCUUCUCAGAGAGCUCCUCCAGGUCUUGGCGGACAGUGACCGUUGAAAUGGAGAGCACAGAAAACAACGUUGAAAUGGGAUUGUACCCAAAGCCCCAACUGCUGAUGGAACUGCGGGAUGUCCGGGUCAAAAGCGGCGAGAUGGCUGAGUUCAGCUGCGUGUUUGACGGGCAGCCGUUCAUCGGGGUGGUAUGGGAUCAUAACGGCCAGAACCUGGUCCGGGAGCGAGUGAGGAGCUCUCAGAACGGCGGACUGUUGUCCCUGGUCAUUCAGGGUGUUGGUCUGGCCGACCAAGGCCUGUACCGCUGCACCGCCACCAACCUACACGGUCAAAACAGCUCUUCUGCUCGGCUCACUGUGGAAGCUAAAGAGGCAAAUGUCAAAGCCGAGUGCGCCAUCGUGACUGAUUCGAUGCAUGCAGUGUCACGGGCGAACAUGGAGAACACAAAAGGUUCUCCUGAGAUUCCAGACCAGGAAAAGACAGUGGAGAAGCCGGGGUCUCUGCCUUACUGCUCAAAGAGACUCUACAACCUUGUCAGCCAACUUUAUUUCCUCGACACAUAUCCCAAUGCUGAUCCCUGUGGCCGCCCCAACUUUCUGAUCCAGCUCCCCCGAGAGCUGUUGGUCCAGAACUGCAGUCCUGGGCUGUGUUGUGUCAUGAAGGAACUUUCUCUGUCUGCCAUAUGGCUUUACGGCCGCUUGAAUAUUGUGGACUCUGUAUCAUACACUCUCAAACAUGAUGGGCCCCUGUGCUGUAUGAAUGUUAAGAAAGGGGGACCUGGACAAGGGGGUGCUUUCUCUUGCAAAACCUCAGCCGAGGAUGCUAAGUGCAGCCUGGUGACCAAAGUCAUUGAAGACGAGAGGACACCUCGGAUCCACAUCGAGGAGGAAGUCUCAGCCUUCUCUAGCUCAACAAUCACGGUGGAAGAAGAACCCCGUCCGUCCUACUACUCUGAUGCUAAGGCUCCAGACCAAACACACACAUUUGAACUCGAGCCAGAGUCCACACUAUACUCCAGCACUUUGGAGAAAACCAAACAAAAGCCAGUUUUCCUCAGCAAACUUUCUCCAGCCGUAGUGACUGUUGGAGAAAAUGCUUCGUUUACAGUCACAGUAUCUGGUUCACCUGAACCCACUGUUCAGUGGGCCCACAAUGGGCAGACCAUAAGCAUGUCAUCAAUCUACACAUUAGUCCAUGAACAAAAUAAGUACAGUCUGAUAAUUAACAGUGUUGGAGAAGAUUUAGAGGGAGAGUACUCUUGUACUGUCAGCAAUCGGUUUGGACAGGAAACGUGCACUUCUUAUUUGAACAUUCAGGUGAAGGAACCACAGAAGGCAGAUAGCCUCGAGAGAAUGUUUGUGCCAAUGGGUAAACCUCCAGUGUUUUCCAAAGCUAUUGAGUCCGUUCAGCUGUGCGAGGGAGGUCAUGCGUCGUUUUGGUACAUUGUGAGCGGGGAUCCUUGGCCUGAGGUACACUGGCUCAAGGGCAGUCUUCACAUCAAACCGAGCAGCUGUUGCAUCAUUGUGCACAGCUCAGAUGGCUCCGGAUCCCUCACACUUAAAAGUGUCAAGCAGGAUGAUGGCGCCGUCUACACAUGUAAGGCUUCAAACAAGUUCGGGGAAGCCACUUCUGCUGCUGAACUAUUUGUAUUUGGUGAGAAAGUUCAAGAGGAAUUGGUUAGAAAAACAAACUCUUUGACCUUGUCCAUGACAGAAGAAACUACAGAAUCUGGAAUUUACCAGAAAAGUAGUCGGUCCGAUCAGAUGAUUUACAGCAUUAGUAAAGAAAACAUGCAGGUUAUUCCUAGCGAGGAAGUGGGAACCUUUGGACUACCGGGUAUUUCUGUAGCCACCCGUCAUUGCGAGCAGGUCACCCACAAAGCAGCAGUGCUACAGUCUCACGAGAUCCAAGAGAGCCUUGCUUUGGUUCCCAGUCAUCCACCGCAUGCUUCAACUGUUCCCGUGAAAACAUUAAACUUGGCAGCUUCCCUAUCGUCAGUCCAGGAGAGACAAGAGAUCACUGAGCAGCACUCUGAACCUAUUCUUUGCCCUCAGGUGGUUGAGCUUGACUUUGCCAGAGAGCAGCGCUCAAAGCUACAAUCAGUCACAACAGAGGAAGUCCUCCCACUUACCUCAGUGAAAGCUCAGACAAUGGCAGACCACAUUCCAGAGCAAGUACAUACUUUGGCUGAGCCCAGGCAGCUUGUUAGCAGCCAUUCAGUCGAGCCUGCUCUUUUAGCCUUUGAUGAAACUUUAUCUGUAAAUCACAGACCAGGGGAAGAGAAGACUCUAAAUAUCAUUGAGGGGCUUAACAUGUUAUACUGUGCUCAGUCAGCAGGGCAGCUGCCAAUCACAGAAAGCCAUUGUGUGACUUUGCUCGUAGAUACAGCAACCAAACCAUUGCUAGAGGAAGAGCCACGAAAGGCAGUGGUUGCACCAGUAAUUGAAUCAAUGCUGUCUUUGAGCAAAGAGCAUUCGUUCAUGAAGGAUGUAGCAGUACAAGAGAUAGUCAAUCCAGGCAUAGGUCAGAUGUACAGGUCAGCUGUUACCGCUGAAGAGAAACAUUUACUUCAAAGUGAUCAGAUAGGAGAGAUAUCAGGUAUUGUGUCGUCUCAGAAUCUGCAGCCUCUGCCACAAGGAGAAGUACUUCUGAACCUUCAGCUUAUCAACAAUCAGUCUGUUUUGCAGGCAGACGGUAGAUUCAGUAGUGAAACGCCUUCAACAGAGCAGGGAUGCGUGAUAAAAAGUCCUAUUUUGCUUCACACUGUAACUCAAGAAGAGCAGAGGACUGUUUUUUGUGACGUCACUUCGGAGGUUUCAUCCAAGAUGAACACUGAGUCUCUCAAGCUCAAAACAGAGCUUCCACCAACACAGUACCUCCAGUCAAUUGAUUCUUUAUCAGUUCUACAAAAGGAAGGUAGACUUACCACUAGCAAACCAACACAACAGGUGGUGGCACUAAAACAGGAAAAGGCUCGAAAAUAUGCGGCAGUCUCACAAGAGAGUAGGGAGCUCAAAGGGGACUUCCACAAAGAUCUGGAGGUGUCUUUAGCAGGGAUUCAAUCUCAACCUGGUACAGAGCCUGGGAUUUUAAGCAUCCUGGCCGUCUCCUCCCAGCCUGUGCAGCUGCCAAAGGAGACGCGAUUCCCAACAGAUAUAAAACAACAAAGAGCCUUGGUUCAGAAAGAGGAUUGCUGGAAUACCGUUAAUUCUGUAAAUGUUACAGACAUUCACAAUCUGGAAGAGGGCCAUACUACUUGUCUUCAAAUUGAAAACAAAGUACAGACUCAGAUAAAGACCGAGUCUAAGAUUCCCCAAAUGUCUGUUUCAGUUGAAGAAAAGGCAGUUGCAAAUGAGAGCUGUGCUGUUUUAGAAGCUGCUGAGCAAGACUUUGCAAUCUCCAUCCAGGAAGGUCAAUCAGUGCGACAGUCCGUUUUCCUACAGGAAAAAAUCAUUCUCUCUGGGGAAAAGUCAAGUGAGAUUCUAACUUGUGAGGGCUUAACUUCAAGACUUUCGACUCAACCUAAAAAAGUUGUCUUUGCCUCUGAAAGUCAAGAAUCCCAAGCGCUGCCUAAAGAACUUAACUUCAUUAUUCAGAUGCCCAAAGAGUCACAUUUGAAUAUUCAACAUCAGCUCAGAGAUGCUCUUCAGUCUGCUGUCGCCUGCCAGCAUCCAGUGUUGUUCGCAGAUAUUAUUGGCCACUUUGAUGGACUCAACAUUGAAGAGAUAAAUGUACAAAAGGAGCCCAAAGGGAUUGUGCACACAUACCUGAUUACAUCACCUGGUACUCUUAUGGAGCUCACAUUGCUUUUUGAGGGUGAAUACCCCCACAGGGCCAAUCUGAGAUCAGAACUCCAGGUCGCUCUUCAUGCUUUGGUUUCGCAAGAGCAGCAAAGUCUAGUUUCGGAGAGACCAGGUUUUAUGCAAAUCAACAAGCCUCAGAAGGCAAUGAUCUGCUCACAACAUUUCAAGCAGAAGUUCUCAUCAGUGGUUGACAAUGUGAUUGUGGCAGAGAGUACUGUUGGGGUUCCUCCAGUUGCUUCUCAGUCUGCCUCCAUCAAUAUGGAAUCACUCUUCCAAAAUGCAACGGUUCAGAGUCAGAUGGAAGUCCACCAAUUAAACCAGGAGAGUGAGGCCAAGGCUGCUUCAGUCCAGGGGUCAGUCCAAGAGCCAGUCAUUCAGACUCCUCACCAACAGUAUGAAGACUUGGUUCACAGUAAAAAGUCUUCUUCAGGGGCCAUUGUUGUCAGUGAGUCUUUAGCUAGCGAGGCUAGCUCUCCACUUGUCAUUGCUUCAAUGGACAAGGUUUUUGCUGAGGAAAACAGCAAUGUUGUCAUUGCUUCCACCAUCAAAUAUGCCACUAUCACUAAUUGGUUUGUCAAUGGACAAUCGGUCAAAUCUGGCAAAGAGUUUGAAUGUUCUAGAGAUCAGGACACGUACAAACUGACUAUCAACCGAGUUGCGAAGGAGAGACAUGAAGGUGAAUAUGCCUGUGAGGUGGAGAAUCAAGCUGGAAAGACCACGACAUGGACAACACUCAGAGUUGUCCCAAGAGCCAUACCUGUGUUCAAACACACGAUGGUUCCACUGGAAAUCAAUGCUGGCAACAUUGUCAGGUUUGAGUGUGAAACCGAGGAUGCUCCUGAAGUCAUCUUCAAGUGGUUCAAAGAUGGGCAUCGCAUCAAAGAAGGUGACAGGUUUCGGAUUAUCAGCCGUGUUACCACUUCCUCUCUGGAGCUCCUGAGCGCCACCAAGGAAGACGCUGGUGAAUACAGCUGCAAGGCGUCCAACAAGCACGGCAGUGAAGAAUGCUCCGCCACACUAAGCGUGACAGACAAACAGUUCCCUCCCAUUUUUAUAACCAAACCCAACGUGCAUACCGCUUAUGUUGGGAAGAGCAUGAUGACUGAGUGUGUAAUAUCAGGAUCUGCUCCUCUGAAUGUCAUGUGGUUUAAAGACCAGCAAGCCUUACUCCACAUGCCCGAGCACUACAGAAACUUUGCGGAUAAGAAUAAGAUUGGGCUUGAGAUAUCCACAGUUCAGCCAGAUGACCAGGGACUUUACCUGUGCCGUGUGUCUAAUAAUGUUGGCACGGCGGAGUCCAGCUUUGAGCUACAGGUUUUUGAUAAGCCUAACUUUGAGACGCUCCUGAAUCAAGUGGCUGCUGUGGUUGGGAACCCUCUGCACCUGGAGUGCCAGGUGGAUGAAGUUACAGGAGUAACUGUGAGCUGGACCAGAGAUGGGAAAAAGGUCCACCAGUCUCCCGAAUGUAAAUUGUCCUUUGAGGACAAAAAAGUUGCUCUUGACAUCCCAAAGACUGUGCUGAAAGACUGUGGCUCUUAUGUGUGCACGGUGACAAAUGAAGCAGGGAGUGCAACUUGCACCACCUUAGUGAAGGUUCAAGAGCCGCCGGUCUUUGUAAAGAGACUGGAAACCGCCGCACUUUGGAGGAACGGUGCCACUGCACGCCUGCAAUGCGAUGUCAAAGGAUCUCCUGAACUUCAAACGACAUGGUUUCUAAAUAACCGCAAGCUGCCUGCUGGCAGUCGAUACAACAUCGGUUUGAAAGACAACGUGGCUUCUCUUGAGAUUCAGGACGUCACUUUGAGUGACGGUGGCAGCUACACCUGUGAAGUUCUCAAUGAGUUUGGGUGUGAAAGCUGCAGCACAAAAGUAGUAGUCAAAGAGCCGCCGUCUUUUAGAAGGGUUUUGCCCUCUGUAGAGGUUGUGAGAGGUGCUGUUGCUGUAUUGGACUGUGACAUUAAGGGAUCUGCACCAUUCGAGGUGUCCUGGAAAAAGAAUAGGAAACACUUGAAGACCGAUAAGAAAUAUAGAAUCAUGUCGCAGGGUUCUUUCACCUCUCUGGAGAUUCUGUCCUUUGAAAGCAUUGACGCUGGCGAAUACGAAUGCGUUGUAUCCAACGAAGUCGGCUCUGUGAAUUCCAAAUCAGUGGCCAAAUUAAAAGAGUCUCCAGUGUUCUCAAAGAGGAUUGAGAGUGCUGUUGCAGUGCUCGGCAGCACCGUUAGAAUGCAGGCAAUAAUAAAAGGCUCCCCUACGAUCGCUGUCAAGUGGAUGAAAGACUCUGAACUGCUCAGAGAUGAAGAUCCAGACCUGAAAAUUGUGCUUGAGAACAACGUUGCUAGCAUUUUAUUCUCAUCUGUUCAAAUAAAGCACGGUGGAAAGUACACUUGCCUGGCGGAAAACGAGGCGGGUCAACAAAAAUGCGAGGCAAACCUAACUGUUCAAGAACCUGCAAAGAUCUUAGAGAAAACUGAGUCCGUCAGUGUGACUGUUGGGGACUCAGUCACGCUUGAGUGCACCAUCUCCGGAAGCCCAGACCUCAAAGUCAAGUGGUUUAGGGACGACAAGGAAAUGAUCGGUGGACGCAAAUAUCGGAUGAGUGUGAAGGAAAACACUGCCAUCCUGAAAAUUCUGACAGCAGAAAAGGCCGACGCCUCUGAGUACAAGAUGGAAGUGUCCAAUAAAGUUGGAAAAGACCAGUGCACGUGCUCAGUGACUGUUAUCGACCGGACAGUUCCCCCCUCCUUCAUCAAACCUCUAAAGAAAGUGAUGGCAAAUGUAGACAGUACCGUUAGCCUAGAGUGCAGACUUGCUGGAUCCCAGCCAAUGGGAGUGUCUUGGUACAAAGACAAUGAAGAACUCCAAAACGAGGCUAAUUAUGCGAUUAAUUGGCAUGACAACAAAGCAUCUUUGCUGAUCAGCAAAGUUUGCCUAGCCCAUGCCGGAGUUUAUACUUGUCGGGCCUCAAAUGACGCCGGCGAUCGAGAGACCAGCGGUACUUUGUCGAUAAAAGAACCUCCAGUCUUCACAGAGGAACCAAAGGCUCAGGACUCCUCACCAGGGUCCAACAUUGUUUUCAAAGCAGACUUUACAGGAUCAACUCCUCUGGCUAUUAAAUGGUUCAGAGAGGAGAAAGAAAUGUUCACUGGGGGGAGAUGUUUUAUUAAGAGAGAAAGUUUGUCAAGCUCCUUGGAGCUUUACUCCGUCAAACCCAGUGAUUCGGCUCGGUACACGUGCCAAGUAUGCAACGAUGCCGGGAAGGUGGAUUGCACUGCAGUCCUCUUUGUCAAAGAACCGCCAACAUUUGCAAUCAAGCUUGAGUCUUCGCUGCUGCUGAAAACUACCCAACCUCUAAAGUUGUCCUGCAAAGUGCACGGCACGCCUCUUAUCACCAUCACAUGGUUUAAGAAUGGCAAGGAAAUACAUUCUGACGACAGAUGCAAGGCAUCCUUUGAUGGCUCCGUAGCAAACCUGCAGGUAGACAGGUGUUCCGCAGACGAUAGCGGUGAAUAUGUCUGUGUGGCAUCCAGUGACGCUGGAAAAGAUGAGUGCGCCAGCUCAGUUAACGUCAAAGAACCCCCCUCGUUUCUGAGACCUUUUGAAUCGAUGGAGCUGGUGAAAGGAUCUGACGUAGUCAUGGAAGGAACUGUUUCAGGCUCUGCCCCGUUUGAAAUCUGUUUCUUCCACAAUGACAAUUUGAUUAGGAACAGUAAAAGACAUAAGAUCAGUGUUGAGAAUGAGACUGUCUCGCUGCAAAUCUCAAACUGUGAGGAUCAAGACUCUGGCACGUACCUGUGCACAGUGACUAAUAAUGUGGGUGAGACGUCCUGCUUCUGCAGCAUUUCCCUGACAGAACCGCCAUCAUUUGAUCAGAAACUCGAAGACGUAUUGUGCGGGGCACACUCAGACGUGUCUAUGAGAUGUACCGUGUCUGGGUCACUUCCCAUGGCACUGUCAUGGUUCAAGGAUAAUCAGGAACUCACAGAAAACAAGCAUGUCAAGAUGUUCUUUGAAGCCAAAUGUGCAAUGCUGACUCUCGAAAACACUCAUGUCCAUCAUGGUGGGAAGUACACCUGUCAGGCUCAGAAUGCCGCCGGUACUAAAAGAUGCUCUGCCAUCGUCGUCGUGUCAGAACCACCAAGUAUUCUAGAACAUUCAAAAUCCGUCAGUGUGACACAGGGUGACCCGACCACGCUCGAAUGCAGAUUCUCAGGCACCAAACCACUCAAGGCCCAAUGGUUAAAGGCCGGAAAGGAACUGAACUCGGGCCUGAAAUACAAAGUGCUUAGUGCGGACUUCCGGUCCGUGCUGACCAUCUUGAAAACAGAUAAAAGCGAUGGCGGCGACUACGUAUGCCAAGUUGAAAACGAAGCUGGUGCAACUUCUUGUGUGGCUGUAGUCACAGUCUUAGAUGGCAUUCUUAAACCAACUUUUACAAGUAAGCUGAAGGAGACCGAGGCCAUCAAAGGUUUCUCUGCUCAUCUGGAAACCCUGGUAUCAGGCUCGCUGCCAAUGAACAUCCAAUGGUUGAAAGACAACAACAACAUCCAGACUGAUGAGAAAUAUAAGUGUUCCUUCUCUGACAAUGUUGCAUUGCUGGAAGUUAGUCUUCUUGAUGGUCAGGACUGUGGUCGUUACACCUGUGUGGCCACAAACAAAGCUGGGUCUUCUCAAUGUUCUGGCAUCUUGCAUGUCCAAGAACCACCAAGUAUUCUUGAAAAACCCGAAUCAAUGAAUGUUUUGCCUGGGUCAAAGGUGAAGUUACUUGUUCGGGUGUCUGGCACACCACCAGUGACCAUGAGAUGGUAUAAGGACAUGAUGGAGAUCAACUCAAGUGCAGACUGUACUGUAAUCAGACACAACGGCUCAAGUUCUCUGGAGUUCUUCUCUGUGCUAGCAUCCGAUUCUGGUCUUUACACCUGCAACAUUAAUAACAACUUUGGCUCCACAUCCUGCCAAGCCACACUCUUUGUUCAAGAACCCCCUGUUUUUGUGGAGAAACCCGACAGCUUUUCUGUGGUAAAAGCCGGAGCAAAACAUGUCUUGGAAUGCAAGGUUUCUGGUUCUCCAGAGAUCUCUGUGCGGUGGUUUAAAGGCGGAGCCCCCAUUGAACCCAGUACACAUCGCAAGAUGUUGUUCCUCAACUCCGUAGCCACAUUAGAGAUUCCCCGUGCCGCUGAAAGUGACAUGGGCAAAUACAUUUGCGAAGCGCACAAUGACGCAGGCACAGAGAGUUGCAGUUUCGAAUUGGAAGUGAAAGAGCCGCCCACUUUUGUUGUCCAGCUGGCAUCUCUUGAAGUCAUUGAAGGUUGCACUGCAAUGUUUACCUGCAAAGUGACAGGAAGUGCUCCCUUUAAAGUCACGUGGUUCAAAGACAGAGUGCCUAUCGAAUCUAACUACAAGUAUUUAAUUGUUGACGACGAGCACAUGACAUUAAACGUCUUGGACUGCCAAGUCAGAGAUGUUGGUUCUUAUGAGUGUGUGGUCGCUAACGAGGUGGGAAGCUGUUCCGGUGUUGCAGCUCUUUCUAUGAAAGCACCUCCACAGUUUAUUGAAAGGAUUCAAAAUAGCUCAACCAUCUUGGGGGAUACCGCCGUCUUUAGUUGCGCCGUUAAAGGUUCCGAGCCUCUUUGCAUAAAUUGGCAAAAAGACGACAAAUGGAUUCCAGAGGAUCCCAAAAUCCAGAGAACGUUUGAAAAUUUGGUGGCCACUCUAAGAAUUCCUUUGUGUGAGACAAGUCACGGCGGGAAAUAUACAUGCCAAGUCGUGAACGAGGCCGGACAGGAAACGUGCUUCGCGGCCCUUGUUGUGAAAGAACCGCCUUCCAUCCAAGACCAGCCAGGAACAGUCAAAGUCACUCGUGGAGAUCCAGUUAAACUUGAGUGCAGAAUAGCUGGAAGUCCUGACAUUGUUGUAACUUGGAGCAAAGAUGGCCAAGAGCUCCACACCAGUAGGAAAUAUCACUUGUCCCACGAAAAGGACCUCAGCAGUCUAAAUAUUCAGCACUGUGAGCUGCAAGACGGCGGAGAUUAUCUUUUGGAGGCCACAAAUUCUGUUGGAAAGUGUCGCUGUAAAAUGUCACUGCUAGUUUUAGAGGAAGAAAUAGCUCCUGCCUUUACAAAAAAGUUGACAAACAUUCAAGCAGUUCUGGGGUCAGUGGUCACGAUGGAGUGUAAAAUGGUCGGUUCUCUUCCGAUUGUUGCUGCCUGGACUAAAGGCAAAGAACCCCUCAGUGAGGAGUCCAAGUAUAAAAUGUGGCAGGAUGACAACACGGUCCGGCUGCAAUUUAGGCUGACUGAGAGCUUCGACACGGGAGAGUACUCGUGUCAUCUCAGGAACAAGGCGGGCAGCUGCCUAUGCAGUGCAGCCGUCACUGCUAAAGUGCCGCCACGGUUCACAGCGGAACUUGAGUCCCAGGCUGUUGUUCCAAAGUCCACGGUGCUUUUCAAAAGCACGUUUGAAGGAACACCACCAUUUACAGUCAAAUGGGUCAAAGAUGACUUGGAACUGGUGGCCGGUCCAUCAUGUCGAAUCGGACAGGAGGAAUAUUUUUCUUCAUUGCAACUGGACUCUGUCGGAAACCUGCAGACUGGGACUUAUUCUUGCCAAGUUAGCAACGACGCGGGCGCGAUAAGAAGUGUAGCCCAAUUGCUUGUGAAAGAACCACCAAGGUUUGUCCAGAAACUUCUUCCCAAAACCUUUGUCAAGCUGCACGAGGCCCACAGUUUGGAAUGCAAACUCUCCACCACAAAGUCACUCAAUGUGAGGUGGUUCAAAAAUGAUGAAACGGUCAUGGACGGAGACGACUAUAAAACCGUUUUAGUGGACUCAACGGCGCUUCUCCAGCUUGGCUCUGCGGGGCCGGACCACAACGGUGUGUACACGUGCGAGGCUCAAAACGAUGCCGGCAGUGUGAGCUGCAGCACCGUGCUCACAGUCCAAGAGGCGCCCUCCUUUGUCAAAGUUCCUUCCCCGGUGGUAGGCGUGAAAGGGAAAGACGCAAGCCUGUACUGCGAAAUGUACGGCACACCCCAUUUGCAGGUGAGUUGGUACAAAGACAACCGGCCGUUGAAGGAAAGCAGGAAGUACAAGAUGGUGAGCGAGGGCAGCUCUGCCACACUUCACGUCAUGAGGCUGGAACCAAACGACGCCGGACUCUAUGAGUGCAAAGUCUCUAACUGUGUGGGAAGCGAAUCCUGCCGCACUACCGUUAGCUUGAAAGAUCCCCCAGUGUUCACCACCAAGUUGGUCGACCAGUCUGUGAAAAUAGGCGAGCAACUUACAAUGACAGCAGCACUCAAAGGUUCUGAGCCAUUGAGCGUGUCGUGGGUUCAGGACGAAGAUCACGUCCUGAGAGACGGUGACAACAGGAAGAUUAGCUUUGAGCACAAUGUGGUCACACUGGUGGUACCCAGUGCAGAUUCCUCCACAGCUGGCAAGUAUACCUGCCAGCUGAGGAAUGACUCCGGAGUUGUGGAGUGCAUUUCCCAUGUGACAGUUUUAGAACCCGCAUCUAUUUUGGAAAGCCCAGAGUCUUUGAAUGUGCAGGCAGGAGAAAAUGCAGUUCUCGAGGUCACUGUGUCCGGUUCACCUGAGCUAAAAAUCAAGUGGUUUAAGGACAACAAAGAACUACUUUCCGGUGCCAAGUACCAGAUGUCCUUCUCAAAGAAGGUUGCACACCUAAAGUUCCGGUCUGCUGAGAAAGCCGACGCUGGAGACUACAAACUUGAAGUUACGAACCCAAAUGGUUCUGCUCUGUGCAAAAUUAAACUCUCCGUUUCAGAUAAGUUGAUUCCUCCAAGUUUCAUAAGAAAGCUGAGAGACACCCACCUUGUUGCGGGCAAACCCGGUGAGAUGGAGUGUAAGGUCACUGGUUCAGCUCCUUUAACAACUUCCUGGUUCCACAAUGGCCAGGAGAUUACAAGUAGUUCCGACUACGAUUUUAGUAGAUCUGAUAAUAACUGCAAAUUGAGAGUUCCAACGGUCAAGGUGUCGGAUUCUGGCAAAUAUACUUGCAAAGCUGUAAAUGCUGUGGGAACCAGUGAAACCAGUGCUUCCGUGUACGUUACAGAACACCCAUCCUUUGUGGAAACGCCCAAAGCUCAAGAGACACAGCUGGGCAAAAGUGUGUCCUUUUCUGCUAAGGUGAAAGGCAGCGCCCCCCUCAGAGUCAAAUGGUUCAAGGGCACCAAGGAAAUGCAGCAUGGGAGAGGGUGUGAGAUUUCCCUCAAGGAGGAUCUUGCUAAAUUGGUUCUUCAUAGAGUGGAACCAUCCCAUGAGGGAGAGUACACCUGCCAGGUCAUAAACAAUGCAGGGAAGGAAAGUUGCACCUUUUACCUCUUUGUCAAAGAGCCAGUUCGCUUUGUGAAAAAGCUGAGGGAUGUUUUCUCUGAGAAGGGCAAGCCCCUGAGGCUUGAGGUCACGUUUGCUGGAACCCCCAAAGUAGAUGUGACAUGGAAAAAGGAUGACAUCCUCAUCUGGGCCUCAUAUCAGUACAACGUUAUCACCACUACCAGUUCCUGUAUUCUUGAGGUUCUUAACUCCGACAGGUUGGAAGCAGCAGGACGAUACUCUUGCGAAAUCAACAACGGAGUCGGAAGUGACAGAUGCGAUGCACAAGUCUCCAUUCUAGAGCGGCCCUACUUUGUUGAAAAGUUGGCGCCGGUUGAGGUUACUCUGGGUUAUCCGGUCACCCUUCAGUGCCAGAUUGCAGGAACUCCGGACAUCUCCGUAGCUUGGUUCAAAGCAGACGGGAAGCUGCGCCUGUCCAACAAGUGUGUGAUGGACUUCACAAAUGGUGUCGCCACUUUGAAACUGCUUGAAACAACCAAGUCUGAUCAAAGCGAGUUCACCUGCAAAGCUGAAAACCGGGUGGGCUCAGCCUCCGCCAGCUGUAAUGUGACAGUGAAAGAGAGCACGCUUCCCCCGAGCUUCAGCAAGCGUCUGCCGGAGUCCUUGAUGGAUUCGGUGGGUAAGACGGUCACCAUGGAGACUUGGCUUUCUGGCUCCCAGCCCCUGAAUGUCACCUGGUACAAGGACAACACGGAAGUCUGUGGGUCAGACAAAUAUGAUGUCACCUUUAAGAACAACAUGGCCGUGUUGUGUGUCCGAGACUCCGACAUCGCCGACUGCGGUGUCUACGCCUGUGAGGCUUCCAAUGAGGCCGGUAAAGCAUCCUGUCGGGCUUCUCUUACAAUUUCAGAAACCAUCAAGCCUCCUAAAUUCGACGUCCUUUUGCAACCGGUGACGAUGUGCGAAGGCGAUAAUCUGUCGCUGAAAUGUCUCGUUGGGGGCUCUCCUCCGCUCACCGUCCACUGGAUGAAGGACAGGAGGGAGCUGAAGUCCAGCCCAAGUACAAAGAUCACAUUUGAGGACGGGACAGCUUGUUUGGAAGUCGGCCAGUUGACCAAAGCGGCUGCAGGAGAUUACUUGUGCAAGGCCAGCAACGACGCCGGCACAGACUUCUGCAAGACCAGGGUCACCGUUAAAGAAAAAGACUCCAAGUUGGUCCCCGCCACCACGGCUCCGGCCCCAGCCGCCACAGCUCCGGCCCCAGCCACCACGACUCCUGCCCCGGUGAAACACCUCGACAACCUUUUCUUCAUUGAAGAACCAAAGAACGUUUCUGUCACAGAGAAGGGCACGGCCACCUUCAUCGCCAAGAUCGGAGGCGAGCCCAUCCCCAGCGUGAAGUGGAUGAAGGGCAAGUGGCGGCAGAUCACACCUGGCGGUCGCGUGACAACCGAGCACAAAGGCCAGAAUGCUAAACUGGAGAUAAGAGAAGUGACCAAGUCAGAUGCGGGUCACUACAGAUGUGUGGCCUCCAGCAAACACGGCGAGAUCGAGUGCGGUGCUGAGAUGGCCGUCACCAAAAGGGAGGAAGCAGCUGGGCUUCAGGAUAUCCGGAUUACGCUGAAGAAGACUCCCUCCAAGCAGAAGAGUCCCAAGAAAGAAGAGGAGAUCAACAUUGUAGAGUUGCUCCGAGGCGAAGAUCCAAAGGACUACGAGAGGGUUUUAAGGGAGCACGAGAUCCACGACUACCGUGCAAUCCUCCAGGCCAUGGAUCUUCUGAAGAGGGAAAAGGAAACGGAGGCUGGAAAGGCGGAGGCGGAGCAUGGCGGUCGGGUAGAUGAAGAAGACAUGGCCCGACUUAUCCAGCAGCUCGAAGGACGCGUGGACACAGAGCCCAUCGCUGUCCUGGAAGACAUCAGUGAUCAGGUGGUGUCUGAAAACAAGAGCGCCACCUUUCAGUGCCGUAUCAAGAUCAACUACCCAGAGAUCACGCUGACCUGGUACAAAGGAACCCAGAGACUGGAGAGCAACGACAAAUACGCCAUCAGCAGCGAUGGUGAACACCACUGCUUGAACAUCCAGGACUGCCAGUCCAAAGACCAGGGAAACUACCGGGUGGUGUGUGGUCCUCACAUCUCGAAUGCUAAGCUGACCGUCUCAGUUCCCGAGGUUUACAGCGCACCAGAGGAGGCGCCCCCUGCUCCACCUAAAGAAGCUGACACCGAGAAGCUGGAGAUGAUGGCUGCUGCGUUGCCUCGACAAGAGGAACACGGGGUCCCUGAAGCAUUGAAAACAUACCGCAAAGCAGAGCCAAUGACUGAAUCAGAACUAGAACCAGAACAAGAAGUACAAUCGGAGCAUGAACCAGAAGUUGAAUCAGAACAAGAACUACUAGCUGAACCACAAGAAAAAGCAGAACCUGAAGCUGAACUGGAUGCUGAACCAGAACAAAAAACAGAAGCAGAAGCGGAGCUACAACCAGAACCAAACCAAGAACUAGAAGCUGCAUCAAAAUCUGAAGAAGAAUCACAUCUAUAUUCCCAACCCAAAUCUAAACAAGAACCAGAUGCAAAACCAGAAGCUGCACCUAAAAUCGAAAAGGUCUUAGCCACAAAGGCUGAUCCAGAUCUUUUUCAAGUGGAGUUGAAGUCUGAGCCGCAAGUAGAUCCAAAGAAGACUCUGGCUGCUUCCAAGGUGACUCCGGUGUCUAAGAAGACUGCAGUGGAGGCAAACAAGCUUAAGACUUCCAAGAAAAGAACGGACACUUCUAAAGUGCAAGCUGUCCCAGAAGUGAGACAAUCCGACGUCAUCAACGAGAAGCCACAGAAAACCGAUAUGUUACCUCCCCACGAUAAACCAGAAGAACCAAAGCAUCGACUAGUAACACCAAAGACCAUGACCAAAGAAGUCAAAAAGUCUGAAGACCAACCAAGGGUAACCCUAACCCCAAAGACGGUUCGAGAAGCUACGUCAGGAAAAGAACCCCCGACAAAACAAGAUAAAAGUCGACGGUUUGAGGAGCCAGAACAUCUUUGCCAAGCUGGUCCACAAGCAAACGACUCAAAAAGACCAAAGCAAAUACCUAAAAAGCCACAACAAGCUUCUCUUGCGGCUGAGAACAGAGAGACCAUCGCUGAAAAUGUUGUUAUACUAAAGGAUGUUCAAGAAGUACGGAUCUCUAAGCUCCAUCACACAGAAGAGAAGGUUGGGACAGUUGAAAAAGAAACUGUAGAGAGAAAGAAAGACCAGAGCCAACAGUAUAUUCUUACAAAGGAAGAGAAAGUUGGGACAUCUGAAAUAGAAAUUGUAGAGAGAAAGAAAGACCAGAGCCAACCAAACACUCUUACACAGGAAAAGGGGAAUGUUCAUACAUGCUACCUUGAAGGCCGCACAGAAAGCAGUCCUGAGCCCUUUGAGAAAACCAAAAACUCUUGCAUAGACUACGAUGGUAACACAUUGGUGGAACAUUUUGACCCGGAACACAAAGCCACACUAGCAGGAACUUUAGAUACUUACGAUGAAAAGAAGAAACCCCCAGCAACAGAGGCUAUGACAAAGAAACAUACUCGGUCCGACAAAAGUGAUUCGCAAAUACAACUCAAAGAGGUAGAAACUGAAGUGUCAAAACGCACACACGAAGCAUUACCCAAACCAAGUUGGCAAGCUGAUCCUGCUGAAGUGUCACAUCCUUCCCAAACUGCUGUUUCCCAUCUCAUAAAAGGCAGUCCUCCCUCUGAAGAGCUGACAACAUCUCCAGCUGACGAAGUCAAAGAUGUGUCUUGUGAGGACGUUGCUGAGAAAUCACCUUCAAUGAACAGAAUGUCCCCUCAAGAAGAAUCCGUCCCGUCUAAAACAGAACUGCGCCCUGGUCCAGUCCAUGAACCCUUGAAGGACACGGCUCCAUCAGCAAGGAGUACAAUGUUUCCUUCAGGGGAAGCAUCUCCUCUUGAAGUAGAUACUUCCUCAAACAAUGUGUCCUCACCCAAACUUGUUGGACCACAGCCAAGACCUCUUACGACUGAGAUGCAUCCGUCUUCACCACUAAAACGUGAAGAUUGUGCUGUAGCACUUUUCACGGAAGAACGGACAAGAACUGAGCAGUCAGCAGGGAAAGAAGAUGACGGAAAGCAGAGUCAAGUAAAGAAAUCACAGAUGGAAAAGUUGAUGCUUCGUAAAGCGUCUCCUCCAGAGACAAAACCAUCUAUGGCAGUACCUUCACCGCCCACGGAGAAAGUUGCUCCACCUUCAGAGAAGAAAGAGUUGAAAGCCUUGGCUCCUUCUGGUCUAGACCAAAAAGUAUCUCCCCCCGCAGUGCCUCCUCCAAAGGAAAAGAAAGUGCCUGCACCCGCACCAAAGCCUCCAGCUGAACUCAUUCCUUCUCCAGAGGAGAAACCUUCGGAACCAUCUUCUGAUGUGAAGGAUGCGUCUUCACCUACAGACAAGGAACCAGUUAAAGCUCCUGGACCAACUAAAGCGGCUACUACACAGAAAGUUAAGAGUCCUCUUCAAUCGGCAAAGGGGACAAAAACGACAGCAACACAGAAGAUGAAGCGUACCUUCAAGAUCAAAGAGAAGGAAGCGAUAGGGGAAGUCAUCAGGUUGACAAAAGUUCCAGGAAAACCUGUUCCAGCUGAGAAGGAUGUACACUGUCAAAAGGUAGAGGUGACUAAGCAUUUGGACCAAGAACUCAGUGUUCAUGGUUUACACGACAGGGUAGAUAGGGAGUUGAUAACACACAGAAGAUCCGAAGGAGUCUUCUCUACAGAAACAAGUCAACUUGACCCUUGUGAAGCCCAAGAACAUAAAGAGAACAUAAACAUUCUGGAACAAAUCAAAGAAAAACACAAAAUGGUCAAAGUGCCAACUACUGAUCAAAAAGACACUAAAGUGCUUAUUGCAGAUACGCAGAAUGAAUCAGUUCAACUAAGACGAUCUGAAAAAAUCGAAACAAAAUGUGAAGAAACACAUAUCAAACAGAAAAGCGGUCCCACCAAGCCAAAAGAACAACAGGUUCGUAAAGAAGAUGUCACCAGAAUGACAGUUCUACUUUCUGAUAGCGAGCACAGAGAGUUAACACUCUCGACAACUGAACAAGUCUUUAUGUCAAAUAAAGAGGCAUCAGAAACCAUGAGGCCACCUAAAGAUGUGCCGUACGGACAGGGCAAAGAAGAGGUACGCAAGCCAGAUGUGUCUAAAAAGACAAAAGAGGCAAUCGAUCAAGAAACAACAGUGAAACAUUCUGAACCUGAUAGUGGACUCAGUCCGGAAAAGAACGUUGAUCUUGAGCCUCCAAAGGAAGAACUUGUUAAAGCUCAAAUAUUGUCCCCAUCAGACAAGUUGCAAGUGAAACUAGAGCCUAAAGUUGUGCAGCAUGGACAGGGCGAUGAAAAGGUACUUGAGCCCAAUGUGUCUAAAAAGACAAAAGAAGAAGAGGCUCAAGAAACAAAAGUGAAAGAAUCUGAACCUGAUAGUGGACUCAGUCCGGAAAAGAAAGUUGAUCUUGAGCCUCCAAAGGAGGAACAUGUUAAAGCUCAACUAUUGUCCCCAUCAGACAAGUUGCAAGUGAAACUAGAGCCUAAAGUUGUGCAGUAUGGACAGGGCGAUGAAAAGGUACUUGAGCCAAAUGUGUCUAAAAAGACAAAAGAAGAAGAGGCUCAAGAAACAAAAGUGAAACACUCUGAACCUGAUAGUGGACUCAGUCCGGGAAAGAAAGUUGAUCUUGAGGCUCCAAAGGAGGAACUUGUUAAAGCUCAACUAUUGUCCCCAUCAGAUAAGUUGCAAGUGAAACUAGAGCCUAAAGUUGUGCAGUAUGGGCAGGGCGAUGAAAAGGUACUUGAGCCAGAUACGUCUAAAAAGACAAAAGAGGAAGAAGUUCAAGAAACAACAGUGGAAGACUCUGAACCUGAUAGUGGACUCAGUCCGGGAAAGAAAGUUGAUAUUGAGCCUCCAAAAGAGGAACUUGUUAAAGCUCAACUAUUGUCCCCAUCAGACAAGUUGCAAGUGAAACUAGAGCCUAAAGUUGUGCAGUAUGGACAGGGCGAUGAAAAGGUACUUGAGCCAGAUACGUCUAAAAAGACAAAAGAGGAAGAAGUUCAAGAAACAACAGUGGAAGACUCUGAACCUGAUAGUGGACUCAGUCCGAAAAAGACAGUUCAACUCACCGCCAGUGCGAAAUUCACAAAGGUUGGAGUCAGUGUUUCCAGGAGUCCUGAUUUAACACCUGGUGUUUGCAAAGAGUUGAAAAAGAAAGCUGAUCUUGAGCCUGCAGAGGUGGAACAUGUUAAAGCUAAACUACUGUCUCCAUCAGACAUGUUACAAGUAAAACUAGAGCCUAAAGUUGUGCGGCAUGGACAGGGCGAUGAAAAGGUACUUGAGCCGGAUAAGUCUAAAAAGACAAAAGAGGAAGAAGUUCAAGAAACAACAGUGGAAGACUCUGAACCUGAUAGGGGACUCAGUCCGAAGAAGACAGUUCAACUCACCGAUAGUGCGAAAUUCACAAAGGUUGGAGUCGGUGCUUCCAGGAGUCCUGAUCUAACACCUGGUGUUUGCAAAGAGUUGAAAAAGGAAGCUGACAUUGAGCUUCCAAAGGAGGAACAUGUUAAAGCUCAACUAUUGUCUCCUUUAGACACGGUGCAAAUGUCUCUGAAGCCUGAAGUCCAAAUGGCAGCAAAAGUGUCAGAGAAAGACGAGACGCUUGUGGAUACAAAAGUAUUCAGUCACAAACGAGAUGAACGCUCUAAAAAAUCUACGCGAGACAAACAGAAGCCUACAAGAGAGGAGCAGGGACCAGGUAUUAUUCCUAAGGAUGUCAGUGUCAGAAUAAUGACGGACAUAAUUCCACAAACAGAAUAUGAACAUGAAGUCCCACAGAGAAAAAUAGAUACCGUUAAAACAGUCGCCAAACUCCAGAGGACCUCUUCACCUCGACCAAGUACAGAAAAUGAAGUUGAGCAGACUUUGAAGGACAUUGAAAACUUUGAAGGAAAAAGGAAGACAGUCGAUGAGCCAAAACCCAAAGAACUCUUUGAUAAAACUGUUUCUCAGAAGGCAAAGACCGUUUCACCACAAAUCUCCGGAGUUUCAAAGAAACCUUCCGCGGAGGAGGCCUCUCGCCUGGAUGAAGCUGACAGCGUGAGGGUUCCCCUAAUGAAAGAGGUCUCUCCAAGCGCAGUACAGGUGAAGAAAAUUCCUACCCAGGUAGAGGAGGAAGUAUUUGAAGACGAAGUACAAGACGAGGACAUGCAAGCGGAUCAGGAGGCCUGGGGCUGGGAGCUGGUUCCCUUAGAGAGCUGGGAAGGUGAAGGGAUGGAUGGAUCGCUGCAGACUCCAGGCAUGCCUGACGGCAAACAAGAUGGCAAACCAGCAGAAGAACCUGCCAAAGGACUCGGACGAGGAUUCCGGGUGAGACAAACGCCCUCUCCCGGGGACGGUGGCCGGGGCCGGGGCCUAAGGCCCGGUGGGAAAGGCCCUUCACCACCGGAAGAACCUUUUGGUGGAUUCAAGCUGAAAGCCGUCCCACUUAAGUUUAUCAAGAAGAUUCAGGACAUCGUGCUGCAGGAAGCAGAAUCUAUCGGCUCGUCUGCCGUGUUCGAGUGUAUGGUGUCGCCGUCCACUGCUAUCACUACGUGGAUGAAAGAAGACGUUAACCUGCGUGAGGGCCCCAAGUACAAGCUCACAUCUGACGGCAAAGAUCGCAAGAUAAUGGUCAAAGAUGUCCAGCUGUCAGACACUGGAGUGUACACCUGUAUCGCCAAAAACGCGGGCAAGGAAAUCACCUGCACCGCAAAACUUAUCGUCGAAGAGCUGCCGGUGAAGUGGAUCAAGGAGUUGGAAGUGGACACGUCGUGUACGAAAGGCCAGCCCAUGUACCUCACAUGUGAGCUCAACAAGGAGAGGGAUGUAGUCUGGAAGCGUGGUGGGGUCAAACUGAAGAGACAGGCGGGGAAGUUGGCCAUCAAUGUGAUCGGCAUGCAGCACGCCGUGACUAUUCAGAAUUCCACGGAGGAAGACGCCGGCGUGUACUCGUGCGAGGUGGUGGGACAGGAGGAAAUCACGACCAGCACCAAUGUCAAAGUGAUCGAGGUCAUCAAAGACUGGCUGGUGAAGCCUCUGAGGGACCAGCACGUAAAACCCAAGGCCAAGGCAACUUUCAGAUGUCAGCUGUUCAAGGACACGCCCAACUGGAAGUGGUACAAAGGCGAAACCCUGCUGGCGCCCUCUGACAAGGUGGAGAUCGUCAAAGACGGCAUCCUAAUGACUCUAACCAUCAACAACUGCCAGCCGGACGACGUGGCGGAUUAUACCGUGGAAGUGGAAGACCGCAAGUACAUGGCCAAGCUGACCCUUGGGGAGCGUGAAGCGGAGAUCCUGAAGCCACUUGUUAGCCUCGAAGUGGUUGAAAAAGAAGAAGCCAACUUUGACACGGAAAUUUCCGAGGACGAUGUCGUCGGGGAAUGGAAACUUCAGGGACAAGUGCUGACGCGAUCUCCGACGUGUGACAUUAAAGCCGAAGGGAACAAACGUUUCCUGUCCUUAAAGAACGUCCAGCUGGACCAGGCGGGCGAAGUGUCCUAUCAGGCUUUAAAUGCCAUCACCGGCGCCAUGUUGACCGUCAAAGAGAUCGAAAUGGGCUUCGUUGAGCCCGUAAAGGACGUUUCUGUUCCUGAAAAGAAACAAGCUAAAUUUGAAUGCACCGUCACCAAGGACGUGUCAAAGGUCUUGUGGUUCAGAGGGGCAGAGAUUAUCGUCUCGGGCCCCAAAUAUGAAAUUAUCGACGAUGGAAAGAAACACAUGCUGAUCAUAAACAGCUGUGAGUUUGACGAUGAGUCCGAGUACACGAUAGAAGUUUUGGAUCAGAAAUCAACUGGUCGGCUGACUGUGGAAGGCACCAGACUUAAAAUUGUGAGGCAACUUGAAGACCAGACUGUCAAAGAAGGUAAAACGGCUCGCUUUGAGCUGGAGCUGACUCUUGACGACGUACCCGUGGUUUGGUACCGCAAUGAAGUCAAACUACACUUGAGCCGAACGGUGGUCACUCAUGUGGAAGGAAAGACGCAUGUUCUAGAAAUGAAGGAGGUGACGCUCGAUGAUGUCUGCCAGAUUAAGGCAGAGGCUAAAGAAAUAGUCUCCAUGGCAAAGCUGACAGUCAUAGAGGGUGACGCUGUGUUUGUGGUGAAACUCCAAGACUACACGGCCACUGAAAAAGACCCGGUCUCUCUGGACUGUGAGCUCAGCAAAGACGUGCCUGUUGUUUGGUAUUACGAGGAGAAGGAGAUUAUUGCCUCCAAGAUGGUGAUAAUGAAGACAGAGACCACUCGAAGGUCUUUGGUCCUGAAGAAAGUGGAAAUGAGCAGUAAGGGGAAGUACACCUGCGACUGUGGAACCGACAAGACGGUGGCUAACCUCAAUAUUGAAGCUCGCAAGGUCAAAUUGAUUCGACCGAUUUACGGUGUAGAGCUUUUUGACGGAGAAACGGCUCGUUUUGAGGUGGAGAUCUCUGAGGACGAUGUGCACGGGCAGUGGCAACUGAAUGGAGUAGUCCUGAGUCCUUCUUCUGAUGUGGACAUCAUCGAAGAGGGAGGCAAACACACGCUGAUCCUGUACAACUGUAAAGUGCCCAUGACGGGCGAGGUGGUUUACACGGCUGCCAACGCAAAGUGUGCUGCCAACUUACAUAUCAAAGAGCUUCCUCUCAACUUCCUGACGCCGCUGAGUGACGUGCACGUGUACGAGACAGACCCAGCCAGGUUUGAGGUGGAAGUGUCGAGAGCCCCGAAGAGCUUCCGCUGGCUGAAGGGUUCACAGGAGCUGCAGACUAACGACAAGUAUGAGAUGAUCCAGGACGGGAACACGUACGUCCUGCUGAUCCCGUCGGCCGCCUAUGAAGACGAGGCCAAGUACAUGUUUGAAGCAGAUGACAAGAGAACGACCGGCAAGCUGGUCAUCCAAGGUAUCCGCCUGAAGUUUGUUAAACCCAUCAAGGACGUGACGGUGAAGGAACGUGAAACGGCAGAGUUCAGCGUGGAACUCUCUCAUGAAAAGAUAGCGGUGGUUUGGUACAAGAACGACGUGCGCCUUCACCCAAGCAAGGUGGUGCACAUGUCGGAACAGGGAACCGUCCACACGCUGACCCUCCAGGACGUCGCUAUGGACGACACGUCCAUGAUCAAGGUGGAGGCCAUGGACAAGAGUGUCAGCGCCAUGCUCACUGUCAUCGAGGGCGACUUGUACUUCACCACCAAACUACAGAAUUGCUCGGUCGUGGAAAAGGACCAAGUGAAGCUCGUGUGCGAACUGAGCAGAGCCGCCGCAGACGUCAAAUGGUACAAGGGCGACAAAGAGCUCACGCCCUCCAAAAACAUUGCCCUGACCAGGGACGGCAAGAAACGUAUCCUGACUAUCCGCAAGGCUGAGAAGAGCGACAUGGGCGAGUACUCCUGUGACUGCGGCUCGGACCAAACUACCGCCAAUCUCAACAUUGAAGCGCGUGACAUCAAGGUGGUUCGCCCACUCUACAGUGUCGAGGUGAUCGAACUGGAGACGGCCAGAUUUGAGAUCGAGAUUUCUGACGAUGAAGUCCAAGGAAACUGGAAGCUGGGAGGAGAAGAAUUGCAUCCGUCUACGGACGUGGAGAUAAAGGAGGAGGGAAGCAAACAUCUUCUGAUCCUCUACAACGUGCGCAUGGACAUGGCGGGAGGCGUGGACUUCUCGGCGGAAAACGCCACGUCGAGCGCUCAGCUGCGGGUGAAAGCGCGGCCCAUCCGCCUCCUGCAGCCGCUGAAGGACGUGACGGUGACGGCCGGGCAGAACGCCACCUUUGAGUGCGAGCUGUCCUACGAAGGCAUCGCCGUCACUUGGUUCCUGGCUGCACAAAAGAUGGAGGCCAGCGAGCGGGUGAAGACUCGAGUGGCUGGGCGAAUUCACGGUCUGACGGUGCGGGACGUAAAACUGUCUGAAGCAGGACAGGUCAGAUUGACCGCCGAGGACUUCCAAACUGAGGCACAGCUCAUAGUUCUGGAACCGCCAGUAAAGUUCACCAAGCCUCUGGAGGACAUGACGGUGGAAGAGGAAGCCACCGCCACGCUGGAGUGCCAGGUUUCCAGGGAGAACGCACGUGUGCGAUGGUUUAAGGACGGACAGGAGAUCCGCAAGACUAAGAAAUAUGACAUGAUCGUUGACGGCACAAAGAGGGCACUGGUCAUUCAGGACUGCAACCUGGACGACAUCAAGACCUACACGUGUGACGCCAAGGACUUUAAGACUUCCGCCUUCCUUGAUGUCAUAUCGCCUCUGGUGGAGUUCAUCAAGCCUCUGCAUGACGUCGAGGUCCGAGAGAAAGAAUCUGCCAAGUUUGAAUGCACAGUAUCCCGCGAGUCUGCGAAGGUCCGCUGGUUCAAGGACGGCGUAGAGCUAAGGAAAGGAAAGAAGUACGAGAUAAUGGCCGAGGGACUUAAGAGGAUCCUGACUAUACACAAGUCUACUCUGGACGAUGAGGCGGAAUACGAGUGUGAUGCCCUGACGUCCAAGAGCUCCGGCAUGCUGACUGUCAUCGAGGAAGCCGCCAGGUUUACCAAGAACCUCUCUAAUGUGGAAGGCACAGAGACAGACAGCGUGAAGCUGAUCUGUGAGGUGUCAAAGCCAGGGGCCGAGGUAACCUGGUACCAAGGAGUCAGGGAGCUGCCAGAGGGUGGCCGAUACGAGCAGAUCAUGGAUGGUCGCAAGAGGAUCCUGAUCAUCCAAGAUUUGAGGAUGGAGGAUGCUGGCGAAUAUAACUGCAGACUCAGCCCUGACGUCAAAACAUUUGCCAUCCUGAAACUGAACGAACUUGCAGCCGAGUUCAUCGCCAGACCUCAAAACCUUGAGGUUGUGGAAGGUGAAAAGGCUGAGUUUGUCUGCUCAGUAUCCAAGGAAACCUACGAGGUGAAAUGGUUCCGAGGGAACAAGGAAGUGGAAACUGGGGACAAGUACACAAUUGUCAGUGACGGAAAGAGACGGGCUCUUACUGUGAAAAACUGUGCCCUUGAGGAUGAGGGAGGGUAUUUGGCCCAAAUCGGCAGCGUUAAAGCCUCCGCUGAUCUCUUCGUAAUUGAAAAACUGAAGAUCGUAACACCCAUCAGAGACACAGAGGUGAAAGAGGGAAGCGAGAUUGUCUUCAACUGUGAGACGAACGAGGACGGAGCAAAAGCUAAGUGGCUGAAGAACCUGGAGACUAUAUUUGAUAGCAGCAAGUAUAUGAUGGCUCAGAGGGACAACGUCUUCUCCCUGAGGAUCCGGAAUGCCUCCAAGGCUGACCAGGCCGAUUACACGAUCUGCCUGACCAAUCAUAGAGGAGAACAGGCCAAGUGCUCGGCCCACGCUAGAGUCGCAGAGGAGGAGCUGAAGUUCCUGGAGCCCAUUGAGGACACUGAGACUCAGGAAAAGAAGACCAUUACUUUUAGGUGCAAGGUGAACCGACCAAAGGCGACCGUGCGGUGGAUGAAGAAUGGCGAGGAGGUGCCGCUCAGCAAACGCGUCGUCUACAAAACGGACGGCCUUACCCACACACUGACCGUUAAGGACUGCACCAUGGAUGAUGAGGGAGACUAUAGCGCUGUGGUCGGCGAAGACAAGUGCGCUGCUGAACUGAUCAUCAACGAGGCGCCGACAGACUUCACAACACAGCUAAAAGAUGAGACUGUUACCGAAUUUGAGGAUGCGGAGUUCACCUGCGAACUGUCCAAAGAGAAGGCCGAUGUCAAGUGGUACAGGAACGGUCGAGAGAUCCGAGAAGGACCAAGGUAUCGCAUGGAGAGAGAAGGUAAGACAUGCAGGCUGGUCAUCAUGGAGUGCAGACCGGACGACGAGUGUGAAUACGCCUGUGGCGUGGAAGAGACGAGGACCAGAGCAAGACUGUUUGUUGAAGAAAUCCCAGUGGAAAUAAUCCGACCGCCUCAGGACGUUAAUGAGCCUCCCGACACAGACGUGAUAUUUGAGGCGGAGUUAAACAAAGACAGGGUGGAGGUUAAGUGGAUGAGAAACAACAUGAUAAUCGUGCAGGGAGACAAGUACCAAAUGAUCACCGAAGGUAAAGUCCACAGACUGCAGGUGUGUGAGAUACGCCCUCGAGAUCAGGGCGAGUACAGAAUCGUGGCGAAGGACAAAGAUGCUCGAGCGAAGUUGGAGCUAGCGGCUGCUCCCAAGAUUAAAACCACAGACCAGAACCUGGUAACGGAUGCUGGCAAGCCAUUUGUCAUGACAGUUCCCUACGACGCUUACCCUCGUGCAGAAGCCGAGUGGGUUUUCAGUGGCAUUGGUUUACCUCAUCAGAACAUAGACACUUCAGUUGACAAGACAAUAUACCGCCUUAAAAGCCCUAGCAAGGAGGACCGGGGCAGGUACAAGGUGGUCCUUAGGAACAAGCAUGGAGAGGGAGAGGCUUUCAUUAAUCUGGAUGUGAUUGAUGUCCCUGGACCGGUCAAGAACCUGAUGGUGACUGACACUGCUGAUGGGGAGGUCAGUUUGGCCUGGGAGGAACCAGAGACUGAUGGCGGAAGCAAAAUCACGUCAUAUGUGGUAGAAAGGCGUGACGUGAAGCGAAAUACAUGGACACUGGCAACACAGCGUGCCGAUGCUCUUGAGUAUUGUGUCAGUGGCCUUCAAAAAGACUCUUGGUACCUGUUCAGAGUCUGUGCCACAAAUCGUGUUGGGAGUGGGCCUUUUGUUGUCACAGAGGACGCUGUUCAAGCCAAGAAUAAAUUCGACGCCCCAGAUGCUCCCGAGAAUGUAGCUGUCAGUGAGGUGAACCGAUUUGGCGCCACCGUUGUCUGGGAGCCUCCAAAGUUUGACGGUGGCGCAGAGAUCACUGCCUAUGUGAUCGAACUCCGGGACAGGACUUCUGUGAAGUGGGAGCCGGCCAUGGUCUGCGGUGCCGGCGAGCGCCUGGCCGUUCUCAAUGACGUGGUAGAGAACAAGGAGUACAUCUUCAGAGUGCGGGCUGAGAACAAGGCUGGCCUGGGCAAACCAAGUGCUGCCACCAAACCCGUCAAGAUCAUGGAUCCCAUUGAGAGGCCGAGCCCACCGCUCAACCUUAAUUUCAAUGACCAAACCAAGGAAGCCGUCACGCUCACCUGGGAGACACCUGCCAAAAAUGGCGGCAGCAUGAUCACUGGCUACAUCAUCCAGAAAUGUGAGGACGGCACAGACAAGUGGCUUCGCUGCAAUGCCAGACUGUGCCCGGACCUCUCCUACCGGGUUUCUGCACUGAAAGCUGGUCAAAAGUACCAUUAUAGGGUUUCUGCUGAGAAUGCCGCAGGCGUUUCUGAUCCAGCCGAACAACUUGGCCCGCUGCUCGCUGAUGAUCCUCACGUUGGUCCGACCUUUGAUCUAAGUGCCUUCAGGAAGGGAUUGGAGGUCAUUGUCCCUCAGCCGGUCACCAUCAGAGUUCCCAUCACUGGAUACCCUACCCCCACCUCCAAAUGGACCUUUAAAGAGAAGGAGUUGACAUCAGCAGAUGAGCGUGUCUCUAUGGUUACAAAACCCACAUACACUGAGCUAACAGUUAUGCCUAGUGUCCGCCCAGACAAAGGAACCUACACAAUUGAACUGGAAAACGAUGUUUCAUCCGUCUCUGGAGAGAUUGAAGUCAACGUUAUCGCAUGCCCCAGUGCUCCUAAAGACUUCAGGGUGUCAGAGGUGUCCAGACACCACGUCCACCUGAUGUGGGAGGCUCCUGAUCAUGAUGGAGGAAGUCCCGUCACACACUACCAAAUUGAGAAGAGAGAAGUUUCACGCAAGACGUGGGCCAAGGUGGCUACAGGAGUCCUAGACCUGGAGCAUACGGUGACCGAUGUAACUGAAGGGAAGGACUACCUUUUCAGUGUCACGGCCUGCAAUAAAUGUGGACCAGGAGAGCCGGCUUAUAUUGACGAGCCCGUCAACGUGUCCUCCCCAGCCACUGCACCCGAUGCUCCUGAAAACCUGAAGUGGCGUGACAAGACCAGCAAAGGCAUUUUCUUGUCCUGGGAACCUCCGAAGUAUGAUGGUGGUUCCCCAAUCAAAGGUUACAUUGUGGAGAAAUGUCAACGGGGGACCGACAAGUGGGAACCCUGCUCUGAUACAGUCCCUGAGCCAAAGUUUCAGGUGACUGGUCUGAUUGAGGGACAGUGGUAUGCCUACAGAGUCAGAGCUGUCAACAAGCUCGGACCUGGUCGACCUUGCAGGGCUACUGAUGAGAUCCAGGCCGUCGAUGCUAAAGAACCUCCAGAGAUUCAGCUGGAUGUGAAGCUGUUAGCUGGAUUGACUACCAGAGCCGGCAGCAAAAUUGAACUCCCAGCCGAGGUCAAAGGAAAGCCGGAUCCCCGUGUUAAGUGGACCAAGGCCGACUUGGUCCUACGGACUGACGAUCGGAUCAGCAUCGACACACAGCCAGGUUACUCCAAGGUGUCCAUUGCCAACACGAUCCGAAGCGACACUUCUACCUACAUCAUCGAAGCGGUCAACAUCUGUGGACGUGCAACUGCUACCGUUGAUGUCAACAUUCUUGACAAACCUGGUCCACCUGCUGCCUUGGACAUCUCUGAAAUCACCAACGAGUCUUGCCUCCUGGCCUGGAACCCUCCAAGGGAUGACGGUGGUUCACCCGUCACCAACUACAUCGUCGAGAGUCGGGAGACCGACAAGCCUGACUGGACCAAGCUUUCAGCCACAGUGAAACACACCACGUUCAAGGCUCGCAAGCUCACCCCUCUGAAGGAGUACGUCUUCAGGAUCAGUGCUGAAAACCAGUACGGCAUUGGAGAACCUGUGGAGCAUGUGCCAAUCAUUGCAAAGUAUCCAUUUGACCAGCCAGGCGCCCCCAGCAGAGUCACCCCCUCCGACAUCGCCAAGGACGCCGUGACCCUGAACUGGUUUGAACCAGACGAGGACGGCGGAAGUCCCAUCACCGGUUAUUGGGUUGAAAAGUAUGACCCCGACACCGAUAAGUGGAUCAGAUGCAACAAGUUGCCCAUCAAAGACACAACAUUCAGAGUGAAAGGGCUAACGACUAAAAAGAAGUACCGGUUCAGGGUUCUGGCUGAGAAUUUGGCCGGAACUGGAAAACCCAGCUCAGAAACAGACCCAGUUCUCAUCAAAGACCCCAUCGAUCCUCCAUGGGCUCCUGGCAAGCCUGUAAUCCGUGACGUGGGCAAGACCUCUGCCGUGCUGGCGUGGACCAAGCCCGAGCAUGACGGCGGAGCUAAGAUCGAAGGCUAUAUCAUCGAGUUCCAGAAAAGCGGAAGUGACGAGUGGAUCCAAAUUGCCGAGGACGUCCCCCAGACUGAACAUAAGCUCCAGGGUUUGGUGGAGAAGCAGGAAUACAUUUUCCGGAUCAAGGCUGUCAACAAAGUUGGCGUGAGUGAGCCCAGCGAGCCCUGUGACGCCGUGGUCUGCAAGGAGAGGCUCCAUCCACCAUCCGCGCCUCAGUGGCUGGAAGUAGCCAACAUCACCAAGAUCAACGCCGACCUCAAAUGGCAGGCUCCCAGCAGUGACGGGGGCUCGCCCAUCACCAACUACGUGGUGGAGAAACGGGACGUGCGACGCAAGACCUGGCAGACCGUGGACACAACGGUCAAGGAGCUGAAGUACACGGUGAGCCCUCUCAACGAGGGUUCGCUGUACGUGUUCCGCGUAGCUGCAGAAAACGCCGUUGGGAUGGGCGAGUUCUGCGAGCUGGAGGACGCUGUGCUUGCCAAGGACACUUUCACUACUCCUGGACCUCCUUAUGCUCUGACCGUGGUCGGGGUCACCAAGAGACACGUGGAGCUGAAAUGGGAAGCUCCAAAGAGCAAUGGUGGAAGACCCAUCACCAAGUACGUGAUAGAGAAGAAGGAGAAACUGGGAACCCGUUGGCUGAAGUGCUGCAAGACUCCAGACAGGCAGACACAGUUUAAGGUGACCGACGUGGACGAGGGCUCUGAGGUGCAGUUCCAAGUACGGGCAGAGAACGAGGCGGGAGUGGGAGAGCCGAGUGAACCCACCGAAGUCCUUACCAUCGAGGAUCCGACCAGUGCACCAUCCCCUCCCUUGGACCUGAUGGUGCCUGACAGCAGCAGAGAACACAUCAACGUGUCGUGGAAGCCGCCAGUCAAGGACGGUGGCUCCCCGAUCACUGGCUACCACGUGGAGGUGGCUGAGGCCCGCCCUGAGCUAAAGUGGUUGCGGGUUAACAGCAGACCUAUCAAAGAGCCUAAGUUCAAAAUCGAGGACGGAAUCAAACCAGAGAAGAAGUACGUCAUCCGGGUUCGUGCCAUUAACGCUAUCGGCGUUAGCGAACCCUCUGAGCUCUCCGACAAGGUGUUUACAAAGGAUCCAGACUGUGCCCCAAAAUUGGACCUGGACACGCAGGAUGUGGUGGUGAUUGAGGGGGAGAAGCUGCACCUGAACGUCCCUUACAAGGGCAUCCCGACUCCAAACAUGGUGUGGCGGAAGGACACGGUGGAAUGCAAAAAGGAUGAGCGUCUCUCCAUGACAGUGGAGAUGAACAGUGGUCAUCUGGAGCUACUCAGAUGCACACGUGCUGACGCCGGUGUCUAUAAUAUCACCCUGGAAAACAGUCUGGGGACCGCCAACGGGAGUAUUCAUGUCAAAGUAAUCGGGCUCCCUGGUCAGUGCAAAGACAUCAGCUCCAGCGAUGUCACGAAGGAUUCCUGCAAGAUCAGCUGGGAAGCCCCCGAGGACGACGGCGGGACGCCGGUCCUUAGUUACACACUGGAACGUCGUGAAGCGUCCAAGAAGACCUACAUGCCCGUCAUGUCAGGGGAGAAUGUUCUUUGUUGGAUGGUUAAAGACUUGUACGUCAACUGCGAGUACUACUUCCGGGUCAAGGCUGUCAACAAGGUCGGCCCAGGAGCGUUUCUGGUGCUGCAGAACCCUGUCAUUAUAGAGGAGGUUAAGAAGAAACCAGACCCACCGAUCCAAGUGGAAGCUCGUGACCCAACAUCCAAAUCCAUCACCAUCACCUGGAAAGCUCCCGAUUACGACGGUGGUUGUCCCAUCCAAGGCUACGUUGUGGAGAAGAUGGAGAAGGACGGGGAUCGCUAUGAGAGGGUUACCCCAAGCUUGGUCCCCGGUUUCUCCUAUGUGGUGACAGGUCUGAAGGAAGACACUGAAUAUCAGUUCAGGGUUCGAGCCGAGAACGCUGCUGGAGUCAGUGAGCCCUCGCGAAGCACACAACUCAUAAAGGCUGCUGACCCUGUCGAAAAACCGAGUGUCGCCCUGCACGCCAACGUGCAGUCUGGUUUGUGCAUUAAGAGAGGUGAGGAAAUCUGCAUCAAUGCAAAGAUCUCCGGUUCGCCUUACCCGAAGAUCACUUGGAUGAGGAACAAUGAGGACGUCACCAAAGAGCCUACAAAGACUUUUGUCCCGCUGGUCAAGAAGAAGACAAGAUCUAAGGUUCCCGAACCCAAGGAAGAAUUUGUGACGCCAAUGCGUGAGCGCCUCGGUCUGGACCAGACUAAGAAGGGACACUCUGCACUGAUGAUCCGAGAGGCUAUAAGAAGUGACCAUGGUAACUUCACCAUUGAGGUGAAGAACAUUCAUGGCGUUGCCAGCGCCUCUUGCGUUGUUAAUGUUCUCGACAAACCUGGCCCACCCUUCAAUUUCACCUUCGAUGACAUCAAGAACACCUCAGUAAUAUGCAACUGGGAGCCUCCUGAAGAUGACGGCGGCAGUGAAAUACUGAACUACAUCCUGGAGAAAAAGGAUAACAAGAACGAUGCCGUUGGCUGGAUCACCAUCACGUCCACCCUGAAGGGUACCGGCUUCCCCGUCACUAAGCUGAUCGAAGGGAAAGAGUACAUCUUUAGAGUUACUGCAGAAAACAAAUUUGGAUGUGGACCGCCAUGCAUCUCCGAACCAAUGGUUGCCAAGAACCAAUUUGAUCCUCCUGAUGCUCCGAACACCCCAAGGGUUCAUGAAGUGACAGCAAGCUCCGCCCACAUCUCCUGGCAUGAGCCAAAGGACAAUGGCAGUCCGAUUCUAGGCUACUGGAUUGAGAAGAAGGAGGUGAACAGCAAAUAUUGGACUCGUGUCAACCGUGCUCUCCUCAACUCUCUGGAGGUGAAGGCCAGCGGUCUGAUGGAGGGACUCAGCUAUAUCUUCAGGGUGUGUGCCGAAAAUCUGGCUGGGCCCGGACCUUUCAGUGAGCCCACGGACCGCAUUGUUGCUAUGGAUGCUAUCUUGCCUCCUGGGCCCCCAAUACCACGGGUCGUGGACACUGGGAAGGACUCAAUCAAUGUGGCAUGGAAGCCACCUUUGUUCAACGGAGGAGGGGACAUCCUGGGAUAUCAUGUCGAGAAGGUGGUGGUUGGUGAAAAGGACUGGACUCGCAGCACAGAGUUCAGGUGCAAAGAACUGACCUACAACGUCACAGGUCUGACUGAAGGAGCCGAUUACUACAUCCGAGUCAUCGCCGUUAACGAAGCAGGUCCUGGAGCUCCUGGUGUCACAGAACCCGUCACCGUCAAAGAGCCUCAAGAACCUCCCGCUGUUGACUUUGAGCUCUCUGUGAGGAACGGUGUGAUCAUCAAGGCCGGAGAGUCCUUGAAGCUUCCCGCCAUAGUCACUGGCCGGCCCCCGCCUGAGGUUAAGUGGGCUAAAGAUGAUGCUGAAAUUGACAAGGAGAGAAUGCUAGUGGAGACGGACGGCAAGAACAGCUCUCUGUUCAUCAAAAAGGCAGUGAGGGCGGAUCACGGAAAGUACCAGAUUUCUGGAACCAACAGCAGCGGGACUAAGGCCGCUGAAACCAGAGUGGACGUCAUGGAUGUCCCAGGCCCUGUGAUUGACUUGAAGACUGUGACAGUGACCAAGAAGAACAUCACCCUCACCUGGUCCGAUCCGCUAGACAAUGGUGGAAGUGACAUCUUUGGUUACGAGGUUCUAAGGAAAGAUGCCAAGAUGAAGCUCUUCCGGCAGCCUAUUGAGGUGGCGUCCUGCAAGUGCGACAUCCAGGGCUUACUGGGCGGCGAAGAGUACAUUUUCAGGGUCAUUGCCCGAAACAAGUAUGGAGAAGGCGCUCCAACGGAUCUUGGGCCCAUCCUAGCUGAAGAUCCUAAAGCUACACCGUCUGCUCCUGAGAAGCUCCAUUACACUGACAGAAGCAAGAACACUAUCACACUUGCCUGGCAACCACCACGCAACGACGGUGGUAGCCCUAUCAUAGGCUACUACGUCGAGAAGAUGAGAUCCGACGGCGGUGAAUUUGACGUGGCUAACCACAAGAUGUUUCCCAAGUGCUGUGGUACCAUUGAGAACUUGUCAGAUAACCAGGAGUACCAGUUCCGUGUCAAAGCUGUAAAUGAGGUCGGGGAUGGGCCACCAUCCAGGCCAAUCACAGCCAAUAUUCAGGAUGAUAAAAUUCCACCAGCGAUUACAAUUCUGAAGUACUUCAAAGGCAACGCCAUCAUUGUGAAGAAAGGCUCUGACGUUGACAUUCCAGCUGAAGUGAAGGGACUUCCUCUUCCAACACUCAAGUGGAUGAAGGACGACGAGGAGCUGGACAAACCAAACAGAGAAAUGAUGACAAUUGAAACGGAAGAGGUCAAUCGUACCACACUGAGGACGACACUAUCCUUGCCAAAAAGCACCAGACAAGACACAGGCAAAUACAAACUGCUGGCUGAAAACUGCCACGGAAAAUCUCAGCACAUAAUCCGCGUGGAGAUCUUGGACCGCCCUCUUCCCCCAAGGAAUAUUGUUGUCUCUGACAUCAAGGCUGACUCGUGCUACCUGACCUGGGAUGCCCCGGAAGACAACGGGGGCAGUGAGAUCACAAACUACGUCAUUGAACGCAGAGAUGCCAGCAAGAAAAAAUCCGAUUUUGAGGCAAUGACCUCCAACCUCAUUGACCGGCGAUUUGGGGUCUACAAACUGACUAUGAAUGGUACGUAUCAGUUCAGAAUCAAGGCAGAGAAUAAAUACGGGCUCAGCGACGGCUGUGACUCAGAGAAAGUAGAACUGAAGGAUCCAUUUGGCCUACCCGGACCGCCACGCAACCCCAAGAUCGUUGCUGCCACGUCAAACACGAUGACUCUGACUUGGGAGCCUCCGCUCGACAACGGCGGCGCCACAAUUCAAGGCUAUUGGCUAGAGAAGAGGGAACGUGGAGCUGUGUACUGGGCGCGAGUUAAUCGCUGCUCCGUCACCAAACCGGCGAUCAGGGGUCUGGAGUACACUGUUUUCAAGCUCAUUGAAGGAACAGAGUACCAGUUCAGGGUGGCGGCAGGCAAUGCUGCAGGUAUCGGGCCUCCCAGCGAGGCUACAGAGUGCCGCUUUGCUGUGGAUCCAUGCAACACUCCAAGCUCACCUGGAUCCCCUGUGGUCAAAGACAAGACCAAGAACAGUAUCACACUCGCCUGGAGUCCCCCGGAAAGGGAUGGUGGCAGUCCGGUCAAGGGUUACAUCGUUGAGGUCCAUGAGGAAGGUUCUCCUGACUGGAGAAGGGUGACUCCUGCAGAAAAGCUCCAUCAAUCUACUGAGAUAACUGUUCCCGAUCUUAAGGAGGGCAAAAAGUGCAAGUUCAGGAUUUACGCUGUGAACGCUGUCGGCAACUCUGAGCCUGCCAAGACCGCUGAUAUCCUGGUUCAGGAUAUUUUGAUCGAGCCAACGGUGUCUCUGGAUGUGAGCGCUCAGGACUUGUUGAACUGUAGGGCUGGAACCACCAUCAAGAUACCCGCCACCAUCACCGGGCGUCCAGUGCCUAAAGUCACCUGGAACUUUGACGGAACAGCCGAGACUGAGAAGAAAUAUGAACUUCACACACUUCCCAUUGACUCUGAGAUUCACUCCACUGACACAACCUCCCUGGUCGUCAUCCCCGACUGCAAACUGAACCACGGUGGCCGCUACAUCCUCAAUGUGGAGAACCCCGCCGGACACAAAGUGGUCAAAGUGCGAGUCAACGUGCUCGACAUACCAGGACCUCCUCGGGAUCUGAAGGUGAGCGACGUGACGAGAGGCACUUGCAGACUCACCUGGAAACCUCCGGAGAGUGACGGAGGAGAUCGGGUGAAGAGCUACUUCCUUGAGAAGAAGACAGUGGAGGGAAAAGCCUGGACCAAGGUGAAUACAUCCUGUGCUGCGCAGUCCUUUGUGGUCCCAGACCUGAUUGAGGGUCAGGAUUACCUGUUCAGAGUCCGUGCCGAAAAUCGAUUUGGUUUUGGGCCGUACGUGGAAACCCCUGAGGGAACCAAAGCCAAAGAUCCCAUCCAUCCUCCAGAUCCUCCGACCAGACUAAAGAUCCAGAGUGUGAGAAAGGCCACAGUGGCCCUCACGUGGAAGGCUCCCAAAAACGAUGGCGGCUCACCUGUCACACACUACAGCGUUGACUUACUCUGCUGGGAUGCCAGUGGCACUCAGAAGGAGUCUUGGAGGAGGUGCAACAGGCGAGACAUCGACGUCACAAGCUUUAAGGUGGAGGACCUGACCGAGCGAGAUGAAUACGAGUUCAGAGUGAUUGCUUACAACAAGGCUGGACCGAGCCGACCGUCUUCCACUGCUGGGCCCAUUCUCAUUCAGGACCAGACCUGCGCUCCGUCCAUCGAGAUGAAGGAGUUUAUGGAGGCUGAGCAGGGCAGUGACAUCAGUAUCGUGGCCAAGAUUCGUGGCUGUCCAUUCCCAACACUCACCUGGUACAAGGCGCCGCCCCACAAGACCGAUAAAAAGGUGGAGGUCUGCUACGAUGAACACAUCAACAAGAUGGUGUCGGACGACAGCUGCACGCUAGUGAUACAGCAAGGGAAACGUCCUGACACCGGUCUCUAUACACUGGUGGCCUCCAACAGCAUUGGCAAAGCGUCCAAGGAAAUGAGGCUCAAUGUGCUUGGCCGCCCUGGUCCUCCCUCUGCUCCUAUUAAGUUUGAAGAGGUUGGCUCUGAGAGGAUCACUCUAUCCUGGCUGCCACCAAAGGACGAUGGUGGUUCCAAAGUCACUAACUACGUCAUCUGGAGGCGUGUGGCCAACAGAAAGACCUGGGUCCCCGUCACCAGCGAACCCAAAGAACGCGUUUGGACGGUCGAAAACCUAAUGGAGGGCCACGAGUAUGUGUUCCGCAUUAUGGCCCAGAACAAAUAUGGCGUUGGAGAACCACUAGACAGUGAUCCAGAGGUGGCCAGAAAUAUCUACACUGUCCCUGGCCAGUGUGAGAAGCCAACCAUAUCCAAUGUCAGCCUGGACUCCAUGACUGUGAACUGGGAGGAGCCUGAGAAUGAUGGUGGCACCCCGAUCACCGGUUAUUGGUUGGAACGCAAGGAGACCACGGGUAAACGAUGGAGCCGUGUCACCCGUGACCCCAUCCGCCCCAUGGGUCUGGGUGAAUCGUUUACAGUGAGCGGACUGGUUGAGGGCUCUGAGUAUCUGUUUAGAGUUAUUGCAAUCAACGCUGCGGGACCUGGACUCCCCAGUGUCCCGAGUGACCCCACGUUUGCAAGAGACCCCAUCUCCCCACCCUCUCCUCCAACACCAAAGGUUUCAGAUUGGACACGGUCCACCGUGGAUCUGGAAUGGAUCCCGCCACUGAAGGAUGGAGGCUCCAAAAUCAUAGGCUACUGGGUCGAGUACAAGGAGGAGGGCACUGAAGCCUGGAUCAAGGCUAAAGAUACUGAAAUCCGAGGUACCCGCUUUGUGAUUGCCGGAUUGAAGACCGGUGCACAGUACAGGUUCAGAGUCAUGGCCUUCAACCUUGCUGGUAACAGUGAGCCAGGCGAAGUGCCAGAGGCGCUUACGGUCAAUGAUAGAAGCGUUGCCCCUGAGAUUGAUCUGGAUGCCUCAGUGAAGGAAAGGAUCGUGGUCCAUGCUGGUGGCGUGAUCCGGAUCAUCGCUUACGUGUCAGGCCAGCCAUCACCAGAAAUCUCCUGGAGCAGAGAUGGAGCAGCACUGCCCCCAGAGGCCAAUGUGGAAACAACAGCCAUUAGCUCAUCUUUGGUCAUCAAACCAUGUGCCAGAAGGCAUCUCGGCAUCUACACUCUGACUGCCAAGAACUCUGCAGGGGAGAAGAAGAAAAACAUUUCCGUGGAUGUGCUGGAUGUCCCUGGGCCCGUCGGCAUCCCCUUGACGGCCGAGAACCUGAGCAGCGAUUCCUGCAAGCUCAACUGGUAUUUCCCAGAGAAUGACGGCGGCUCACCCAUCAGCAACUACGUGAUACAGAAGCGUGAAGCCGAGCGAAAGGCCUGGACGUCGCUGUCGUUCACCGCCAGCCGACAGAACGCUGUGGCUACCGGCCUCACCUCAGGCAAGGCCUACUUCUUCAGAGUAGCCGCCGAGAACGUCAUCGGCAUGGGACCCUUCAUGGAGACGUCAGCCGAGAUCAUCAUCAAGGAACCGAUGAGUGUGCCCGACCGACCUGAAGAGCUCGAAGUCACUAAGGUCACGAAAGAUUUGAUCAACGUCUCCUGGAAAGCACCCAAGUUUGAUGGUGGCUCUGAGAUCACUUCGUACGUCCUGGAGGCUCGCAUGAUUGGCAAGGACAAGUUUACCAGAUUGACGAAGGAGAAGCUGAUGGAGAGGAAGUACACUUUUGACGGACUGAGGGAGGGUGACACCUAUGAGUUCCGGGUUAUCGCCGUCAACGAGGUUGGACCGGGCAAGCCGUCGUUCUGCACCAAACCAAUCACCUGCAAGGAUGAACUAGAGCCACCAACCAUUGAACUGGACUUCCGUGACAAGAUCGUAGUCCGAGUUGGUGAAAGCUUCAUGCUGCAGGGCCGGUACACCGGCAAGCCCUCCCCUUCCAUCGUGUGGUACCGAGACGACGAGGAGCUCAAGGCUGACAAACACGUCAUGUUCAAGAACACGCUGACCUCCAUGUCGCUGGGUUUGAUGAAGGCCCAGCGCCAACACAGUGGCCGUUACAUGGUGGUGGUGGAGAACAGCAGCGGGUCCAGGAAGGGAGUCUGCAACGUCACAGUUGUCGACCGGCCAAGUCCUCCAGUGGGACCGGUGGUCUUUGACGAGGUACAUCGCGAAUACAUGGUGAUCUCCUGGAAACCUCCUCUGGACAGCGGCGGAGUCGAGGUCUCCAACUACAUCAUUGAGAAGAGAGACACCAACAGAGAAAUGUGGACCACGGUCACUUCAGCCUCCACCAAGACCACAUGCAAGAUCCCUAAACUGACAGAGGGCAGGGAGUACAUCAUGCGGAUUUUUGCGGAGAACAUGUACGGUAUCAGCGACCCACUGGAGUCCGAGGAAAUGAGAGCCAAAGAUCUCUUCAGAGUCCCAGAGGCCCCUGAGAUGCCAACCGUCCGAGAAGUCUACGCCACCAACGCUCUAGUUCUGUGGAACAGGCCUCGGGACGGAGGCAAGCCCAUCACCAACUACAUCCUGGAGAAGAAGGAGACGGCCGCCAAAAGGUGGUCAAGGGCCACAAGAGAACCCAUAUACCCUGCUACGCAGUUCAGAGUCCAAGACUUGGUGGAGGGCUGUGAGUACGAGUUCCGAGUCAUGGCCGAAAAUGAGUUGGGAAUCGGAGACCCUAGUGUCCCCUCAAAGCCCAUUCUUGCCAAGGAUCCCAUUGUGCGGCCCAGUCCUCCGGUCACCCCCGAGGCCUACGAUAAGACAAAAGACUCAGUCAGUCUCAGGUGGAAGACGCCUCGUCAUGACGGAAGGGGAAAGAUACUCGGCUAUCUUGUGGAGUACCAGAAGCCGGGAUUGGUGGACUGGAUUCAGGCUAAUAAGAGUCCGGAGGAGUGCCCUGACCUGAACUAUGUGGUGAAAGGGCUGGCUGACGGCCAGGAGUACGCCUUCAGGAUCUACACCGUCAACGCGGCGGGGAAAUCGGACCCGGCCCAUGUUAAAGAUACCGUGAAGGUCCAUGACAGACUGGAGGCGCCAGAGUUGCUUCUAGAUGCCAACAUGUCACGUGACCAUCUGGCCAUGCUGGGUACCGACAUCACCCUAAGUGCUACCAUCAAGGGUGUGCCGACCCCCACCGUCAGCUGGAAGAAAAAUGACGGCGAAAUGCCGUCCCACAUCACUGUUGCUGUCACCUCCACCGGCAGCAAGGUCUUCAUCCCCAAGUGUGUCCGCCCCGACUCGGGCAAAUACACUCUCAUGGUGGAAAAUGCCGCCGGAAAGAAAACGGCGACCGUGGACGUCCUGGUUCUGAACAAGCCAUCGCCUCCAAGAGAUCUGGUAGUCUCUGAGGUGACCAGGGAGUCUGCAUACCUAACUUGGAAAGCCCCAGAGGACAACGGUGGCGCCAUUAUCUCCAAUUAUGUUGUGGAGAAGAAGGAUGUGGCCGCCGAGCAGUGGGUCCCGGUCUCCGCCUCCAAUAAGAAGCGGAGUUUGAUGGCCAUGUAUCUGAUGGAAGGAAUCCAGUACCUGUUCAGAGUUGCAGCCGAAAACCAGUUUGGGAGGAGCGACUAUGUGACAACAAAGACGCCCAUCAAGGCCGUCGAUCCUCUCUAUCCACCCGGCCCACCAAAGAACUUACACCACACUGACGCAGACAAAACGGAGGUGUGGCUGGAGUGGGAGUGGCCCGAUCGCGACGGUGGGAGCGAAAUCACCGGCUUCAUCAUCGAGCACCAGGAAGAAAAUCAAGUGGAUUGGGCCCCUUUCAAGACAGUUUCCAAUAACCACACACACGUCACAGGUCUGAAGGAAGGCAAGACCUACCGCUUCCGUGCGAUGGCUCAAAAUGCUAUCGGUAUUAGUCGCCCUGACACCAGCGUCCCCGUCACCUGCCAGGAGAAAACAUUGCCACCCACUAUUGAAGUCGAUGUAAAGCUCAUUGAGGGUAUUGUUGUUAAGGCGGGAAGCAAUGUUGUCCUCCCCGCCAAAAUGACUGGAAUCCCUAACCCAACUGCCAAGUGGAUGACGGAUGGUAAAGAAAUAACAUCUGAGGGCCGCUAUAAGAUCGAGUCCGCCGGAAGUACCACGGUCAUGAGCAUCGCAGACUGCAAGAGAGGAGACACUGGGGAAUUCAUCCUCACGGUGUCCAACCCCGCGGGCAGCAAGAGUGCUGCUCUGCAUGUCACUGUGCUCGACCUUCCAGGUGCACCCAUCGGACCCAUUAACAUCUUAGAGGUAACCCCUGAUCACAUGAUGAUACAAUGGAGGCCACCUAAAGAUGAUGGCGGUACACCCAUUACCAAUUAUGUGGUUGAAAAGAAAGACUUGAAGAAACCGUGGGAGCCCUGGUCAGUAGUGAGCUCCAGUGGUAUCGGCACCAAAGCCAAGGUAUCCCGCCUGGAGCAGGGUCGUGAGUACAUCGUUCGCGUCCGCGCAGAAAACAAGAUUGGAAUCGGUGCCGGGCUUGAGAGUCCUCCGACUAUUGCGAAGCAUCUGUUCAACCCUCCUGGCCCACCAGGCCUCCCAAUGUGCUCGGAUAUCACAGAGAAUGCUGUGACAGUGGAAUGGUCCUUGCCUGACUAUGAUGGAGGCAGUCCUAUUAGUGGCUAUGUGGUUGAACGCAGAGAAAUGACAGGGAAGUGGAUCCGUGUGAACAAAAUUUCUGUAUUGGACCUCAGAUACAGAGUCUCGGGUCUAUUUGAAGGCAACAGUUAUGAGUUCAGAGUCUUUGCCGAGAACAUUGCUGGUGUUAGUGAGCCAUCCCUCACCUCUGACCCCGUCAGGGCCACUCGAGCUAUCACUAAACCAGGACCUCCUAUAAAUCCUAAACUGAAGGACUGGAGUAAAUCCUAUGCUGAUAUCUGCUGGACCAAACCAACAAGGGAUGGUGGCAGUCCAAUUUUGGGCUAUUUUGUUGAGAUUCAGAAGUCAGGAUCUGCCCAGUGGGACAGGAUCAACAAGGAACUCAUCAAAAUGUGUGCCUACAGAGUCCAAGGCCUAAUCGAAGGUAUGGAAUACAGAGUCCGUAUCAGAGCGACAAACAAAGUUGGAGACAGUGAACCCCGGGAGCUGAGUGAGACCAUAUUGGCAAAGGACAUUCUUGUUCCUCCUGAGAUUUUUGUUGAUGUGUCGUGCCGGGACUCUCUGACUGUCAGGGCUGGUCAGAUCAUAAGUUUGAUGACUAGAGUCAAGGGCAGACCUGACCCAGAGAUCACAUGGACCAAGGAUGCCAGAACCUUGUCUCGGGAAAAGCGCACUGAGCUGAAUAACAACUAUCCUUUGUGUGAAUUGGUCAUCAAUGAUUCCGUCAGAUCAGAUUAUGGCAAAUACUCCAUUGUUGCCAAGAACAGCAGUGGACAGGCACAAGCCACUAUUCUUGUCAAUGUAUUGGACACACCUGGAGCUUGCCAGAAUAUAAAGGUGGCCUAUGUGACCAAGAACUCUUGCAUGGUGUCAUGGGAGAAUCCAGAGGACAAUGGAGGCACAGAGAUCACCCAGUACAUUAUUGAGCACCGUCAGCCAAACCAGAGAGGAUGGACAGUUGUGUCCAAUGACUGUACAAAGCGCCUAAUGAAAGCCCCUCUCUCAGAGGGCUGUGAGUACUUUUUCCGCGUUAGCGCCGAAAACAAAAUCGGUGUCGGACCACCCAUUGAAACCAAAACAGCCGUGCUGGCGGUGGACCCAAUCGAAAAACCUGGCGAACCCAUCGACUUCCAUAUUGCCGAGAUUGGCAAAACCUUCUGCUUCCUCAAGUGGAAGAAGCCCGACUACGAUGGAGGCAGUCGAAACCUGGCUUACCAUGUGGAGAAGAAGCCAAAAGAGGCUGAGGAGUGGGAGAGACUUCACAAGGGUGCAAUCAAAGAGACCUACUUCAUGGCUGACAGGUGCAUUGAAAACAAGGUCUACCAGUUCAGAGUUCAGACAAAGAAUGAGGGUGGUGAAAGCAAGUGGGUGACCACAGCUGAAGUGCUGGUCAAGGAACAGCUUGUUGAACCAGAAAUUAAGAUCAAAUUGGAUGGAACCCUUGUAGUUAGGGCAGGAGACUCUAUUGCGAUCGACUCAAUAGUUAAGGGUAAACCUCAGCCUGAUGUCAAAUGGACUAAGGAUGACAGCACCGAGGAGAUAAGAAAGAGCCCCAGGCUUCAGAUAGAAACUGGUUCUGACUUCUCGAAGCUGCUGCUGACCCCUGCUCGGCGUACAGACAGUGGCAAAUACGUCGUCAGUGCUUCAAACAUUGCGGGGACAUGCUCCGCGCAUGCUAAUGUCAAUGUAUUGGACCGACCUGGCCCCGUCAGUGAUCUCAAGGUUUCCGGCAUCACCGUCGACAGGUGCCGUUUAUCCUGGAAUACCCCAGAAGAUGAUGGAGGCUGUGAGAUCUACAACUACAUCAUUGAAAAAUGUGACACCAAGAGGGGUGUCUGGUCCGUCCACUCAAACGCUGUCAUCACCAACAAAGCUAAUGUUACUCGUCUUAUCGAAGGAACCGAAUAUAUCUUCAGAGUUCGUGCGGAGAAUAAAAUGGGUUCUGGCCCUGCAGUGGAGAGUGAAGCCAUUGUAGCUGGCACUGAGUUUAGUGUCCCAGGAGCCCCUGAAACACCAGAGGUCACAAAGAUGUCAAAGGAGGAGAUGACUGUGCAGUGGUCAGAGCCUGAGAAAGAUGGUGGAAAGCCAAUCACCGGUUACCUGUUGGAAAAGAAAGAGGAACAUGCUGUAAGGUGGUCUCCUGUUAACAAAGAGGCCACCCCUAGAACUUGCUUGACGGUGACAGGACUGCUACCCCUCCAUGAAUAUCAAUACCGAGUGAAAGCAGUCAACGAAAUUGGGGUCGGCAAUGCAAGCAAAGCCUCGCGUGCCGUCUCGGCUAAGGAUGCACUUGAACCACCUGCACCACCGACCAACUUGAAGGUCCUGGACAGCACAAAGUCGAGCGUAACGCUCGGCUGGACCAAGCCUGUGUCAGAUGGCGGAGCUCCCAUAAUCGGCUACGUUGUUGAGAUGAGGUUGAAGGGAAGUGGCAAAAAAGGAGACGACAGUUGGAAACGGUGCAAUGUGGCUGCUCAGCUUGUCGUUUGCGAGUUCACUGUCACGAGUCUGGAUGAAAAACUUCUGUACGAGUUUCGAGUUUCAGCUCAAAACCAGGUGGGCCUCAGCCUGCCCUGUGACCUGGAGGCAGCUGUGAACCCCAAGGAGAUACUCGAGGCACCGGAGAUUGACUUGGAUGCCAAUCUAAAAACGGGGCUAACUGUAAGAGCCGGUUGUCCCAUCAGACUAUGUGCUACCAUAAGAGGUAGACCACCUCCCAAAGUCACUUGGAGGAGGAUGGGCAUUGAUAAUGUAGUCAGGAAGGGCCAUGUCGACAUCAUCGACACCAUGACCUUCCUGGUCAUACCUGAUAGCACCCGCGAUGACUCUGGAAAAUACUGUCUGACUGUGCGCAGUCCUGCGGGAGAAAAGGCUGUUUUUGUGACUGUUAAGGUUCUUGAUACCCCAGGACCUGUGAUCAACCUGGAAGUCAGUGACAUCAAACAGACAUCAGCCAUGCUGUCUUGGAGCCCUCCAGAGAUCGACGGUGGCAGUGAAAUUACUCACUACAUUGUUCAGAAACGUGAAAUUGAUCGGAAGACGUGGGGAACGGUCAAAGCCGAAGUUGAGAAGGAUAAGAUCCCCUUUAAGGUCAGCGGUCUCAUGCCGGGCACAGAGUACUACUUCAGAGUGACUGCUGUCAAUGAGUAUGGUCCAGGAGUUCCCAAGGUGUCACCCACUUCCUACCUAGCCUCUGAUCCUGUCAGCAAACCUGAUCCCUGUGAGAAGAUUGAAGUUCUGGAAAUCACAAAAAACAGUGCCACAGUUGGCUGGGUGAAGCCUGCAAGGGAUGGCGGAGCAAAGAUUGAUGGCUAUGUAAUUGAGUACAUGGAACUCAAGCCUCUUCCUGUCCCUAAAGCACCUGCAGAGGUCCCGGAUGGAGAAGUAGCUCCUCCACCGCCUCCAGUAGUUCCAGAUGUGGGGGAGCCGGAGAAAGCGACAUGGAAUGCCUACACAACUGUCAAGGGGUUGAGCAUCAGCAUCAGUGGCCUAAAAGAGGGAAAGAGGUACAGGUUCAGAGUGGCUGCCAAAAACAUGAUGGGCUUAAGCCUGUUCACAGAGAGCAGAGAGCCGGUGGAGAUUAAGGAACAGACAUUGGAGCCAAAGAUCGUAAUGGCAGAGACGGUCAGCGCCAAAGCCGGAGCAAAGCUAAGGGUAGAGGCGCUGGUUUCUGGGAAACCUUCUCCGACCUGCGAGUGGAUGUCCGGCGGAGUCCCACUGGUGUCGUCAAGUCGUCUGGCAGUGCACCGCUCUGGCAACAUGUGCGUCUUGAUCAUCAAGGACGUCUCAAGGACAGACAGCGGGGAGUACAGCCUCGUGGCGGCAAACAGCUCUGGAAAAGUGGCUCAGGCCCUGAAAAUUAUCAUCAGAGAUAUUCCCGGACCUCCUGUGGGUCCUGUUGGAAUCAGCGACAUUGACGCGGAUGCUUGCUCGCUGUCCUGGAGCAGUCCGUUGGAGGAUGGAGGCAGCAAAAUCACAAAUUACCUGGUGGAGAAGUGUGAUGUCAGUCGAGGUGACUGGGUGACCGCUGUUUCCUCCGGCCAGAAGACCAGCUGUAGGCUGGGGAAACUCGUUCCAUUGAAAGAGUAUGUGUUCCGCAUCCGUGCUGAGAACCGCUACGGAGUGUCCGACCCUCUGCAGUCCGACAGAAUGAUCGCCAAGUUUCCAUUUGAUGUUCCGAGCGAACCUCUUAACUGCCACGUCAACAAAACCAACAAGGACUGCAUGUUUGUGGCCUGGGACAAGCCGGAGACUGAUGGCGGCAGCCCCAUUACGGGUUACUACAUCGAGCGCAAAGAAAGAAACAGCCUUAUAUGGGUGAAGGCUAAUGACACUGUUGUCCGGAGCACCGAGUACCCCUGCGCUGGCCUGAUCGAAGGCCUGGAGUACACUUUUAGGGUCUCCGCCAUCAACCGUGCUGGUCAAGGAAAGCCAAGCAAGAAGACCGACUUUGUAACUGCUAGAACACCCAUUGAUACACCGGGGAAACCAGAAGUCCUGGACAUGACCAAGAACUCUGUCACUCUUGUAUGGGGCCGACCCAAGAACGACGGCGGUAGCAAGAUUAUCGGCUACUAUGUAGAGGCCCUGCGGUUGCCUGGAGAACUAUGGGUGCGCUGUAACACCAGCACCCAAAACGUCCCAAAGGAGGAGUACACCGUGACUGGUCUAGAGCGAGACCUGCGGUACCAGUUCAGAGUCAUUGCCAAAACAGCUGUCAACAUUAGCAAACCCUCAGAGCCCACAGAUGCUAUCCUGGUCUGUGCUGAGAAUGUUCCUCCAAGGAUAGAACUUAAUGCCAGAAUGCAGAAGGGUUUGAAGGUAAAGGCUGGGUCUACAAUUCUUCUGGAGGCUGAUGUGUCUGGUAAACCAAUGCCCAAAGUCUCCUGGAAAAAAGGUGAUGACACCCUGAGGUCAAGUGAAGGCCAGGUUAUCAGCCAGCAGAGACACCAUUUCCAAAUGGAAAUUACAUCCGUCACCAAGGAACACACCGGAAUGUUUACCAUACUUGCGGAAAAUAACAGUGGAUCCAAGACUGCAGACAUUGAGGUUACAGUUUUAGAUGUGCCCGGACCACCUGCCAGUGCCAAGUACCUUGAAGUCUUUGCCACCAGAAUAAAGUUGUCUUGGGAGCCACCUUUAAAGGAUGGUGGCUCCCCUGUUCAGAACUACAUUUUGGACAAGCGUGAGACCAGCAGAGCCAACUGGGCGCAGGUUUCCUCGAAGAUCAAGGGUGACAAUCUUGAACUAAGUGUGGAGAAACUUAUCGAAGGACACGAAUACCAGUUCAGAAUCAGAGCUGAGAAUACCUGGGGAGUUGGAGACAGUCUCAUCACUAAACCCGUCAUUGCCAAGAACCCAUUCACUAUCCCGGGCCCCUGCGAGGCUCCAGUAAUCACCAAUGUCACCAAGGAGGCGAUGACCGUGAGCUGGAAGGAGCCCAGUGAUGAUGGAAAGUCCGUCAUUCUGGGUUAUAUGCUUGAGAGAAAGGAAACCAAGGAGAUCAACUGGACCAAGAUGAACAGGAAACCCUUAACGGAAAGGAUCUUUGUUGCUUCAGGCCUUACCGAGGGUACUGAGUAUGAAUUCAGAGUCAUUGCCGUCAAUGUGGCAGGACCUGGAAAACCCAGUGAGCCCUCGGCUGGUGCAACCGCACAGGAUCCCAUCACUCCUCCCGGUCCUGUGCUGAAACCCAGUGUCACCGACACCACCCACGGCACUUUAAGCUUGACCUGGACUGCCCCUGCCUACAAUGGCGGAAGCCCGGUCUUGGGAUACCUGGUGGAGUGCAGGAGGACGGACACCACAGACUGGAUCCGCUGCAAUGUUCCGAGGAACUUGCAGGACACCAACUACACGAUACAGAACCUCAUACACAAGGCCGAGUACCAGUGCCGUAUCACUGCUGUCAAUAAGGUUGGCUUCGGCGAGCCAGUCGAAGUACCCGGCAAGCACAUCGCCCAGGACAUCAGUGUACCUCCAGAGGCGGAGCUGAGUGCUGAGCUAAAAGACGGCCUGGAACUGCGCGCCGGGGCCACCAUGAGACUUCACGCCAGGAUCAAGGGCCACCCCUUCCCCAAGAUCACCUGGGCAAAAAUGAACACUAACAUCAAAGACCGCCAAGGGAUUCUUAUUAAAUCCACCAAGAGUGACAGCACUGUGACGGUGGAGAAUGUCAACAGAUACGAUGCGGGCAAAUACAUCCUGACCCUGGAGAGUGCUGCCGGCAUGAAGAUGUACACCAUCAUCGUCAAAGUUCUUGACACUCCUGGGCCACCAGUCCAUCUGAUCGCGAAAGAGACCACAAGGGACAGCGCCUCCCUCUACUGGGAUGCACCUCUCAUAGACGGGGGUUCUAAUAUCACCCACUAUAUUGUCGAGAAGCGUGACUCUGAGAGGAAAGCCUGGUCCGGUGUUUCUCACAACUGCACCAAGACAUCUUUGAAGGUGGGAGACCUGAAUGCGGGACGGUCCUACUGCUUCAGAGUCUCAGCCGUUAAUCAGCUCGGUGCUGGAGAGUUCUGCGAGACCCCCGACGCUGUCAAGGCUUCCGAGGAACCUGGUCCUGUGAUAGACUUUAAGGCCUUGCUUGUUACCAAGGACUCAUGUACUCUCGGCUGGAAGAAACCGUUAACUGAUGGCGGCAGCCGCAUUAUUUGCUACGUGCUUGAGGUCCUCAAUGGUGACAACAAUUACAAGGAGUUAAUGAGGUCCAAGAACAUGCAGUACAGCACUAAAGAUCUGGUGGAGGGCAGAGAGUACAAAUACAUCGUCAAAGCUGUAAACGAGACUGGAGAGAGUGCUGCCAAGGAACUGACCGUAGUUGCCAAGGAUCAGCUCAUUCAUCCAACCUGUGACUUGAGGGGGCUGCCAGACAUGUGUUACGUUGCCAAGGAGGGUAGCACAGUGCGUCUGAAGAUUCCAAUCAUUGGCAAACCAACCCCCAAAGUGUCCUGGAAGAAAGGAGAGGAGGAAGACUUGACAGACUCUGGACGUGUUUGUGCAGAGUCCUCUGCGGUUAACACCACCCUCCUGAUCAGGGACUGCCAGAGGAGUGACGCCUCCAAGUACACCGUCACCCUCAGGAACAGUGCUGGAAGCAAAGAAUCCACCAUAUUCAUCAGGGUGGUGGGUAAGCCUAGCAUACCAAGUGGUUCUAUAAAGUUCAGUGACGUAACUGCCGAUGGUGCCACGCUAAAAUGGGGAGUACCGAAAGAUGACGGCGGCUCGGAGAUCACAAACUACAUCCUUGAAAAGAGAGACUCCAUCACCAACAUGUGGGUGACGGUCUCUUCCAGUGUAGACACAAACACCAUGAGGGUAACCGGUCUCCACGAGGGCACAGAAUAUAUUUUUAGAGUCAGUGCUGAGAACAAGUACGGCAUCGGAGAGGGACUCAAGUCGGAGCCUAUCAUCGCCAAGCAUCCAUUCAAUGUUCCUGAUGCUCCUCCUCCACCUCAGAUAAUUAGCAUGUGCCAUGACUCGGCUAACCUGGUCUGGUUGGACCCCAGGAAGACGGGAGGGUCUCCCAUCACAGGGUAUCACGUUGAGUUCAAGGAGAGAAAUAGUAUGUUGUGGAGGAGAUCAAGUCCAUCUGCCUUGAGAAUGAAGGAACACAAGGUGACAGGGCUGACUGAAGGUCUUGAGUACGAGUUCAGGGUCAUGGCUGUUAACCUGGCUGGCAUUGGCAGACCAAGUUCUCCCACAGAUCCACAUGUUGCACUCAAUCCCAUCGAUGCUCCUGGCAAACCGGACGUUAUUAGCAUCACCAGAAGCACCGUGACCCUCCAGUGGACUGAGCCACAGUUUGACGGUGGCCACAGGCUGACCGGCUACAUAAUUGAGAGACGUGACCUUCCGUCGAAAAUCUGGAUAAAGGCCAACAGUGUAAAUGUUGUGGACCCGGCGUACACUGUCACUGAUCUCCAGGAAGGCUGCAAAUAUGAGUUCAGAAUAAGAGCAAAGAAUGCAGCCGGUGCCCUUAGCCCGCCGUCCGACCAGACGGACACAAUUAUCUGCAGAGAUGAAUACGCUUCACCAACUAUUAUCAUCGACGCUCAAGUGAAGGAGGGUCUGACUGUCCGAGCUGGGGAAACCAUUUUUAUCACUGCCACGAGUAUUCUUGGCAAACCUGCCCCGACCUCUGGCUGGUCUAAAGGAGGAAAAUACUUGAAGCCUUCAGACAUUGUUAACAUCGAGUCCACUACAAGCUCAUCCACUAUAUCAAUAAAAUACGCCAGCAGAAAAGACACUGGGGAUUAUGUCAUAACUGCCAUCAACCCCUUUGGUGUAAAGGAGGAAACCGUUAAGGUGAAAGUUCUGGAUGUUCCCGGAGCUCCUGGUCCCAUUGAAUGCAGCGGGGUCUCGUCCGAGAAGGUCACCCUGACUUGGGCUGCCCCUGCGGAGGAUGGAGGCUCUCCUAUCAAGUACUACACUCUUGAAAAGAGGGAGACCAGUCGCCUUCUCUGGACAAUUCUGGAAGAGAAGGUUGUAGACUGUCACUAUGUGGCCAACAAACUCAUAGAGGGCAACGAGUACAUCUUUCGAGUCUCUGCCGUGAACCAGUACGGCACUGGUGAGCCGGCUCACUCUGAGUCUGCCAGGAUGGUUGAUAGAUUUGUACCUCCUGGCCCACCAUCGAAACCAGAAGUUGAAAAAGUUGAUGGGCACUCAGCUACUGUGACGUGGAGAAGACCAACUGAAGAUGGUGGAAGUGAUAUCAUUGGUUACUGUGUUGAGAAGAAGGAGAAAAGGGCCAUGAGAUGGACCAGAGCCUCAAAGAAACCUAUUGUUGAGCUUAGCUAUGAGGUGACUGGACUAACUGAAGGCUUAGAGUAUGAGUUCCGUGUUCUUGCUGAGAACAGAGCUGGCUUUGGAGAGCCAAGUGAACCAUCUAUGCCAGUCAGGACAAUAGUUGCUGCUUAUGUUCCAGGGCCUCCAGUAAACCCAAGGGUUACAGACACAACCAAAACCACUGCCACCCUUAAUUGGGGAAAACCCCUUGAUAAUGGUGGCCUUGAAGUCACUGGUUAUGUAAUCGAGCACAGAAAAGAAGGAACAGAGGAAUGGAUUAAGGACACGCCAUCAUCUCCACUGAGAAUUACAGAGUUUGUCGUUUCUGAGCUAGAAAAUGCAACCAAAUACCAUUUCAGAAUUAGCGCAGUCAAUGGUAAGGGCGCAGGAGAACCCGCUGAAACUCAGGAAUUGGUUGAGAUAGUAGAGCGUGAAGCUGCACCUGAUUUUGAGUUGGAUAUUGAGCUGAGGAAAACUCUAGUUGUCAGAGCUGGGUGUUCCAUUCGUCUUUUCGUGCCAAUCAAGGGACGUCCCACACCUGCAAUAACCUGGACAAAAGACAGCAGCUCUGUGCCACGGGCUGUCAUAGACAGUACUGAGUCAUUUACCAUGCUAAUCAUUCCUGAAAGCUCAAGGAUGGAUGCGGGUAAAUAUGAGCUUGCCCUUGAAAACACAGCCGGAAAGAAGACUGCAAACAUUAAUGUGAAGGUUCUGGAUUCACCUGGACCACCACUUAACUUAAAACCAGUAACUAUAGAUAAAGAAUCAAUCACCCUUCAGUGGGAGAUGCCUCUCAUUGAUGGUGGAGCCAAGGUCACAAAUUAUAUCAUUGAGAAAAGAGAAUCAACACGCAAGGCUUUUGCCACUGUUGUCACAAACUGUCCCGCAACUUCAGUCAAGAUUAUUAACCUGGGAGAAGGCUGUGAAUACUACUUCAGAGUGUCGGCUGAGAAUGAGUUUGGUAUUGGUGAAGCAGUUGAAACUUCUGAUCCAAUUCGUGCAUCUCAGGCACCAACUCCUCCAGAAAGCAUAAUUCCAACUGAUAUUACUAAGAACUCUGUGAGCCUGGCUUGGACCAAACCCAAACAUGAUGGUGGAAGUAGACUUACAGGGUAUGUCCUUGAAGCCCAGAAAAGAGGAACUGGUCAGUGGGCCCAUGUAACAACUACAAAGACCAUGGAUUUCACUGUUAAUAAUCUCAAUGAGAAUGAAGAAUACAAUUUCCGUGUAAUGGCCGUCAACCAAUCUGGAAGAAGUGGUCCACGUGAGAGCAUGCCCAUUGUUAUCAAGGAUUCUACAUCUCGGCCAGAGUUUGAUUUGCGUGGUGUAUGUCAGUCAACAGUUAUUGCCAAGGCUGGGGAUGACAUCAAGGUAGAAAUUCCUGUAAUGGGGCGUCCCCGACCGGUGGUCUCCUGGCAGAAGGAUGGGACUGCCUUAAAGAUCACACAGAGAACUAAUGUGGAGUCGACUCCUGCGACUGUUAUCCUCACAAUCAAUGAAUGCACCAGAGCAGACAGUGGUGUUUACACCAUGACAGGAAAGAACAUUGUUGGUUCUGUGAGCAACAGCAUAAUUGUCAGAGUGCACGAUGUUCCUGGGCCACCAAAAGGACCAAUUAAGAUUACAGAAAUCUCUCCUAACUACUGUAUCUUUGCAUGGGACACUCCUGAGAAUGACGGCGGUGUCCCUAUAAACAAUUAUGUGAUUGAGAUCAGAGACACCACCUCCCAGACUUGGACGGAGAUAUCCUCCACUGCCAUCCGCACAAUGUUUAAAGCCACACGUCUAACAACUGGGUCGGAAUACCAGUUCAGAGUCAAGGCUAAAAACCGGUAUGGUGUAGGACCUCCCAUUACUUCAGAGGCAGUAGUGGCUGCCUAUCCAUUUAAAGUCCCGGGACCACCUGGUACACCCCACGUUGUGGCAUUCACUAAGAACUCCAUAACGAUUGGCUGGAAUGAACCUGUGUCUGACGGUGGAAGUGAAGUCAUUGGGUACCAUGUAGAGAGAAAAGAAAGAAGCAGCAUCAUGUGGCAAAAUAUCAGCAAGGGUCUUGUGAAAGGAAACAUACUGAAAUCUACAGGGCUUGAAGAUGGAGUCGCCUACGAGUUCCGCGUUAUGGCAGAAAACAUGGCAGGUGUUGGCAAACCCAGCAAAGCGUCCGAAGCAAUACUAGCCUUGGACCCUGUGGAUCCCCCAGGUCAACCUGUGUCGACGUUUGUAAAUAAUAAUGCCAUCACUAUUCAGUGGAAAAAACCAGAGUAUGAUGGUGGAUUCAAGAUCACAGGCUACACAGUGGAGAAGAAAGAACUUCCGACUGGUCGCUGGACUAAAGCCAACUUUACAAACAUAACUGAGACAACUUUCACCGUCAGUGGAUUGACUCAAGAUGUAUCUUAUGAGUUCCGUGUCAUAGCUAGAAAUUCAGCGGGAGCAGAAAGCGUGCCCUCGGAACCCUCAGAACCUAUUACAUGUAAAGACAACAUAAUUGAGCCACGCAUCAUGGUGGAUGCCAUCUUCAAGGAUGUUGUUCUGCUGAAAGCAGGGGAGUCCUUCAAGCUUGAUGCUGAUGUUUCUGGCCAACCAAACCCAACUAUGGUUUGGACCAAGGAUGGAAAAGAGGUUGACAACACAUUGAAACUGGAAGUUAAGUUCUCUGAACUCACGACUACACUGAUUAAUAAAGACGCUGUCAGAUCAGAUGGGGGGGAAUUUGUCUUAACUGCCACUAAUGUUGCUGGCUUUGCCAAACACAUUUUUAGGGUAAAAGUACUGGACAGACCUGGACCAGUAGGACCUAUUAUAGUGUCAAAUGUCACAGCUGACAAUUGUUCACUGACAUGGGCUCCACCUCUCGAUGAUGGCGGUGGUAAGAUUGAAGGCUACGUCAUCGAAAAACGGGAAUCGGGCAGGCUUAUUUGGACCAAUGUGGCUUCAGACCUGCAGGUUACAGACUAUAAUGUGACCAAGCUUCUCAAAGGAAACGAAUACAUCUUCAGAGUUAUGGCAGUGAACAAAUAUGGGAAUGGGGAGCCUCGUGAUACGGAACCCAUUAUUGCAGACAAUCCAUACAUGGUUCCAGAUGCGCCAGGAAAUCCCGAAGUCACAGCUGUCACCAAAGAUGCCAUGAUUGUUAUGUGGCAGACACCAAAGAGCGAUGGUGGGACACCUAUCACAAACUACAACAUUGAAAAGAAAGACAGGAUAGGCCACCGCUGGGUCAAAUGCAAUAAGAGGAAGGUCAAGGAUCUGCAAUUUAAGGCAACAGGCCUUGUUGUUGGACAUGAAUAUGAAUUCAGAAUCACUGCAGAGAAUGCUGCUGGUCUCAGUGCGCCAAGUAUCUCCAGUCCAUUUUACAAGGCCAGUGAUCCUUUGUACAAGCCCGGGCCUCCAUGCAACCCCAGAGUCCUAGACACUAGCAGGUCUUCCAUUACUGUUGCCUGGAACAAGCCAGCCUAUGAUGGUGGCUCUGACAUCACCGGUUACAUUGUUGAGACCUGCAUUCCAUCUGACAAGGAAGAGGAAUGGACAAUAGUGACCCCCAAAGAAGGACUACAUGCCACCUCAUUCACCAUUAUCAAUCUAACAGAGAGCCAGGAGUACAAGAUCAACAUUUCUGCUGUUAACAGUGAAGGAAUUGGGGAGGCGGUUUCUGUGCCUGGCAAUCCCAAGGCUGAGGAUAGACUCCUCCCUCCUGAAGUGGAUUUGGAUGCAGAGCUCUGCAAACUUGUCAGCCUUCGAGCUUGCUGCACACUUAGGCUGUUUGUUCCCAUCAGAGGCCGACCCACUCCUCAGGCUAAAUGGACCAAAGAGGACGGUGAACCCAUUGAGAGGGCCACUAUUGACACCACAACAUCUUACACAUCCCUUGUCAUUGAAAAUGUCAACAGAUUUGACACUGGAAAGUACAACCUCACGGUAGAAAACAGCUCUGGCUCUAAGACGGUCACAGUCCAAGUUAGGGUACUGGAUACACCUAGUAAUCCACUGAAUUUAAAGGUUACAAGUAUAACACUUGACUCUGUCACCUUGACUUGGGAACCACCGGCAAAUGAUGGCGGAGUUAAGAUUAAAAACUAUAUUGUUGAAAAGCGUGAGUCCACAAGAAAAGCCUACGCAACAGUCAGUGCUUCAUGCCAUCACAACACAUUCACCGUCAAGCCGCUCCUUGAAGGAUGCAAUUAUUAUUUCAGAGUUUUGGCAGAGAAUGAAUAUGGAAUCGGCCUGCCCAUUGAAACCAAUGAAUCCGUUAAAGUGUCUGAGAAACCACAACCUCCAGGGAAAAUCAGUCUUAAGGAUGUUACUAAAAAUAGUGUCACACUCUCAUGGGAAAAGCCGGAGCAUGAUGGCGGAAGCAGGGUCGGCUGUUAUGUUGUAGAAAUCCAACCCAAAGGUGUUGAAAAAUGGACACAGUCAAUGAUUGUGAAAGAAACAGAAGCUACCAUUGGUGGCCUUAACGCAGGGGAAGAAUAUAUGUUCCGUGUCUCGGCAAGAAACGAGAAGGGAACAAGUGACCCUCGUCAAAUUGGUGUGCCUGUCAUUGUAAAAGAUCUUGUCAUUUCACCAGUUGUCAAAAUGUUGUUCAACACAUUCAGCGUGUUGGCGGGUGAAGACUUGACUGUUGAGGUUCCAUAUGUUGCCCGUCCCAAAGCAGCGGUCUCCUGGUUUAAAGACCAACAGCCACUCAAGAGAACAACCAGGGUAAACUUUAGUGCAACAGAAACACUGUUGAAACUCUGCAUAAAAGAGGCAUCUAAAGAUGAUUUUGGAAACUAUCAUGUUACCAUUAGUAAUACAGCAGGAGAGGCAACCGCAGAUUUCAGCAUUGUUGUACUGGACAAACCUGGUCAGCCAGGUGGUCCGGUUAAGGUAGAUGAGGUCACUUCUGAGAGUGUGACCAUUUCCUGGAGCCCACCGGAGUACGAUGGUGGAUGUACAAUCAAACACUACAUUGUGGAGAAGAGAGACACGACUACAACCAAUUGGACGAUUGUGUCUCCAAACCUUGCAAGGACCAAAGUCAAAGCAGGAAGACUGAAAACUGGCUCAGAAUACCAGUUUAGAAUAACAGCAGAAAACAGAUAUGGGAAAGGUCCAGCUCUUCUGUCUGAAUGUAUUGUGGCUCAAUAUCCAUACAAACUCCCAGGACCACCGGGAACUCCCUCCAUCGCAUCAUGCACAAAGGAUACUAUGGUAGUUACAUGGAACGAACCUGUAAAUGAUGGGGGUACUUCAGUUCUAGGCUACCAUCUUGAGUGCAAAGAAAGAACCAGCAUCCUUUGGGUGAAAUUAAACAAGUCUCCUAUUACAGACCAAACUUUUAAGACCACAGGCCUGGAACCAGGAAUGGAAUAUGAGUUUAGAGUCUAUGCUGAGAAUAUUGUGGGCAUUGGCAAAGUCAGCAAAGUGUCAGAAGGUCAUGUUGCUAGAGAUCCAUGUGAUCCUCCAGGUAUCCCUGAGGCAACCAAAAUUACAAAAGAUUCAGUAACCAUCAUUUGGACAAAGCCUGAGUAUGAUGGUGGGGCGAAAAUCACAGGCUAUGUAGUGGAAAAGAAGGAGCUUCCCGAAGGCCGUUGGGUAAAGGCUAAUUUCACCAAUGUCAUCGAGACGGAAUAUGACGCGACUGGACUAGUGCAGGAAAAUCAGUAUGAGUUCCGUGUUAUUGCCAGAAACGCUGCUGGUGUUUUCAGCUUGCCCUCAUACAGCACUGGCCCAAUUACUGCCAGGGAUGAGAUUGAGCCACCUCGCAUCAGCAUCGACCCAGGGUACACGCAGACCCUUUUGGUAAAUGCGGGAGACAAUUUUAAGAUUGAUGCGGAUGUCCACGGCAAACCAUUGCCCUCUAUCCACUGGAUGAAAGGUGAGCAAGAAAUGGGCAACACGAUUCAUAGAGAGAUAAAAAACACCCCAACCCAUGCCUGUGUGACUAUAAAGGAAGCUAAACUCUCGGACGGAGGCGUAUAUAAUCUGCUGUUAAAAAAUCCAGGGGGCGAAAAGGCUGUCCAAGUGAAUGUUGUCAUUUUGGAUAAACCCGGCGAACCACAAGGACCUCUUACUAUAACAGGGAUAACCAAAGACCAGUGCUGUCUUGCAUGGAGAGCACCACUUCAAGAUGGAGGUAGCAAGAUAUCUCACUAUUUUGUGGAGAGGAGAGAAACAAGUAAAUUAGUCUGGACUGUUGUGGAUCCAAAAGUUCAGGACACCUGCCUCAAGGUUGAGAAGCUCCUGGAAGGCAAUGAGUACAUCUUCAGGGUCCGUGCCGUAAAUGAGUUCGGUACUGGUUCGCAACUUCAGUCUGCAGCAGUGAUGAUCAAAGAUCCCUAUAUAACCCCUGGAUCACCCAAAAACCUAGAGAUUUCAAAUGUUAAAAGGGAUUCAAUGGUGCUCACAUGGGAGGCUCCUACUGAAGAUGGAGGCAGUCCUAUCACAUCGUAUAUUGUUGAACGACAUGACAAAGAAGGUGUCAGGUGGAUUCGAUGCAACAGGCAGGCAGUGCAGGACUUGACUUUCAAGGUCACUGGACUCUUGGAAAGCCAUAAUUAUGAAUUCCGCAUUGCAGCGGAGAAUGCCGUGGGUGUUGGUGAACCUUGUUCUCCAACAGUUUACUACAAAGCUCUCGACCCUGUCUUCAGGCCUGGUCCGCCACAGAAUCCCAGAAUCACAGACACGACCAAAACUUCAAUAUUCCUGUCAUGGAGCAAGCCCCUUUGUGAUGGUGGUUCUGAGAUUCAGGGAUACAGCGUUGAGUGUUGCACAACCACUGAGCAAGUUGCACCUGGUGAGGCACAUACUGAAACCGCAGCAACAGAGCUGCCUGCUACAGCUGCACCUUCUGAGAACUGGAUCAUGUGCACACCACCGACAGGUGUCAAGAAGACCAAGUUUGAGGUUGUCAACCUGAAAGAAAAUCAAGCUUAUAAGUUAAGAGUGUGUGCCAUCAACAAGGUCGGGGUUGGUGAUAGUGCCAAUAUUCCUGGAGCCGUGGUUGCCCAGGAUAGAGCAGAAGAAGCCGACCUUGACAUUGACCCAGAACUGAGAAAGAUCAUGUUGAUAAAGGCUGGUCUAUCCCUUAGACUGUUUAUUCCAAUUAGGGGAAGACCAGUUCCAAGCAUCAAGUGGGACAAAGACGAUGGUCCACUUAAUGAGAAAGCUCAAGUUGAAGUUACUAGCAGUUACACCGCUCUUGUGAUUGACAACAUGAGCAGAGCAGAUAGUGGAAAAUACACCGUCACUGCAGAAAACUCUAGUGGAAUUAAAUCUGCGUUUGUUGUCGUCCGUGUUCUCGAUACACCAAGUGCACCCAUGAAUUUGACAGUCAAAGAAAUUACGAACCAGUCAGUGACACUUGCUUGGGAAGCCCCCCUGUUAGACGGUGGUUCCAAAAUCAAAAACUAUGUAGUGGAAAAGAGAGAGAGUACACGCAAAACAUACGCAGCCGUGGUAACAAACUGCCACAGUCUUUCAUGGAAGAUUGAGCCACUCCAAGAGGGUUGCAGUUAUUACUUUAGAGUCCUUGCUGAGAACGCACAUGGUGUUGGUGUGCCUGCAAUAACUCUUGACCCACUUAAGGUCUCAGAGGUGCCGCAGGCUCCCAAAAACCUGAUUGUUACAGAUCAAACAAAUACAAGCAUUGCUCUGGCCUGGGAUAAACCAGAAUACGAUGGUGGCAGCAGAGUGAUCCAGUACUUGCUUGAAGUACAGCUUAAGGGCCAAGAGAAGUGGUCUGCUGUUAACUCAUACAAGACAAUGGAGACGACUGUUAAAAAUUUAAACCCUGGGGAGGAAUAUUUGUUCAGAGUUACAGCAAUUAAUGACAAGGGGAAAAGUGACCCCAAAGUCCUUUCUGGCCACGUCAUGACCAAAAACUUAGUUUUUGAGCCGGAUGUGCGACCUGCUUUCAGCAGCUACAGUGUCCAUGUAGGUAAGGAUCUAAACAUUGAAGUUCCACUUUUUGGACGCCCUAAACCAACAAUAACGUGGACCAAGGACGGCGCACCUCUGAAAGUCACUAGCAGAGUAAACAUUCACAACACCCUGACUCAUACAAGUCUGAGCAUUAAGGAGGCCGCGGGUGAUGAUGGUGGCAUGUAUAGCAUAAAUGCAGCUAAUUCCGCUGGAAUGAAAGAAGCCACAAUUGAAAUAAUAGUACUUGACAAGCCUGGACCCCCAUCUGGCCCUGUGAAAUUUGAAAACAUCACAACACAGAGUGUGACUAUUUCAUGGGACCCACCCAAGCACAAUGGGGGUUGCCAGAUUUCCAACUACAUUGUGCAGAAAAGAGAUACAACAACACCAACAUGGGAAAAUGUCAGUAUUAAUUGUGCCAGAACAAGAAUCAAAGUGCCCAGACUAAAGACUGGAGUAGAGUACCUAUUUAGGAUUAUAGCCCAAAACCGGUACGGGAAGAGUCAUGGCCUGGAUUCGUCUGCGGUGGUUGCGCAGUACCCAUAUAAAGAACCUGGCCCACCAGGAACACCAUUCAUCUCUUCACUCUCCAGAGAUCACCAGAUUGUCGAGUGGCAUGAGCCCGUUUCGGAUGGAGGUAGUCCCAUUCUUGGCUACCACAUUGAAAGAAAAGAGAGGAAUAGUAUUUUGUGGGUGAAAAUAAGCAAGGCCCUCAUUCAUGAGACAAAGUACAAGAGCUACCCAUUAGAGGAGGCUGUUGAGUAUGAAUACCGAGUGUAUGCUGAAAAUAUUGUAGGUAUUGGAAGGUGCAGUAAGGUCUCAGAGGGCUGUGUAGCCCGUGACCCAUGUGAUCCUCCCGGUCAGCCAGAAGCUGUCCAUGUGACCAAAGAUACCAUCGUUGUUCAGUGGACGAAACCGGAGUAUGAUGGUGGCAGUAGUAUAACCGGCUACAUUGUGGAAAAGCGUGAUUUGCCAGAAGGCCGAUGGGGAAGGGCUAACUUCACAAAUGUUAUUGAGACCCGGUUCACUGCAACUGGGCUAACGGAAAAUCUCCAGUACGACUUUAGAGUCAUAGCCAAAAAUGCUGUUGGGACCAUCAGCAAACCAUCAUACAAUAGUGGCCCAAUUACUGCGAGUGACAGGGUCGAAGCCCCCCAAUUCUCUAUUGAUCCUGCGUUCACAAAGACCAUUGUGAUAAAUGCUGGAGAAACUUUGAAAUUGGAUGCAGAUGUUCGUGGAAAGCCGCUGCCAGCAAUGCAGUGGUUCAAGGAUGAAAUUCCACUAGAAAAUACUCUGAGGCUGAAUAUCAAAAAUACAGAAAAUCAUGCAAUGAUCAUCAUUAAGGACUCUGCCAGGACUGAAAGUGGAACAUACUUCCUACAGCUGAAAAACGAGGCAGGCAGUGAAACUGUGCCCUUCAAAGUGGUCGUCCUAGACCGGCCGAGCCCUUGUGGGGGACCCCUUCAUGUAACUGGGGUAGCUGAGGAUAGAUGCUCAUUGGUGUGGAAUCCUCCUUUGCAUGAUGGAGGAAAUCCUGUCACGCAUUAUAUAAUUGAAAGAAAAGAAACUAGCCGCCUAGCUUGGACUGUUGUUUCUGCUCAUUGCAGCACCACAAGCUACAAAGUCACCAACUUGUUGGAAGGAAAUCAAUAUAUUUUCCGCGUCAUGGCGGUCAACAAUUAUGGCAGAAGCGAACCACUGGUGUCGGAUGGAGUAAUAAUGAAGUCUGCCUUUGUUCGUCCUGGUCCACCUCACGUUGACGACAUAUCGAGCAUUACUCGUGAUAGCAUGACUGUCACUUGGUCUGCCCCAGAGACUGAUGGUGGCUGUAAAAUUUCAAAUUACGUUGUUGAAAAGAGAGAUAAAGCAGGAAUUAAAUGGACCAGAUGCAAUAGACAGAAAGUCACAGAUUUGUCCUUCAGAGUAACCAGCCUCACCCCUGGCCAUGAGUAUGAGUUCAGAGUGGCCGCUGAGAAUGUUGUUGGAUUGGGAGAGCCGAGUCUACCAAGCUCUUACUACAAGGCCUGUGAUCCUAAGUAUAAACCCGGAUCCCCAACGUAUGUGCACGCCAUUGAUUCCACCCAAAGCUCAAUUACAGUGUCAUGGGGCAAGCCUUUGUCUGACGGGGGCAGCGCAAUUCAGGGAUACAUUGUUGAAAUCUGUAAGGCUGAGGAGGAAGAAUGGACUAUGGUUACUCCCCCUACAGGCUUGCGUGUUAACAAAUAUGAAAUCCUGAAUCUGACAGAGGGUCAGGAUUAUAAGAUCCAGGUGUGUGCCCUGAACAAACUUGGAGUUGGUGAGCCAGCUAUCCUCGCAGGAACAGCAAAACCAGAAGAAAAGCUUGAGCCACCACAAAUCUACUUGGAUUCUGAGCUUAGAAAGGGCAUUUGUGUCAAGGCUGGUGGAUCUGUGAGGAUCCACGUUCCAUUCAAGGGCAGACCAACACCUGAGAUAAAGUGGCUUAAAGAUGAGGCAGACCUCUCAGAAAAGGCAGUGGUUGAGAAGACUCCCACCUUCACACAGCUGUCCAUUGACUCCUGUGACAGAGGCGACUCGGGAAAGUACUCCCUGAGCCUGACCAACACCAGUGGGAUUGCAUCUGAGUUUGUUACCGUGAAAGUCCUCGAUACACCGGGAGCUCCACAGAACCUUGUAGUCAAAGAAAUCAAAACUAAUUCAGCCACUCUUGUUUGGGACGCACCACUGAUUGAUGGUGGUUCUAAAAUUAAAAACUAUGUUAUUGACAAGCGUGAAUCAACGAGGAAGGCUUAUGCAAAUGUCUCAACCAAGUGCACGAAGACCACAUUCAAGGUUGACAACCUGAUUGAGGGUGCUCUGUACUACUUCAGAGUCAUGGCUGAGAAUGAUUACGGUAUUGGCCAGGCAAUUGAAACAAAGACAGCUUCAAAGGCUUCCGAGGUACCCCUUCCAGUUGGAAACGUUUCUCUUGUGGAUGUCACCAAAGUCAGCGUGUCACUUGCCUGGGAGAAACCUGAGCAUGAUGGAGGCAGCAGGAUUGGUGGCUACCUUAUAGAAAUGCAGCCAAAGGGUACAGAGAAGUGGGGAGUUGCCACAAAUACAAAGACAUGCCAGGGCACUGUCACAGGCUUAACGAGUGGGGCAGAAUAUCUAUUCCGUAUCAUUGCGUAUAAUGAAAAGGGAAAGAGUGAGCCAAAAGCCCUUGCUGCACCAGUUGUUGCCAGUGACAUGACCUUGGAGCCAAGCAUUAAGACACAGUUUAAUACUUAUAAUGUCUUGGCUGGAAAAGAUCUGACCUUGACGUUCCCUGUACUUGGCAGGCCCAAACCGAGAGUCACUUGGACAAAGGAUGGUCAGUCCUUGAAGGUGACUUCUAGGGUCAACGUGGUAAAUACUACUACAACGACUGCGAUUAGGAUAACCGAAGCAUGCAAGGAGGACUUUGGAACGUACACAAUUACAGCAACAAAUACUGCUGGCACGUGUGCGGAUAAUGUGGCUAUCAUUAUUCUUGACAAGCCUGGUCCACCAAGUGGCCCACUUAAAAUUUGUGAGGUUAGUAACACAUAUGUCCACUUCUCAUGGGAACCUCCAGAGUACACAGGUGGAUGCCAGGUGAAGCAUUAUAUAGUAGAAAAGCGAGAGACCACAAGCAAUACAUGGCAGUCAGUCGCAACACAACUUGCUCGGACAGUUUUCAAAGUGACUAAGUUGAAGACUGGUGUAGAAUACCAGUUCAGGGUCAUUGCUGAAAACAGAUAUGGAAAAGGUGUUCCUCUAGAUUCUAAGGCUAUUGUUGUCCAGUACCCAUACAAACCACCAGGCCCUCCUGGAACACCAUACGUCAAAUCUGGAACAAAGGAGAUGAUGAUCAUCGAAUGGAACGAGCCAGUCAAUGACGGUGGAAGUGCUGUUAUCGGUUACCAUCUCGAGAGCAAAGAGAGAAGCAGUAUCUUAUGGACCAAACUUAACAAGACUAUGAUCACCGAUACUCAGUUCAAGAUCUGUAAUCUUGAAGAAGGAAUUGGAUAUGAGUUCAGAGUGCAUGCUGAAAAUAUUGUUGGCGUUGGCAGAUGCAGUAAAGUCUCAGAAUCGUUUGUUGCUCGGGAUCCAUGUGACCCCCCUGGUGCUCCAGAUGCUGUAAAAAUUUCGAAAGACCACAUCAAGAUUAGUUGGACCAAACCUCAAUAUGAUGGUGGCAGUAAAAUAAAUGGCUAUAUUGUUGAGAGAAAAGACCCAUCAUCCCCUGAUGGGCGAUGGGUUAGAGCAAACUUUACUAAUGUAAUAGAGACUGAAUACGAUGUCAGCGGUCUCACAGAAAAUGACCAGUACGAAUUUAGAGUUAUUGCCAGAAAUGCAGCGGGCGUCUUCAGCGAGCCCUCCGAAAGCUCUGGACCUAUAACUGCCACUGAUGAAAUUGAGCCACCAAGGGCCUCUAUGGACCCCAAGUACAAGGAUGUCAUUGUUGUGGCUGCAGGAGAAAAUUUAAUUCUUGAUGCUGACAUUCACGGAAAACCAGUUCCUGACAUUGUCUGGCUAAAGGAAGGCAAAGAAAUUGAUAAAUCUCUGCGCAUUGAAGUGAAAAAGACUCACAAAUGUGCCGCUUUGACUAUUAAGGAUGUAACCAAAAUGGACACUGGGCACUAUGAACUUGUCCUCAAAAAUCUGGGUGGCAAAAAGACCUUUCCAAUCACUGUCAAAGUCCUUGACAAACCGGGUAAACCAAUGGAACCGUUCAAGGUAACAGAAAUCAUGGCUGACAGGUGUACCCUUUCCUGGUCGGAGCCAACUCUGGAUGGCGGUGCUAAUAUUACUCACUACACUUUGGAGAAGAGAGAGACCAGCAGCUUAUCAUGGACAAUGGCUGCAGCCAAUAUCCAAAAUUUGUCCUACAAAGUAACAAACUUGCUUGCCGGAAAUGAAUACAUUUUUAGAGUAAGGGCUGUUAACAAAUAUGGUGUUGGUGAUUAUCUUCUAAGUGAACCCAUCAUUGCACGCAAUCCAUACAAGCCCCCGAGCGCUCCUGGAACACCAGAAGCAAGUCACGUCACAAAAGUUUCCAUGGUUCUGUCAUGGACAGUCCCAGAACAGACUGGGGGAGCCGAUAUUGCUUGCUAUCAUCUUGAAAAACGUGACAAAGAUAGUGUCAGGUGGACAAAGUGUAACAGAGAAAAACUGACAGACACUCAUUUCAAAGUGACAGGACUGAAGACGGAUCACUUUUAUGAAUUCCGAGUUGCAGCUGAGAACGAGGCUGGAAUUGGAGACCUCAGUGAAUCGUCCCUAUUUUACAGAGCUUGUGACGCAACAAUGCCACCAGGACCUCCCCAAAAUCCCAAAGUGACAGACUACACCAAAUCUUCUGUCUCUCUUUCCUGGCGUAAACCUGACUUUGAUGGUGGUGCCUAUAUCAAAGGUUACAUUGUUGAAAUGCGAGAGUACACACCAGUUCCAGAAAUGGCAGAAGAGAUAGAAGUAGCCCCGGGAGUAGACCAACCCAUUGAAAAGGCAUGGAGCACGUGCACGCCCCCAGCUGGCAUCCAAGCUACUAAACUUACUAUCUCCGACUUAAAACAAGAUGAAGAAUAUCAGUUCCGUGUUUGUGCCAUCAACUCAGAAGGAGUGGGAGAGGCUGCUAAUGUCCACGGGACUGUAGUUGCUCAAGACAGGGUUGAAGCACCGGAAAUCGAGCUCGACGCUGACCUCAGAAAAGUGGUGUCUGUCCGCGCUGGUGGUACACUGCGUCUGUUUGUUACCAUCAGAGGAAGGCCUGAACCUUCUGUAAAAUGGGAAAAAGUUGACGGUGCUCUCACAGAUCGUGCUGUGAUUGACACAACCAGCUCAUACACUAUGCUUGUAAUUGAUAAUGUCAACCGCUGGGACAGUGGCAAAUACUCACUCACUCUGGAGAACAGCAGUGGUUCAAAGUCUGCUGUUGUGGCUGUUAGAAUUCUGGAUACACCAAGUGCCCCACAGAACCUCACUGUCCAGGAGCUCAAAAAGGACUCAGUAACACUUGUCUGGGAUACACCACUCACCGAUGGUGGGUCUAAAAUCACAAACUACAUUGUGGAGAAGAGAGAGUCUGUCCGGAAGGCCUACACUACUGUAACCAGCAACUGCACAGCCAACACACUCAAGAUAGAAGAACUGCCAGAAGGUGGCAUUUUCUACUUCAGAGUUUGCGCUGUAAACAAAUAUGGCCAAGGACAGAUGGCUGAAACCAAAGAAAUUAAAGUGUCUGAAGUACCCUUGCCACCGAGCAAAUUGACUGUUACGGAUGUGACUAAAACCAGCGUCUCACUUUCAUGGGAGAAACCUUCUCAUGACGGUGGUAGUAAAGUCAUCUGCUACAAUGUGGAAUUCAAGCCCAAAGGUGGAGAAAAAUGGGGUACAGCUUGCACAGUCAAGGUGCCAGAGGCAACUAUUCCUAACCUGACUCCCAACGAAACGUAUCUAUUUAGGGUUGUCGCCAUAAAUGAGAAGGGAAAGAGCGAUCCCAAGGAUCUUGGCUUACCUGUGGUAGCAAAGGACAUUGCAAUAGAGCCAUCAGUCAACUUACUGUUCACAACAUACACCGUUAAGGCCAGUGAGGAACUGACUAUUGAGGUACCGGUGAGAGGAAGACCUAAGCCUGUUGUCUCAUGGAAAAAGGACGGUCUUCCUCUGAAGCAAACAUCUUCGGUUACAAUUCUAAACACAGCAACAUCAUCCAAGAUUCUCAUCAAAGAGGCUAGCAGAGAGCAUGUUGGGAAGUAUGAGCUCACUCUGGCCAACACUGCAGGGACAAUAACAUCACAACUUGGUGUAGUUGUCCUGGAUAAACCAAGUCCACCUAAACUCAUUAAGGUGGAUGCUGUGACCUCUGAUAGCAUCACACUUUCCUGGUCUUCUCCAGAUUAUGAUGGUGGCUGCUCUAUAAGUAACUAUAUCGUUGAGAAGAGAGAUACCAACUCACAAGAAUGGCAAAUGGUUGCAAGCAACGUAGCAAGAACAUCUUACAAGGCCGGCCGUCUAACACAUGGGGCAGAAUACCAAUUUCGCGUCUAUGCAGUCAACCGUUAUGGAAAGAGCACACAUCUAGAUUCCCCUGCAAUUACUGCUCAGUACAACUUCAAACAACCUGGACCACCAUCUACACCAAUAGUAAAGGAUGCUACCAAGUCUUAUAUGUUGGUAGCCUGGAAUGAACCUGUCAAUGAUGGUGGAAGUCCGAUUCUAGGCUAUCAUCUAGAGCAGAGAGAGCGCGAUAGCAUUCUCUGGACCAAGGUAAACAGAGGAAUGAUCAAGGACUCUGAAUACAAAGUGAGUGGAAUCGAAGCGGGUAUGAUGUAUGAAUAUCGUGUCUAUGCUGAAAAUAUUGCUGGAAUCGGCAAAUGCAGCAAGACCUCUGAAGCUGUGGCAGCCAGGGAUCCAUGUGAUCCUCCAGGUACCCCCGUGGUGACCUGUAUUGGCAGGUCAUCUGUGUCUUUGUCUUGGACCAAACCUGAGUAUGACGGCGGUGCUAAGAUUUCUGGUUACAUCAUUGAAUGUAAAGAUCUUCCGGAAGGACGCUGGACGAGGUGCAACUUCACCAAUGUGCCUGAGACUCACUAUAGUGUGACAGGCCUUACAGAGGACAGCCAGUAUGACUUCCGUGUCAUCGCUAAGAAUGCAGCAGGAUUGUUCAGUGAACCAUCUGACAAUACUGGCCCAAUUACCGUUAAGGAUGAUGUAGAACUGCCACGCAUCAUGACGGAUGUCAAAUUCCGAGAGACAGUGUUCGUGAAAGCGGGUGAAACCUUAAAGAUUAAUGCUGACUUCGUAGGCCAUCCUGCACCCAUCAUUUCUUGGAGCAAAGAUGGAAAAGAGAUUGAGCUGAGAGCAAGAAUCCAGAUAGUCUCAACAGAUACCAGCACACUGGUGAAUGUGAAAGAUUGCAUUCGACGCGAUUCUGGAAAAUAUGUACUCACUCUAAAGAAUAUUGCUGGGACAGUUAGCCUGCCAAUAAACUGUGUGGUUUUGGAUAAAUCAGGGCCCCCUGCAGGACCAUUGCAGCUUACAGGUCUCACAGCUGAGGAAUGCACUCUGUCCUGGGGUCCACCUCAGGAGACUGGUGGUGCUGAGAUCACACACUAUGUUGUCGAGAAGCGUGAGACCAGCCGUUUGGCAUGGACACUCGUAAAGGGCGACGUUACUAAGACUUACUUUAAAGUCACAGGACUGCUGAAGGGCAAUGAAUAUGUCUUCCGGGUCUUGGCUGUUAACAAGCAUGGGAAUGGUGAAGUUUUGGAGAGUGAUGCUGUAAAGAUCACAGAUCCAUUCACCAUUUCCACCGCUCCACUUAGUGUAGAUGUCACUGAUAUUACUGGAGAUUCAAUGACCGUAACAUGGUGCAAACCACUGAGUGAUGGAGGAAGUCCCAUCACUGGUUAUGUGAUUGAGCGGCGAGAAAAGACAGGCAUGCGCUGGCUCCGUGUGAAUAAAGAUCCAGUUGUUGAAUGUAACACAGUCGCAACAAAACUGCGUAAGAGUUGUGAGUACGAAUUUAGAGUCUAUGCCGAAAAUGCGGCUGGACUGAGUCCUCCAAGUGAAUUGUCUGCCUCAUUUAGGGCAGUAGAUCCUCUGUCUAUUCCUUGUCCUCCAACCAAGCCAAAGAUUGUCAAUUCAACCAAGGACAGUGUCUCUAUUGUCUGGAAACCACCUAUGGAUAACGGAGGUGCUCCUAUCCUUGGAUACAGUGUAGAAUACAGAGACUACAUUGAAAAACCGGAAGCAGAGCUGGAUGAUGGUAAAGAGGAAUAUGAAGAUGAGGAGGAACCAGAGUCAGCUGAAGAACUACAAAGAUGGGCUGAAGCUAUCUCUCUUACCAAGAGUUUGGAGUUCACAAUCACUGGACUAAAAACAGAUUCCAAGUAUGAGUUCUGUGUCAGAGCAAUAAACAAAGUUGGAUGCAGUGAGCGCAGCCGCUAUUCCGAUGCCGCCGUGGCAAUGGAAAGAACUGCAGAGCCUUCCUUUGAUGUGGACUUAGAGAUGCGCAAAGUCCUUGUUGUUAAGCACAGCACAGCAUUCACCCUCAAUGUUCCGUUUAAAGGUAAACCUGUGCCAUCAGUUGAAUGGACCAAGGAGGGUACUGAUUUAAAAGUUAGAGGAACAAUCGAUUCAAGCAGCUCCAAUACUUCACUGACCGUUGAAAAAGCAACAAGAAAUGACUCUGGAGAAUAUAGCGUCACAAUUGAAUCAACAUUGGGAAAAGCUACAUUACCCUUGGUCGUAAAAGUGCUCGACUCACCUGGACCCCCCAUCAAUGUCAAUGUUACGUCAGUAACCAGGGACUCUGCAACCCUUACUUGGGAAGCCCCCGAAAAUGACGGCGGCGAGGCAGUGAAAGCGUACCACGUUGAAAAGCGCGAAGCGAGUAAAAAGGCCUGGGUUUCCGUAACAACCACCUGCCAUGCACUGACCUACAAAGUGGAAGACCUGCAGGAGGGGGCCAUCUAUUACUUCAGAGUUAUUGGAGAAAAUGAAUAUGGCUUGGGGGUACCCCAGGAGGCUAAGGCUGGCACAAAAAUUACAGAGGUACCAAGUCCCCCCACAAAACUAGGAGUAGCAAAUGUUACAAAAGACACCGUAACAAUUGUCUGGACACGACCUGAGUACGAUGGAGGUAGCAGAGUCACUGGGUACCUAAUUGAUGCUCUGGAGAAGGGGCAGACAAAAUGGGUGAAGUGUGCUACAGUGAAGGCCACGAACCACACUAUUAAAGGCCUCAGGGAAGGCACAGAAUAUUUCUUCAGAGUGCGAGCCGAAAACCAUGCUGGACUAAGUGAACCUAAAGAGAUGAUUGUUCCGGUUAUCGUCAAGGAACUUCAAGAGGCUCCGGAGUUUGAUCUGAAGAACUACCCCAAGAAUACGGUUUAUGUGAGAGCUGGAUCCAACCUUACCUUUGACAUUCCACUUACCGGGAAGCCAAUGCCAAAGGUGAACGUGUCCAAGAACAAUGUGGUCAUCAAGGGAUCAAAGAGACUUUUGACAGAAGUUACACCAGACAGCCUAACUAUCACCCUGAAUGAAAGCAUGUCAAGCGAUGCUGGCAAAUAUGACAUAACGGCCUCAAACCCCGGUGGUGCCACCAAGAUCUUCAUGAAUUUCAUUGUACUAGAUAGACCUGAGCACCCUGUUGGACCUGUGGAGAUUGGAGAAGUCGGAGAAACUACAGUGUGCUUAAAAUGGGCUGCUCCAGAGUAUGACGGCGGCAGUCCUGUUACCAACUACAUUGUCCUCAAGCGGGAAACUAGCACACCGACCUGGUCAGAGGUGUCAAAUAACAUAGCAAGAUGCCAAAUCAAAGCAACUAAGCUGACCAAGGGGGAGGAGUAUCAGUUCAGGAUUAAGGCUCAGAAUCGCUACGGUGUCAGCGACCACAUUGACAGCAAGUCGGUUAUGAUCAAGCUUCCGUACACUUUCCCUGGACCUCCAUCUACUCCGUGGAUUAGUUUUGUAUCUAAAGAGACCCUGACUGUCUGCUGGAACGAGCCAGUCAAUGACGGUGGAAAUCCUGUGAUCGGAUAUCAUCUUCAGAUGAAGGAGAGAAGCAGUAUCCUCUGGCAAAAGAUCAAUAAAACAGCAAUACCAGGAAACCAGUGGAGGGUCACCAAUGUCUGCCCUGGUCUUAUCUACGAGUUCAAGGUAGCUGCCGAAAAUGCUGCUGGUAUCGGAAAGAUGAGCAAGGUGUCUGAAGAGGUGCUAGCUAUUGAUGCUUGUGAUCCUCCAGCUAAUGUUCGUGUCACAGAAGUAACCAAGAACUCAGUCAGCUUGUCCUGGCAAAGGCCACCCUAUGAUGGCGGUAGCAAAAUUGCUGGCUACAGUGUGGAGAGAAGGGAGGCGGCCAGUGGCAGAUGGGUGAAGGCUAACUUCACAAACAUCCUUGAAAUGGGCUUCACCGCUUCUGGUCUGACUCAGAAUGAGUCUUACGAGUUCAGGGUGUAUGCGAAGAAUGCAGUUGGCUCUGUCAGCAAUCCUUCUCUUAUUGUUGGCCCAGUCACAUGCAUCGAUGCUUGUGGUACUCCAGCCAUUGACCUUCCUCCAGAGUAUUUGGACGUUGUUAAGUUCAAGGCUGGAACUUCAAUUAAACUCAAAGUUGGAAUUUUUGGCAAACCUCAGCCAAACAUUGAGUGGCUCAAGAAUGAAACGGAGAUUGUAGCUUCUUCAACAAUGCAUGUGGAAAACACAACUGACUCGUCUGCCAUCGUCAUCAAGGAUACAACUCGCUUCCACUCAGGCUCAUAUGAUAUUAAGAUCAAGAACAUUUUGGGUUCGGCAUCUGCAACAAUCAGAGUUGAAAUUCUUGAUAAACCCGGACCGCCUCCUGGCAGUAUUAUUUUUAACUAUGUUGCAGCAGACAAAAUCACCUUCAGCUGGGAACCUGUAAGUGCGGCUGACAAUGGAGGUUCCAAAGUGACCCACUACAUUGUCCAGAGGCGUGAGACCAGCAGGGUAGUCUGGUCGACCAUUUCAGAGCAACAUGAGCAGACCUUCAUUGCUGUCGGAAAACUGGUUCAAGGAAAUGAAUAUGUAUUCCGCGUAAUGGCUGUUAACAAGUACGGUUUUGGAGAGCCACUGGAGUCGGAAGCUGUCGUUGCAAAGAAUGCCUUUGUAACUCCAGGGCAGCCACAUACUCCUGAGGUGAACACCAUCACCAAGACUACCAUGGUCGUAGAAUGGGACAAACCAGGUGUGGAUGGGGGUAGCACGGUUAACGGCUACUACUUGGAGAGACGUGACAAGAAGAGUUUGCGCUGGAUCCGAGUUUACAAAGACCCUAUUGCUGACAUUAAACAGACUGUCUACCAUUUAACCGAGGGUAAUGAAUACCAGUAUCGUGUCUGUGCCAUUAACAAGGCUGGAGAAGGACCCUUCUCAGAUGUAUCCGACUACUACAAGGCUGCAGAUCCAGUUGAAACACCAAAUGAGCCUUGCAAGCUUAAGGUGAUGGAUUCCACAAAGACCUCUAUAACUCUGGGGUGGUCUAAGCCGGAGUGGGAUGGGGGCAGUGAAGUGACCAGCUACAUGGUGGAGAAACUUACUGAGGGAGAACAAGACUGGGAAAUGAUUUCUUCAAAGGGAGAGGUCAAGAUGUCCGAGUACACUGUACACGACCUAAAGCCAGAUGUUAACUACUUCUUUAGAGUUUCUGCUGUCAACUGCGCAGGCCGUGGCGAGGCGCUGGAGAUGACUGAGCCUGUACAGGCUAAGGAUAUCCUUGAGGAAGCCCAGAUUGACUCAGAUGUGGCCAUGAGAACUCACUAUAUCGUGAAGGCUGGCAAGGAUGUUGAGCUCUCCGUCCCUCUGAAGGGUCGGCCGGCUCCCUCUGCAACUUGGAGCAAAGGAGACAUAUGCAUUGACAGCAACCCAUCUUAUGAAUUCCACCACUCAGACACAGCCACGGUUCUUGUUAUGCGUGAAGUGACCAAACUUGACACUGCCAAGUAUACAAUCAAAAUUGAGAAUGGUGUGGGAGAGCCCAAGACAAUGACCUUGUCCAUGAAGGUCCAGGACUCCCCUGGUCCAUGCAGAAACCUGACAUUGAAAGAAGUAACUCGUGGAAAAGUCAGUCUUUGCUGGGAGCCUCCACUCCUUGAUGGUGGUGCUGAGGUUACCAAUUACAUUGUUGAGAAGCGGGACUCUUCCAAAAGAUCCUACUCUGCAGUGACAAGCAAAUGCACCGAGACAUCAUAUACUAUUGAAGAUCUCUCCGAAAAGGCAUCCUUCUUUUUCCGUGUUCUAGCAGAGAAUGAGAACGGUGUUGGUGAACCAUGUGAAACACCUGAACCAGUGAAGGCCGCAGAGACCCCUGGACCGGUUAAAGACGUUUCUAUGAAGGAUUCUUCUAAAACCUCUGUCACUCUGCAGUGGCUAAAGCCUGAUUAUGAUGGCGGCAGUAUCAUAUCUGACUACAUAAUUGAAAAGAAAGCAGUAGAUGGGGAAUGGGCUCUGGGAGGAACGACCCGACAAUGUGAGUUUGAGGUGACAAAACUAAAAGAGCACUCAGACAUGUUCUUCAGAGUUGCUGCUCGAAACGACAAGGGUCAGGGCGACUUUGUGAAGAUAGGAUCUAUCAAGGUGAUUGACUACAUUAUCACACCCGAAGCAAGCCUUGCAGACUACCCAGAUGGAAGAAUUUGUGUUCGUUUAGGACAUAAUGUCCACAUUGAGCUGCCAUACAGAGGUAAACCCAAGCCAUCAAUCAUUUGGCUAAAGGACAACCUUCCUCUGAAGGAGAGUGAUCAAAUUCGCUUCAAGAAGACUGAGAACAAAGCCACUCUUAUGAUAAAGAAUGUGAAGAAAGAGAAUGAGGGUAAAUUUACACUAACUCUUGACAACAAAAUCAACAGAAAGUCCUUCCAUAUCUAUGUCAUUACACUCGGACCCCCAUCAAAGCCCGUUGGACCUAUCCGUCUUGAUGAAGUAAGAUCAGAAAGCAUCAUGAUGUCAUGGGAUGAGCCUAACGAUGAUGGUGGGGGAGACAUCAACUGUUAUAGUAUAGAGAAGCGUGACACUAGUCAGCCUGAUUGGAAGAUGGCUUGUUCCAGUGUGGCGGGAACUCAGUUCAAAGUCUCAAACCUGAUCAAGGGUGUCCAGUAUCAGUUCAGAGUCUGUGCUGAGAACAAGUAUGGUGUCAGUGAGCCUCUGGUAUCACAGAUGGUAAUCGCCAAGCACCAGUUCAGACCUCCUGGCCCACCGGGCAAGCCAGUUGUGUAUAAUAUCACCAACGAUGGCAUGACAAUCCAGUGGGAACAGCCAAUCUAUGAUGGUGGUACCCCCAUCCAGGGUUUCCAUGUGGACAAGAAGGAAAAUAACAGCAUCAUGUGGCAAAAGGUGAACAUGAUGCUGAUCAAAGAAAACGAAUAUCGAAUUUUGGGAUUGAUUGAAGGCCUUGAGUACUCGUUUAGAGUGUACGCACAGAAUGAUGCUGGCCACGGCCGACUGAGUGACAGCAGCAAGCCAGUAAUGGCCGUGAGCCCUGUUGAUCCUCCCGGCCAGCCAGACUACACUGAUGUGACGAGUGACUCGAUAACGCUGAAAUGGGACGCCCCAAAGCGUGAUGGAGGUAGCAAGAUUACUAGCUACACCAUUGAGAAACGACAGGGAGAAGGGCGCUGGUUCAAGGCGAACUUGAUUGAUGUUCAUGACUGCCAGUAUACUGUGCCUGGUUUGUCUAUGAAUGAGCGCUAUGAGUUCCGAGUGAUUGCUAGAAAUGCCAUUGGUGUUGUCAGCCCACCUUCCAAUUCGUCAGGUUUGAUCGUGGUCAGAAGUGAGAAUGCUACUCCUCAUAUUGAAUUUGGUGGAGAGUAUUUCGAUGGUUUGACUGUUAAAGCGGGAGACAACAUCAGAGUGAAGGUGGCCAUCACUGGACGACCUGUUCCCAAAGUGGUCUGGUACAAAGACAGUGUGGAAAUCACCAAAAAGAUGAUGGAUAUUAUCAACGUAGCUGGAUACAGCACUCUAUUUGUCCGAGAUGCUGACCGUACUCACCGCGGCCUCUACACCGUUGAAGCUAUCAAUGGAUCCGGCAGCAAAAAGCAGACACUCCUGGUUCAAGUUCAAGACACACCUGGGGAACCAGUAGGACCCAUCGCUUUCAGCAACAUCUCAGAGGGUCGGUGCACUCUAUCCUGGAACCCACCGGAGAAUGAUGGCUGCUCAGAAAUUUCACAUUAUAUCAUCGAGAAACGUGAAACAUCCAAGAUCUCUUGGACAUUGGUGUCAGAGGAAUGCCAGGAGUGCAGUUUCACUGCAACCAAACUGAUCAAAACAAAUGAGUACCAGUUCAGGGUGUCAGCUGUAAACAAGUUUGGUGCUGGCAGGCCGUUGGAAUCCUGCCCUAUUAUUGCACAGCUUCAAUAUACUACUCCCGAUUCACCGGGCACUCCUGACGCCACUGAAACGACGGGGGAGAGCAUAACUCUGGCCUGGGCUGCUCCAAAGUCUGAUGGCGGAAACCCCAUUCAAUACUAUAUUGUGGAGAAACGCGAGAAGAAAACAGUUCGGUUCUACAAGGUGCUCUCAAAGAAACCCAUCACUGAAUGUGGUCACAAAGUUGUCGGCCUCAUUGAGGACAUGGAAUACGAGUUCCGGGUCAUGGCUGUUAAUGAUGCUGGUGUUGGAGCACCCAGUAAUAUCUCCAUUCCCAUUAAAGCUGUUGAGCCAAAGGAUAUCCCAUGUGCUCCGUCUGUGGUCUGCGUGUCAGACUCCACUAAUACCUCCAUCAGCCUGGAAUGGACGAAGCCUGCAGAUGACGGAGGAUCUGAGAUACUGGGCUACAUUGUCGAAAUGGUUAAGGGUGAUGAAACUGACUGGAAUAGAGUACAUGAAGAGCUGGUGGCAGACACAAAGUAUACAGUGACUCUUCUGCAUACUGGGGCUGAAUACAAGUUCCGUGUAGCGGCUGUAAAUCUUGUCGGAAGAGGUGAGGACAGGGAAACUCUAGAACCUGCUCAGGCCAUUGAUAGAUUAGCACCACCACAGGUGGAUAUCGAUGCCAACUUCAAGCAGACGCACAUUGUCAAGGCAGGAGGUUCAGUGACACUAGGUGUCCAAUAUAGGGGAAAGCCUAUACCCACCGCCACCUGGGUGAAAGAAGAAGGAGAACUAAGUGUCAUGUCAGAGGUUUCAACUUCGGAGGGCAGCAGUACUCUACUUAUUGAUAAUUGCACCAGAAAUGAUACUGGUAAAUACACAGUUAACCUGGAAAACAGCAGUGGUAGCAAGGCUAUUACUUUCACUGUGAAAGUCAUGGACACUCCUGGGCCUCCUCAGGAUGUAGGCCUUCUGGAGGUGUCCAGAGGCUCAGUUACACUUACAUGGGAGCCGCCACUUAAUGAUGGUGGAGCACGAAUCCACCACUAUAUCGUUGAAAGACGUGAGGCAAGCCGUCGCACAUGGCAGCAGUCUGGGGGAAAGUGCACUCAGGGUAUUAUGAAGAUUCAGGACCUGCUGGAGGGGGUACCAUACUUCUUCAGGGUCUCUGCAGAGAACCAGCAUGGUGUCGGUGAAGCUUUCGAGACAACAGAGCCUGUCGUUGCCACUGCUGAGCCAGCAUCUCCAAAGAGAUUGGAUAUUGUCGACACCACAGACAGUUCUGUGUCUCUGAGCUGGCUAAAACCAGAGCAUGACGGUGGUAGCCGUAUCCAGUGUUAUAUCGUUGAGGCAAAUCCAAGCGGAACAGGUAAAUGGGUAGUGGUUGGCAACACCAAGAAUCUCUCCUAUGUGAUUGAAAAACUCAACAAGGGUGAUGAGUAUCACUUCCGUGUGAGGGCAAAGAAUGAGUCUGGCCUCAGCACACCCAGGGAAACCAUGACACCGGUCUUGGUCAAAGAGCCUCAUAUUGAACCUGCAGCUGAUCUCAGUGAGAUUCCGAACCAGAUGAUCACUUGCAACUCUGGCAGAACAUUUACUAUCGAUGUUCCAAUUAGUGGGAGACCCGCUCCCAAAGUAUCCUGGAGGCUGGAGGAGAUGAGGCUGAAGAACUCAGACAGAGUUUCCAUUACAGUAACUAAAGAGAGAACAAGCAUAUCAGUCAAGGAUGCCAUGAGGGGUGAUGGUGGUAAAUACUACCUGACUCUGGAGAAUGUCACCGGAAGCAAGACAUUUAAUAUCAACGUAAAUGUUACAGGUAAACCCAAUCCACCAAUGGGGCCUGUUGAAAUCACAAACAUCACCUCUCAGUCUUGUGUUGUUACCUGGGAUGCGCCGGAGGAUAACGGCGGCACUGACAUUACCAACUAUAUUCUGGAGAAGCGUGAAUCUGGUUCGUCUGCCUGGCAGCUUAUCAACUCCAGUGUGAAGCGCACGUCGCUCCACGUUACUCAUCUGACCAAGUACAUGCAGUACACCUUCAGGGUCUCCGCUGAAAACCGAUUUGGCAUUAGCAAGCCUACUGAGUCUGAAACCAUCGUUGCAGAGCAUCCUUACACCCCUGCUGGACCCCCAACAAGGCCGUCCGUCUUCAAUGUCUCUUCCAACACGAUGACGUUGAAAUGGGAAGAGCCUUACCAUGAUGGUGGCAGCAAGGUGACGGGCUACUGGAUUGAGAAGAAGGAGAGAAAUAAUAUUCUCUGGGUAAGGGAAAACAAGAUCCCAUGCUUUGAGUGUUUCUACAAGGUGGAAGGCCUUGUUGAAGGUCUAGAGUACCAGUUUCGAGUUUAUGCCAUGAACAAUGCUGGUCUCAGCAAAGCCAGUGAAGCCUCUAAAGGAGCAGUUGCCCAAAACCCUGUUGAUCCACCGUGUAAGCCAGAAGUGACAAAUGUAACCAGAACUACAGUGUCGCUGAAAUGGUUGGCUCCACUGAACGAUGGUGGUAGUCCAAUCGUGGGUUACAUUAUUGAACGUAAACCAUACACUCCAACUGGUGAGGGCCGCUGGCUGAAGUGUAACUACACAAAUGUGGUAGACACGUUCUAUACUGUUACUGCCCUGGGAGAAGGGGAACCCUACGAGUUCAGAAUCAUUGCCAAGAAUGCUAACCAGGUCUUCAGCGCCCCAUCCGUGUCCACUGGCUCCGUGCAGUGCAAAACAGACUUUGAACCACCAAAGGCCCAGCUGGAUGGCAAACUCUUGUCUGAAGUUGUCACGGUGAGAGCUGGUUCAGAUCUGGUCCUGGACGCUGCUGUGGGCGGCAGGCCUGACCCCAAAGCAUCCUGGUCCAAAGGCAACAGGGAGCUGGAGCUGUGUGAAAAAUACCACCUGCAAUACACAAGAAAUCGGGCUAUGGCCAUCAUCAAGUUCUGUGACAGAGAUGAUACCGGAAAGUACAUUCUCACCGUCAAGAAUGUGAGCGGAACCAAGACUGUUGAGGUCAACGUCAAAGUGCUUGACACUCCUGGACCAUGUGACGGCAGCAUUGAGAUCAGCAAGAUAACUGAGGAUUCCUGCACCCUACGUUGGAGUCCUCCUUUGGAGGAUGGGGGUGAUGACAUCUCUCACUACCUUGUAGAGAGGAGAGACACCAACAGACUCAGCUGGGUCAUCAUGCAUACCGAGUGCAAGCAACUGACCUGCAACAUCACCGGACUGUUCAAGAACACAGAAUACCUGUUCAGGAUCCGAGGAGUCAACAAGUAUGGAGCUGGAGUCCUUCUGCAGUCGGAGCCUAUGGUUGCCAGGAACACUUUCACUGUUCCAACUCCGCCGGGUGCGCCUGAGAUCCUCACGUCCGGAAAAGACUUUGCAACCAUUGAGUGGCUAAAGCCCGAGAGUGAUGGCGGCAGUCCGUUGAUCCACUAUCUUGUCGAGAGGCGGGAGAAGAAGAGUGCCCGCUGGGUGAAGGUGAACAGGACUGGAGCACACCUCGACACAACGUUGAAGGUGUCUGGAUUGACGGAAGGCAACAUUUACCAGUUCAGGGUGGUGGCAAUCAAUAAGGCUGGGGAGAGUGAACCCAGUGAGGUGUCACUCUAUGUGGUCUGCAGAGUCCCCACAGGCACCCCCGCACCACCCUCUGUUCCUCGCAUCAUGGACACCCAUGCUGACAGCAUUAGCCUGGCCUGGUCUCGCCCAGUGGAAGAUGGCGGAGCUGAUGUGAUUGGCUAUUUACUGGAAAUGCAGGAAACUGGAACAGAGGAGUGGAAGAAAACCCACGAGAAGACACUGCGUGCUGCAGAAUACGUGGUGACUGGACUUUGCUCGGGCAAUAAGUACCGAUUUAGAGUGGCCGGCAUCAACUUCAAUGGAACUGGAGACUUCAGUGAGCCAUGUGCUGAAACUGAACCUGUGGAGAGAAUUGAAAUUCCGGACUUUGAGCUCCAUGAUGACCUGAAGAAGACCAUAUGCCUGCGUGCUGGUGGUUCUCUGCGCCUGUUUGUGAACAUUAGUGGUCGUCCUGCUCCGACAAUCACUUGGAGCAAACCCGGAGUUGACCUCAACAACCGGGGCUUUAUAGAAGUCACUCACAAGUCGACUACUCUCAUCAUCGAUAAGGUCCAUCGCUAUGAUGCUGGAAAAUACACACUGGUGGCCGAGAAUUGUGCUGGAAAACAAGAAGUCCACAUUCUGGUCAAAGUUUAUGACACACCAGGACCAACAGGACCCAUCAAGAUCAAGGAACUGACCAAAGAAUCAGCCACCAUCUCUUGGGAUGCUCCAAUCGUGGACGGUGGAGCUCCUGUCAACAAUUACAUUGUUGAGAGACGCGAAGCCUCCAUGAGAGCCUACAAAACCGUCACUUCCAAGUGCAGUAAGACGUCCUACAAGAUCGAUGGCCUGAUGGAGGGCAUGCUAUACUACUUCAGAAUUCUCCCUGAAAACAUUUAUGGUCUUGGCGAAUCCCGCGAAACAGCGGAUGUCAUCUUGGUCUGCGAGGUACCUCUGCCACCACGCAACCUGCAGGUGAUUGACGUCACCAAGAGCACGGUCUCGUUGAGCUGGGAUAAGCCGGAGCACGACGGAGGUAGCCGACUGAUCGGCUACUUGAUAGAAGCCUGCAAAUUUGGUACCGACAAAUGGAUGAAGGUGGCCUCCCUGAAGCUAACCGACUUUGAGCACACCAUCGAGAAGCUAAAUGAGAAGGAACAGUACUUUUUCAGAGUCAAAGCAAUCAACAGCCGUGGUGCCAGUGAAGCGAAGGAGCUUGUUGCGCCUGUAACUGUGCAAGAACAAAGAGUGAUGCCUGCAGUGGAUUUCUCCAGGCUUCCCCAGAAAGCUGUGAAUGUUCUGGCCGGUAGGACCCUGGAACUGGAACUGCCAUUAAUAGGCAGACCUCCCCCUACCUGCUUGUGGUACUUUGGUGACAACCGAUUAAAAAUCACUGACCGUGUCAAGAUCCAGAGCACUGGCAAGGUUUCCAAGCUGACCGUGUCGGACACGACCAUUGACGACACCGGCAAUUAUACCUUGGAGGUGAAGAACACCGUCGGCGUAACCGCUGAGGUCAUCAAGGUCGUCGUUCUCUCCAAACCUGAUGAGCCCGAGGGACCAGUCCGAUUCGAUGAGAUCGAUGCCACCUCGGUCAUCUGCAGCUGGGAUCCUCCAGCUAGGGAUGGCGGAGCUCCCAUUAGUGGCUUUGUGGUGGAGCAACGAGAUGCCCACAGAGCAGGCUGGGUGCCGGUCUGUGACUCGGUCAGUCGACCCACCUUCAAAUUUGAGAACCUGAUUGAGGGAGACGAGUACGUCUUCCGUGCGGCUGCUGUGAAUCGCUACGGCACCGGAGAAUUUUUGCAAUCCGAGAUUGUCACCUGCAGAAGCUUGAGAAAUGUGUCCGGACCUCCUGGCCGACCGACCAUUUUCGAUAUUUCACGUGACGGCAUGACCGUAGCCUGGAACCCACCAGAAGAGGAUGGUGGGCUUGAGGUUUCUGGUUACAUCAUUGAGCGCAAAGAAGUCAGGUCCGACAGAUGGGUCCGUGCCAACAAGAACCCCAUCACCAUGACUAGAUACCGGUCAACAGAGCUGAUUGAAGGUCUGGAGUACGAGCAUAGAAUCCUCGCCGUCAAUGCCCGGGGAACGAGCAAACCCAGUCUGCCUUCGAAACCAGCUGUGGCAUCAGAUCCCAUCGAUCCACCUGGUUGCCCUCAGAACCCACGGAUUACUGAGACCACUAAGUCGUCUGUGUCACUGGCUUGGAGUCCCCCUGAUGACGAGGGAGAUGCCAGAGUAGACGGGUACCUAAUUGAGAUGCAGAAGGUGGGCACUAUGGCUUGGCUCAAGUGUAACACCACACCCUCCCUGAUCUGUGAGUACACAUUGACCAACAUGCCUCAAGGAGAGGAGUUCAAAUUCCGAGUUAUGGCCUGCAAUGUCGGUGGCUCUGGUGAGCCUGCUGAAGUCCCUCGAACUGUCACCAUCACAGAGAUGUUUGAAUCUCCAGAUUAUGAACUUGAGCUAAAAUACAAAGAUGUCUAUGUGGUUCGUCAUGGUGGCGUAGUCCGACUCUCCGUCCCCAUCAAGGGCAAACCUCACCCAACUUGUUUGUGGUCAAAGGACAGUGAGGCACCGUCAACCAACGCAAUGGUUGCCUCCACUGAAGAUACCAGCGAACUAGUGAUCAAAGGAGCAGAGAGAAGCGACUCUGGUCUGUAUGAGCUCCUUCUCGAAAACAAAGUUGGCAAGAAAAAGGCCCAAAUUAAGGUGAAUGUCAUCGGCCGUCCGAGUGCUCCAACCGGACCAUUAAUGUUUGAGGAAGUCCAGGCCAACUCUGCUAAGGUCUCCUGGAACGUUCCCACCGACAACGGUGGUACAGAAAUCCUUGGUUACAUUGUUGAAAGAAGAGAAGUUACCAGAAAUGCAUGGUUUACCGUGGACAGCAGAGUGACUGACAACCACUUGACCGUUAAGGGCCUAAAGGAAGGAACAGAAUACCACUUUAAGGUUACUGCAGAGAACUCUUUUGGUGUCGGCCCGUCUCUGAAAUCAGAGCACCCACUGGUGCCCAACACUAUGCUUUGUCCACCAGAGCCUUCAAGCAUGCCACCAGAGAUCAUGGAUGUUACCAAGAACUCUGUCGCAUUGGCAUGGUCCAGACCAAAGGACGACGGGGGUUCUUCCAUCACAGGCUACUUUGUUGAGUACAAACAACUGUCCUCGGAGCAAUGGAGCCGCCACCACACUAAGAUUACCUCCACCAUGUUUACUCUGUCUGGACUCACGGCUGAUACGGAGUAUCAUUUCCGUGUUGUCGCUGUCAAUGACAUUGGCGAGAGUGAGGCUGGAACUGUGUCGGACCCAGUGACUUGCAAGGAUCCGUUUGAUAAGCCCAGCCAGCCAGGCGAAAUUGAUACGGCGAGUGUGACUAAUAACAUGAUCACUAUUCGCUGGCAAGCCCCAGAGUGUGAUGGUGGAAAGGAAGUCCUGGGCUAUUGGGUGGAGUACAGGAAGUCCACUGAGAGCACCUGGAUGAAAUGCAACAAGCAGAGGCUGAAAGACAGAGAGUUCACCAUGCGUGGACUGGCUGAAGCUACCGAAUAUGAGUUCAGAGUAUUUGCCGAGAACGAGACCGGAAUGAGCAGACCUUGCCGAACUGCCACUUGUAUAAAGACUAAACUAAGUGUUGAAACAAAACCAAGCCUGAGAAAGGAAAUGGAUGAAGUAACAGCCAAGCUUGGACAGUCCGCUGUUAUGAAGUGCCAGAUUAUCGGCAGGCCUGUUCCUGAUAUCAAGUGGUAUCACGCAGGCAAAGAGAUUGUCGAGUCCCGUAAAUAUGAAAUAAGCUCAGAUGGGCGUAACCACUCCCUAUCCAUUAUGACUGACCAACAAGAGGAUGAGGGCGAGUAUACCUGUAAAGCUACCAAUGAUGCCGGAGACGUAGAGACCUCAGGUACUCUUGUAUUGGAAGCAGCUCCAUCGUUCCACUCCGACUACCCGUUGAAGAGCACAUAUUACGCUGGCCUGGGAACAACUCUCCGCAUCCACGCAGUGUACAUUGGACGUCCUGAGCCAAAGAUCAUGUGGCUCCACGAAGCAAAGACCCUGGAGAACGCUGAGGACAUCAGCAUAGAGACCACCGAGCAUUAUACUCAUCUCAUUAUAAAGAAUGUGCAGCGUAGAAUCCAUGGAGGCAAAUACAGGAUUAGACUGCACAAUCACUUUGGCAGGGCGGACACUGCAUUUAAUGUUGAAAUCUAUGACAAACCGGACAUGCCUCAGGGUCCCAUUGUUUUGGAGGCUCUCUUGAAGAACUCUGUCAUCAUCAGCUGGAAGCCGCCCAAGGACGACGGAGGCUGUAUGAUUACCAACUACAUUGUGGAGAAGCGAGAAGACCGUGAAGGGAAGGAGUGGGAACUGGUGUCAUCAUCCAUCAAUGGCACAUCCUGCCGUGUUCCCAACCUCACUGACAGUGCCGGUUACUACUUCCGUGUGUAUGCCCAGAACCGCUAUGGCAACAGCGAACCACUUGAGCUCACCUCACCUAUCCUCAUCAAGAGUCAACUUGAGAAACCAUCACCACCCCAGGAAGUAGCUGUUGCAGCAAUCACCAAAGACUCCUGUGUUGUUUCCUGGAAGCCUCCACUCAAAGACGGUGGCUCCAAAAUCAAGAGUUACUGCCUUGAGAAAAAGCAAAAGGAUAAGAGGGAAUGGGGCGAAUGGACACCCGUGACAACGGAUGAGAUCAAACAGACGGUCUUCUCUGUCAAACGUUUGUCCGAGGGUGUAGAAUAUGUCUUCCGGGUUAAAUGUGAGAACCUUGGGGGACAAAGCGACUACAGUGAGGAAAGUGAUUCUAUUGUUCCAGCCACAGCUGUUGAUGUCCGGGCUCCUGCUUUCAAGGAAGAGCUGAGGAACAUGAGUGUCAAACACAAAAGCAAUGCUACACUUGUCUGCAAGAUCACAGGGCAGCCGAAACCUGUGAUUAAAUGGUUCAGACGAGGAAAGGAGAUCCAUUCGGAUGGAAAAAAGAUAAAAAUUCAAGAAUUCAAGGGAGGUUACCACCAACUGGUGAUCGCUGAGGCGGAUGAAGAAGACUCCACUGUGUACCAGAUCAGGGCCACUAACCAAGGAGGUUCAAUCUGUGCUACCAUCUCUCUAGAUGUUGAAAUUCCUGCAAAGAUCAAUCUUCCCAAGAAUCUGAAAGACAAAGAAGCGAUUCCUGCCCUGCGUGGAGAAAUGGUCAACAUUAAGAUUCCUUUUGGUGGAAAACCAGAUCCUGUCAUCACAUGGCAGAAGGGACAAGAUCUUAUUGACAGCAAUGGCCACUACCAGGUUAUCGUCACAAGAUCGUUCACUUCUUUGGUGUUCCCCAACGGGGUGGAGAAGAAGGAUGCUGGCUUCUACAUUGUGUGUGCUAAAAACAGAUUCGGCAUUGAUCAGCAGACAGUUGAGCUGGAUGUGGCCGAUGUGCCUGAUCCUCCACGGGGUGUUAAAGCCAGUGAUAUCUCUCGAGACUCCGUCAGCCUUAACUGGGUGGCUCCAGCUAAUGAUGGUGGCAGCAGAGUUGUCAGUUACAUUAUUGAAAAAGGUUCCACCACUUCCGAGAGGUGGGAACGUGUUGCUCAGUCUCGUGACACCCGCUACACUGUUAUCAAUCUUUUCGGUGGAACCAGUUAUCAGUUUAGAGUCAUCGCUGAGAACAAGUUUGGACAAAGUGCCCCAUCUGAAACCAGCGGACCUGUCAUGACAAAAGAAGACAAGUCCAGAAUUCUUCUCUAUGACAGAGAGGUUGAUGAUACAGGACAUGUACCAAAAGGAAAAUCCCCACACUCCGAUGCAAAGAAUAUGCAUACCAAAUAUGCUAUAGCAGAAGAACUGGGGAGAGGUCAAUUUAGCAUUGUCCACCGCUGUGUACACAUCCACUCUGAAAAGACCUACAUGGCUAAGUUUGUCAAAGUGAGAGGUGCAGAUCAGACAAUUGUCAAGAAGGAAAUUGCCAUCCUAAACCUGGCCAAACACACAAACUUCCUUCUCCUGCACGAGUCCUUUGAAAGCCAAGAGGAGCUGGUGAUGAUAUAUGACUUUAUCUCAGGCGUCGACAUAUUUGAGCGUCUCAGCACAGCAGAGUUUGAGCUCAAUGAGCGAGAAAUUGUCAAUUACAUUCGGCAGAUCUGCUCAGCUCUUGAGUUCUUGCACAAUCAGAGCUACGGACAUUUUGAUAUCAGGCCUGAGAAUAUUGUGUACUCAACAAGAACUGGCUCAAAUGUAAAGAUCAUUGAGUUGGGACAGUCCAGACACUUGACUCCUGGAGACCAAAUUAAGAUACAGUACAGCACUGCAGAAUAUGCUGCACCUGAGAUCCACCAAUGUGACUUGAUUAGCACCGUGACCGACAUGUGGUCGGUAGGCGUCCUCACUUAUGUGCUCCUCAGUGGACUCAACCCCUUUUCAGCUGAAACCAAUCAGCUGAUGAUCGACAACAUUUCAAACGCAGCCUAUAGCUAUGAUGAUGAGUCCUUCAAGCAGGUCAGUGUUGAGGCAUUAGACUUCACGGAUCGCUUGAUGACAAAGGAACGUAAACAUCGCAUGAUUGCGGCUGAGGCUCUGGUGCACCCAUGGCUGUCCAAGUCCGAAGAUGAGCUGAGCACUAGAACUAUCCAGACCGGCAGACACAAGAGAUAUUACCAGACAAUGAUGAAGAAGGAAUGGAACACCGUGGUGUCCGCAGCUCGCAUGGCCAGCGGUGGCUCAAUCAGGUCCCAGCGCGGUGUGUUCAUUGCCAAGGUGAAGAUUGCUCAGUUUGAACACGGACCACACGGUGGUCAGAUUGGCCACUCAGUGGCCAGCGAGGGUGAUAGAGUGAAGUUCAUUUGCAACAUUGACAACUACGACAGCACCACUGAAGUGACUUGGUAUUGUGGUGUCAGGCAACUGGAAUCUUGCGACAAGUACGAAAUUGAUUACGAGGACGGCCUAGCUGUGAUCACGAUCACUAAAGUUACAAAAGCCGAUGACGGCACAUAUAGAUGCAAGAUUGUCAACGAGUAUGGCGAGGACAGUGCUUAUGCAGAGCUGUUCGUCAAUGGUGUCAGGUCCUACCGUGACUACUUCACUACACGUGUGGUCAAGAGGACAAAGCGUAGAAUUGACACUGCUAGAAUGCUUCAGAAGCCACCAGAAUUCACCUUCCCUUUGGUGAACCAUACAGCAUACAUUGGAGAAAAUGUACGCUUUGGUGUCACCAUCACAGUUCACCCUGAGCCACGUGUCACAUGGCACAAAUCCGGACAAAAGCUUGUCCCUGGACAGGAUGACAAAAAAUAUACAUUCAUCACUGAUAAAGGCCUUUACCAGUUGAUAGUUCACAGCGUUGACGUUGAGGACGAUGCCGAAUAUAGCGUUGUGGCUCGCAACAGGUAUGGCGACGACAGCUGCAAGGCUCGGCUGACUGUGAUUCCUCGACCAAAACCGGCAGACCUCACCCUGCGGCCAAUGUUCAAACGCCUUCUUGCAAACGUCGAUUGCAGAGAGGGCCAUGACGUUCGCUUUGAAAUCAGAGUUUCAGGCCAUCCUAUACUGAAGUGGGAAAAAGAUGGUAUGCCCAUAGCCUUCGGGCCAUCUAUUGAACUUGUCCACGAAGGCUUGGAUUAUUUCUUACUUCAUGUGAGAGACACAUUGCCGGAAGACUCUGGUGUGUACAGAGUGACUGCCACAAACUCUGCUGGGUCGGCCAGCUGCCAGGCAACACUCAAAGUGGAACGUGUCACUCAUGUAAAGAAAGAUUACGAGAGCAGCCAAAAGGAUAAGAAAACUGUGUCUCAAAAUGAAGAAUUAGACAAAAAGGUGAGGCUGUAUCAGAUUUUGUCAGACACAGUUGUCAUGCCAUUACCACCUGCGGCAGUCCAGGCUGUCAGGGAGGCGGCCACCAUGUUUAAACCUGCGGUUACAACUAAGAGGAGUGAAAAGUCUGCGGCUGACAUACAGAAAGAACAAGAGGAGAGGAAAAAGCGGGCCGAUGAGAAGAGACUGCGCAUGCCAUACCUUGUGCCCACUCCUCGGGUCAUGAACCAGGCUGUGCUCGAAGAAGACAUGGAAAUUAAACACUUCAAACCGCUCUCAGACAUGAAGUGGUACAAGACGCUCAGGGAUCAGUAUGAAUUCCCAGAGCCCAUGGAGAAAAUUAAACAAAAGAGGAUGAAACGUAUUCGUCUCUCCAGGUGGGAGCAGUUCUAUGAGGUACCUAUCAGAAUCAAAGACCAGUACAAGCUCAAGUGGCAUAUCCCGUCCAUGACUCAAGAUGAUUUGGAGACGGUGAGGCCAGCCAGGUACCGCACUACUUCCCCAGAAAUUGGGGCCUACCGCAGGAUUAGGAGGAGGUCAUUGGGUGACUUGUCAGAUGAGGAACUGCUGCUGCCGGUCAAUGAGUAUUUGUCAAUGAAGAGAACUGAGGAAGAGAGGCUGCGUCUGGAGGAAGAAUUGGAGCUUGGUUACUCUGCUUCUCCGCCAAGUCUCAGCCCUGUUCGCUUUGAGCUGUCAGCACUUCGCCCCUCAUCACCCAGAAGAGUCUACAGUGAUGAUGAUGAGCCAGAAGCUCUUCAAAGAUACGGUUCAUACAAAAUACCAUCCAAGUAUGAAGCCGGCCCGAGUUUUGUUGACCUUCAACAGCGUCACAUGAAAGCCACUUAUAAACCCCCCAGAGAGAAGCAAAGAAUGUAUGAAGAGAGAGAAGAUCAGGAGUUGCUGCGACCACACACAACCACUCAGAGAAUCUCCUCUUACAAGAGUGAGAUCAAACGCAUGGAGUUUGAGGAGAAGACUCGAAGUUUGAAACGGGAAACAUUUUCCACAGUUGCAAAAGUCUCAGAGGGCAUUGAAUCAGAGCAUCUGACAGCUUAUGCUUCUGAAUAUAUUCCAAAACCCAUCGUGAGGCUCUCGAUGCCUGAACCAGAGAGUACAGACCAUCCUCCAGGAAAGGUUGUCAAGACAGAGACCGCUUUGCCCAAAGUCGAUUAUCUGUCGAGGUAUGAGGAGAGGAAGCAGACUCUAAGAUCAGAGCGAAGAUCUGUGGAGAGGAAAUCGGAGCACAUGAAGCAGGAACCUUUUAGCCUCGACCACAUCCCACGAAUUACGAUCCGCUUGCGAUCUCAUCGUGUUGCUUAUGGUUCCAACACAAGAUUUACUCUGAAUGUCCAGGCCAAACCCGAGUCCAAAAUCAAAUGGUUCCACAAUGGUAAAGAGAUUUACUCAGGCAGCAAAUACCACAUGACCAACAUCAAUGGCCUCCUUACGCUUCAGAUCAACAACUGUAUGACUGAAGAUGCAGGAGCAUACUCUGUUGUCUGCAAAAACAUCAAAGGAGAGAUAUCAGACAGUGCUACGUUAGACAUCGUAUCAGCGGAAUACGCUGCCUCGUCUUCUUUUCGCGAGGACGAGGAACCUCCAUCCUCUCAUCUUUCAGACAUGACUGAGACUGAGAUAUAUCACAUCUCGUCAGCAGCAGUGAAGGAAACCGCGACUGAAACACUGACAAAAACUGUCACUGUUGUCACGAAGGAAAAGACAAAGCAUAUCGUUCUAGCAAAGAUCCUGACCAAACCACAAUCUUUGACCGUUGAGGAAGGAGAGCUUGCCAGAUUCUCGUGCGAUGUGGAUGGUGAUCCAGCUCCUUUAAUAUCGUGGCUUCAGGAGGGAGCACCUCUGGCUUCAUCGACCCGUCGUCGUAUUGAGUCUACAGAGACCAGCUCCUCUUUGGAGAUUUCUGCUGUGCAAGCAUCUGAUGAAGGACACUACACUCUAAUUGUGGAAAAUGCUGGUGGUAAACAAGAAGCCCAUUUUACUCUGACCAUUCGUAAGUCCGAGCCCAAGCAGAAAGUAGUUGCUGCUCCUACAGUCACCUCCCCAAAAGCCAAGUCCCCUGAACCUGUGAAAUCGCCAAAAAGAAUCAAGUCCCCUGAGCCGAUCAAGUCCCCUCUGCGAGUCAAGUCCCCGGUCUCACCAAAGUCCCCUACCGCAAAAUCUCCGCCUCCAUCUGUCAGGGAAGUUAGCAGUCCAAUCAAAUCACCAAAGAGGGUGAUGUCACCAACUGUUGCAAAGACGUCAGCUUCUUCUGUAGACUUGGAACAGAUCAGUUGUGGCUCGCCACCGCACUUCCUGUCGCAACCUCGUUCCCAAAAUGUAAUCGAAGGACAAACUGUCAAAUUUACCUGUGAGGUUGCAGGUGAGCCUUUCCCGGAUGUGGAGUGGUUUAAAGACAAUUUGACGCUUACCACCACGUCCAACAGGAGACUGAGUUGCACCAACAGCGUGUACACUCUGGAAAUAUGCAAAACCACACUCGCAGACAGUGGCAAGUACACCGUAAAAGCCCACAACAACCUCGGGCAAUGUUCGGCCACGUCCUCUCUUCACAUCCUUGCUGGUUUAGAUGAAGAAACACAAGAGAUCACAAGCGCCGAACAAAGAGCUGAAGCUUUCCUGAGUUCCUCCGUUCACAUGAAGGCAACUACUAUGCAAAGCGUCACUUACAGCUCCUCUGAGACUAGCAGUCAAGUGAUGCAAACGUUCCGCUCGAUCGCAUAUGGAACCUUUGUGACCACAAGGGUUCAACAAACAGGCGCCCCAUCGAAGAUAACAGCUCUCCCAGAAAAACAAUUGACAAUGAGGUUGGAAAAUGGCCGACAGUACCAGGGGCCUUGUUUCGAGAUCCAGCCCCGUCCGUGCCGUGGCUUCAAUCGGGGUCGGACCCUUACCAAGUGGACAACACCGCCGCUGCAUUCCCCACCAACUCGAUCCUGACACGACAACUGUCGACGUUCACACCCGUUCAAUGUAAAAAAAACAAAAAAAAAACAACUGUAGUUACACCCUCGCCCUUGUUUUCCCUCAUUGCUAAUUUUUUGGGUUGAGAGAAUCAAACAAUCGACCAGUUUUUCUUCUUGUAAAUAUGAACUAUUUUUGUACCAAACACGACGCCGAAUUCAACUCUCAACUUGUUAUAGGACGUGAUGACACUUUUGCAGUGACAUGUACAUAAUGUAUAUAUAGCCGGGUUUUCACGGUUAUGAGGAAUGUAUGCAUUGUUAUUGAUGACAAUAAUAUAAAGGUAACGAAGCCAAGCAAACACAGGAGAAAGUUCUGCACGGAACGAAUACCCUGUUCAACGGAGAAACUAAACUUUGUGCCUCAACGCUACGUUGACGUCUAAGAUGGCCUCGGCGGGUAGAGCUCCUCCCCGCUGACGUUUACUCAACACGGAAAGCAAACUUGUUAUCGACACGCGUCGGCGCCGAGGCUCCGACUGCUGCUUGUGUCACCCUCACGUAAGCAGCAGGACGUGGUCUUGAGCCCCAACUGACUUAAGUCGUACCAAGACUUUUAUUCGAUGACCCCGGUGAGAGCGCCAGUGGCCUGCGCUCUCAACCUUUGAUCCAAGUACGCUGCUUCUGCCACAGCAGGGUCUCUUCGGCUUUCUCUGCGUUAAACAUCUCCUGGCCGGGAAAUAAAAGAGAAAGCCGGGGUUGACUCCGCUAUGCAGAAGCAGCGCCGUCUCUCGGAGGAUUUUGCCUAUUAGCGUGUUUGUGUGUGUUUGUAGCUUUCUAGUGGGUUCACUAUGUCCGUUGUUGACUUCAAAGCCACGGUGACUAUCCGUGGCAGGACUUUUUCUUUUCACUCAUCCUCCUUGAGUUUUCUGUUUUAAUAAAGCAUGAUUUCAGCACCACAA